AUCCCACAUUUGAACUUGCAGCCAAAGGGGCUCAGUGGUUCUUCUUUCACAAGGACUCAAUACAGACACACGCUGGAGAGAGGUCUGGGAUCAGGUGCCAUUGUACAACCUGGAAACUUAGAGUGAUAACAGCUUGCCAAGAGAAGGCACCCAAAGCAUCCACUGACCUGGGGAUAUACAGCUUCACCAUCACCCAGCAACACUGGAAUAGAUCAAUUUACUAGAGUGGAUUUCAUGCAGGAGAAACACUGAUAGGUCACCUUUCAAGGUAAUCCAUUGUAUUCCAUAUUCUGCCUGUCUAGUGAGAACUGUCCUUCUUAACACAGGUAACCACAACAAAAUAUAGAAUCAAAUUAUACUCACUGAUAUAGGAAAAAAAAUGUGUUUUAAUUGUUUUUUUCAUGAACCAGGGAAUUUUUUGGGCAUGUGGAUUGCAUUAUUAGUGUUUUCUCAACUUUCUGAAUGUGACGCUUUGUUAUCUAACAGAUAGGUUUACAUAGCAAUGAAUGGAGCAUUAUUACACACUGCUUUCAUAGAAUGUAAGAGGGGUCUGGAGUGAUGCUGACAUGUUACAGUUCUAUUACUGUCUCUUAACAUGUUCCUGGAAAGCUGUAUUCUGCAGAGCUGCAGAGGCAAAGCUUUUGUCUAAGGCUGAAAAAAAAAAAAAAAAAAAAAGAUCCACAAAGGCUUUUUAGUUUUUAGCCACCCCCUUAAAAAAAAAUAAAAAAUAAAAUACACACACAAAAAAAAAACCUUAAGAUGAUUAGGGACCAGGUUUCUUAUAGCAGAAACACACAGGGGGUAAUUUGUUAGAACUAUGAAAGAACCCCCAUCAAAAAAAUAAUUAAUAUAGAUAUUUGUUUUGCUCUCAGUUAAGACAAAGGGGAACAUGGAACUAAACUGCACCCCUUUGUCCUUUUUUAGUUUUUUUUUUUUGUUUCCCACACACCAAAAAUGUGAUUUAAAAAAAAUAAUAAUUCUAUUUGUUUCACAUAUAUUACAUCAAACAUUUGUUUUCAUUCAAUUUUGUUAAACGUGUUUAAAAAAAACCCCCCAAAAAAUAAAUGAAUAAAUAAAAUGAAUGAAUGUAACAACUAAUUUUUAACAAACAAAUAAUUUUUAUUAGAACAUCGUUCAUAUAUUAAAUGGUUGGGAUGGAUACAUUGUUAGAUGCAGUAAGUACUAGCUAAUGUAAUACACGCAGAGACAAAGCUACAUGUUAACUAUAUUUCCAUGCACAGAGAAUGUUACCAGAGUUUGGAACUCACAUGAAAAGGGUUUGCAACACAAUCCUUAACUUCCCAAGUUAAAGACAUGUAAUUCACACCAAAUUCUACAUAUUGACUCCUACAAGUUAAUGAGUUAAAUAAGGCAUUAGAUCUCCCAGGACUGUGUACAUUGUCAAAAGCAAUAUUUACCCUCCAGAUGUUACUCAGCUUUUUUGGGAUUCCCAAGCAUCUAUGUAAACUAUUGCAAUUCAAUCCUGGAGUGUUCUUAAAUACACAGCGUGGCUUUAUGUGUUCUAAGGCUUAGCUGCUGCAGAGAACCAGGAGGGGAAAAAAAAAAUACACUUUUCUAACAAAGAAAGUCCCAACCUCUGCAUGUCACAAUAAUUUAUCGCAGUGGCCGCUGUAUAUUAACCUGCUGUGGUAAUGCUCUGGCUAAUCAUCGAUAGAUGGAUGAAUGAUGUGGUUUGAGAGUCGCAGAACCGAUAUAUUGUAUUGUUCGUCCGUUCAGUUAGCUUUUCAUAGGAUGUCUAGGAAUGUACUAUGCGGAGUUUGAGGGUACAACAGCGACAUCUGCUGGAGGAAAAGAUAACUACACAUAUACGUCUUUGACUACUGCAAAAGCCAACACGAGGUCUGCUACACACCCCCUUUUGUGUCAUAUCUCUUGCUCACACCAUUUAGUCCUCACAUCUACUAAAAAGAAUCCUAAAAGAUACAAAUGAUAUAGGGAAACGGGGACCCUGUUUGAUUAAAACACACUGUCUGCCGGGGAUUCUUCUAUUUUCUUCCCCUAAUCUAGAGUAUUUUGUAGUCCCUUAUUAUUGUUUUAUUUUUCAUUGUUUAUUUGAAGACAAAACACUGAAUUUUAAACAAAGCAAAAAAUAAAAAGCAGGUUGGCAGAUUUUGCUGCGUAUGAAAUUGCCUUAAAACAAGGGGGGGGGGAGAUCUAAUGGGGGAAAUUUAUCCCAUCCACUAGACAGAACAUAGGCUGUUACACAUUGCAGAUUUGUUCACCAUACAUGGAUACAUGGCUUGCUGUUCGCCAUGGGCGGGGUUACCUGUCACUGGUACUGAAAGGGUUAAUUAUCAAUGUACCUAACGUUCUAGAGCUGUUUAUGUGGGCCUGUGUGCUAGUUAAAGGGUUAAUGACUUACUGUAUCUGAUUAGCAGCUUUUAAUAAAAGGCUUAAACUGUUUAACCCUUUACCUGGGUUAUAUCCCUUAACACUUCAGGGGUUUCUGGCAGUCAUGUAGUUAAAUAGAAAAAGGAGAGAAAAAGCAUCUAGCAGGCAAGCACUCAUCUUGGCAAAUAAGACAGUUCUGCAAAGAGGGAAGGGAUGGUGGGAUCAUAAAAGAUAAUGUCCUAUUCAGAGCCCCCUUUAGAUCUUUAAUCCUAUUGAGUGUGACUGGGUGAAUUGCAAAGUAAGCAAAUUGUAGAACUGGGAGACUGAGCAGUGGUGUCCAGUGAAUGGAGAUGCUGGGGGUUUGGGGAUCUCAUUUCUGCUCUAAGAUGAUGCAGUCCUGGAUCAUAUUCUCUUAACAAAAGCCAGCUGUCUCCAUGAACCACAGCUGGGGCGGUGACUGCAAAGAGAGGAGGAAGGGAGGCUGCAGAGUACAAAACGGACAAGGUCCAAGAAAGAUCCCAAUUAUUAAUCGCCACGUGGACCGUAGCAAUAUACAGGGAGAGGGCAGACAAUAUAAACAGAGAAAGCACGGUCAGGUCCAUUAAGAAAGCCCCCUACUAAUUGAUUAAAUUAAUAAAGUGUUCUGCGCCCUCCCGCACAGUUAUUUGUAACCUUUGGAGUAUAUUGCAAGGCAGAUACAAAAUCUCACGUGGAUAGAAUACACAGUUUGUAAUGGUAUACAUAUGGACUUGGUUUAUGUCAUGCACAUCAAUCUUACAACACAGCACUUUCUCUUCUAAAUCAGGAAUAUUAACUGUGAGAAUACUUCCAUUAUUUUAAACAAUAGUGUCUUGUGGUGGCACACAUUGUGUGGUUCAGUAAGCAGUCUAACACAGUGUAUUGUAGCUGAUGACUGAGGCUGAUGAUAAUUGCAGUCCAUGGCAGCUGUAAUGACAAUUCUCCAGUUACACCUUUAUGUCAAUGAGCUGUUAGAAAAUAAUGACUUACUGGAGACCACCAGGGCUGGUGAGAUACUUUGCACUCAAGGGAAGUAAUGACACCCACCCAAUUCUCCUCUAACAUUAAUAAAUCGUAUAUUCAGAAUACCUGAAUAAAAUAAAUUAAUCAAUGUAUUUCUGAGCCUAUCACAUCACCACCCAGCAAGAGGCAAUGGCAGAGACUGACAACUGGUUAUUGUUAAAGACCACCAGUUAUAGUGGGGAGGGGGAGGAGGGGAGGUGAACGUGUAAACUCCUGCAGAAGAAGUUGCCAAGUAGAAAAAAGAAAUUAUUGCAGGCCUUCCCCUACAAACUGUGUGGAAUAGAUUGAAACUGAGGUAGCAGUUUUAAGGGUGGGCAGGACACUAACACAAUGAAAUAAUUGAUGAUGUUAGUUGUCAGUGAUGGUAUCCAGUUACAAGACACAGUGGAUGAGUUCUAUGCAUAGAUAUAAUGUGUACUCAGAACCAAUGAUUUUAGUGGAUUGGCAGAUGGAUAAUGAAUUUUAAAACUUGUAUUAACUGCAACUUAUUUAAAGGCUUAUUCCACAAGAACAGAUGUUAUUACAUAAAUGUAAUACUACGAUGUACUAUAUAUAUAUGUCAUUUUGUAAAAAAAAUAUUUUAAUCAUCUUUCCAGUUGUACUAAGGCAAUAAAAAUGCUUUUAAAAAAGUAUCUUUAAUUCCAUGCAAAGAUAAAAUCUGUCAUGUGAAGUAGAUGUGAUAAAAGUUAACCAAUGUUCCAGUUAUUGGCAUUUUUUUCAACAUCUGGCAUUUCUGAGAAUGCAGAUUCCCAAAACGCCACUUUAUUUCAGGCUGUAUGCCCAUAUAAUUGCUGCAAUCAGGCAUCUAUAUUAAAUAAAUAAUUGGAGCCUCAGAGUGUGCAAUAUGUUUUCACUUUGCUAAUAUCCAUGGCUGCUAUUCACCAGCACUGUACUUUGUAGCCUUGUGAAUUCAAGUAAAGUGAAGGAGAGGGCAGUAUUUUACAUUAUACUCAGUGAAAAAGAACUGAAUUAGUUUUCUUCACUGGAGUGUGGAGGAAGGAGACUGAAUGUUUAUUAAAAAGAGUAGGAAAACCAAAAUGCAAACCUAUAUGAACACAUGGCUGGGAGUGAAGAGCUUAAAGGGACACUCCAGACCCCUAAAGUAGUUUAGCUUGCUGAAAUGCUUUAUGUGUGAAAAGUGCGUCCUCUUUCAUUUUCAUUUUACAAAAAGUGCAAAUUUCAGUAGAAAUUGGCACUUUUAUAAAGUAAUCUUGUUACACCCACCUGACUGUCAAUCAGAAAACAGAAUCUGUUACUUCCUGGUUUGUUUAGCUCAGUGGCUCUAAACCCAAUUGCCAAAGGGCACCUGCAAAACUUCUCCUUGAGCAGUAUUAGAAGGUCUGUGAUUGGAUAGUCACAGAAAACCUGGGCUGGGGAAAAAGGGGAGGGGUUUUGCAAAGGCUCCAGACAAUCAAACUGCAGCAUUUGCAAGCUGUUUCUAGAUAUACCCCCAAAUUAAAUCCAUGCAAGUUUUCAUUUGGGGUAUAUCUACUAAAUAGUAAUAUAUAUAUAUUUUUUACUUUGGACAGUGUAGCGUCCCUUUAAUGUAUUGAUGAUCCUUUGUAAAGGUAAAUAAAAGAAAGUACACAAUGGAUAGACAUAAAAAUUACUAGACAAGAAGAGGAAUGAUAUCCUCCAACAAUGUGAACUGCAACUCCCAGUAUGCUCAAUUAACUACAGGCUGCAAUCCACAGCAGUGACAAGUGUUUUCUACCUUUACAUGCAAUUGAGAAUAUUAGUCGAUGGUUAAUGGAAGUGAAAUAAAACCACUUUUCCUGUAAUCUGAAUGCACAAAGUGUUUUAAAUAAUCACUGUUUUCAAUAUUCACAAGGUGACGUCCUGUCCAUUUAUAUGAGUAAUAACUGCCUUUGGCCAUUUCAGACAUUUGUGAAGUAUGUUUAGGCUUCACAGCAUUAUGGGGACUGUAGUGCACACACAUCUGGGUGCCAGUGUUAGCAGUCACUAAUAUGUUUCAUCACAUAUUUAGGCAUAUUUAUUUUUUAAUUAUUAUGCUGGUGAAAGGCGCACACAGUACAUUCUUUACUUUGCAUUCGGCUGGUUUUGGACUGUGGUCUGUGUUUUGUAUUAAAAUGAGAGUCUUAUAUUUCUUCCCAUCUGUAUCCCUGCCACUGAACAAAACAAGAGGUUCCCAGGAUUUUCCUAUUAGCAAGUUUUUUUUGUCACUGUGGGGAUAGGGCCAAGGGUGGAGUAAGGCACUGACUGAUAUUUUGUAAUAAUAAAAUCCGCCCGGAAACCAGUUCAGUUAUAUCAAAAUUAUACUGAAGUUUGUUUACUACAUAUUGAGAUGUGGUGAUCUGAAACCCAUAACGGAUCUGGUUCCACCAGCACCACUUUGAACACCCUCUAACUCACUACACAGAAAGCAGGGGAAGAAUUGGGGGUGGCAGUUAACAUUUUAACCCAGGUCCUAUCACACAUGGUAUGUAGGAAAAGGGGAGCUCAAUCACCAACCAUGCCACUCUUGGUUAGUUGAGUUUCUAAGAUCACCUUUUUUCAUAAAUCCCAAUAUUGCUGUGUAUAAUGUGAGGGAUAUAAAAACUGCUUUUUGGCUGCCUCUGUUUUGCAAGGGAUCUUACUUUUAAUUUUAUUUAUCGUUUUAUUUGUUAAAGAUGGCACUGGACAUUUUCAUUGGAUAGUUGUUCAUAUUGGGACAUCAAGGCUAGGGGUGUUCAAAAGACAUAUCACCAGAUGUUUUAAAACUACAGCUUCCAUGAUGCUUUGUCAUACUAAAGACAUUUUAAAGACAUGUCAAGCAUUAUUAGAGUUGUAGUUUCACAACAUCUGGGCAACAAAAGUUAUGUUGAUGACUAGAGUGUCCCUUUGAGUAACUUCUGAAAUCAAGUCAGUGUGGGAUCAAGAGUAUUUGACCUGAACACCCAUACUGACUUAAUUUCAGAAGUCACUUAAAGGGAUACUAUAGUCAUCAAAAUAACUUUUGUUUAAUUAUGCAGUUUUAGUGUAUAGAUAAGGCCCUUGCAGUCUCACUGCUCAAUUCUCUGCCGUUUAGGAGUUAAAUUAUUUUGUUAAUGCAGUCUUAGUCACACCUCCCUGUGUGUUAGGUGCACAGCCUUCCUAACCACUUAUUGAAAAGAGACAUCUAAUGUUUACACCUUCUUUAUUGCACAGUCUGUUAAAUUUAGAAUUUCUUAUCUCCUGUACUGUAGUUAAAGGGUGUCUCCAGUACAAUUACUGAGCAUUUCAUAAAGAUAACAUUUACAUACUUAUACUUAUUUUGACUUAUAUUGACUGUAUUGGAAUUUCAUUGACAUUCCAACACAAUAUAAAAGAUAUCAUAGGACAAAGUACUUUGUCUUAAUCAUAAAGUCAAGUCUGAACUUGUAAAAACUUGGCAAACCGUUUUCACCAUCAAGUCUUGCUAUUUUAAUCACGCAUCACAAAAUUGGUCUAUGGAGGAUGGUGCACAAGCGUGAUCCUCCCUAGACCUCUGUGCAGUACUCUCGCACAUGUGCAAGAGUAUCGCAGUGAUGUGGGCCAGAGGAGGUCUGAAAACCAGGAACCAAAGAAAGAAAACAGUGGUAUCCGCGUGGGAGCGUUUGAGGUAAGAAUAACUCUCAUUUGCUUCAACGUGUACCCUGUUAGAUGUAAAUGCUUAAUUGUCAUUGUAUGUUUCUAAUACUGAUACAAUGUUCAACACUCAUCUUCUGUCUUUUAGGUCAAGAUGCUGUUAGACGUCAAAUAUAUCUUUUGGAUAUGCACAACCUUCUAUGUUACAAAUGCAUUCCGUGCAGGUAAGGUUAUCCCCAGAAAAUGGUUUUAAUGCUUUAUUUUGGUGCAAUAAUGAUUUUCCUGGAUAAUGUCAAACAAGAUCCUGUACAAUGUGUAAUGCGUUAUGCGCUCAUGCUGUAAUUAGUAAAUUAUUAAUAGUUAUUAAUGGUGAUAGAGAUGAUCUAGAAUCAGAAGGAAAAAUUAGCGCCAUCUGCUGUUCAUAAUAAUUUAUAGUAUGCGGCCAUAUACAAUAUAUUCUGAUUUAGAUCUGUGAAUAUUUUUCAUAGAAUUUCCAUUGUGCCGAGCAGUAUCACAGAUAUUGCUUUGUAUUUCAAUUUGAAAGUACAUUAUUCAUGUAAAAUGAAGGUUAUUCACUCAAGUGAGAAUUCAGAGUGAAUUUAAAUUGAAUUUCAAAUUAAAGGACAAAAUAGCUGAAUUAGAAAAAUUCUCUAUGUCAGCUAUGUUUUCAGCUCACCUAUUUUAGCAUAAAAAGUGAAAUUCUCAUUGAGUUAUUUACUUGUGCAUCACAUAGUGUACACAGUGUCCAUACCUUAACUAUGAGAAAUCCAAAGAUUUUGCCACUCUCUGUGCUUUGAACACUUUUGGGGAUUUUGCUCACAAUAGCCAUGUCUUUUACAUGAAAAGUGCAUGGAUUUUGCUCAGAAAGAAAUAUAGCACAUAGAUCAGCUUUAUCAUUAUGAAUGUUAGUAUGUGUAAAUAGCUCAUCCUCAAUGUCACCCAUGAUGUCUGUAAUAGUUUCUACAUCCCUUCUGCCUAAUAGAUGUGCUCUGGUGAAAAUCAUCAUGUCGCUUAGAGCAGUAGGAAUGUAUUUUCUAUCUACAGUGGCUUGAAAAAAGAGACAAAUUGUGUUUUAUUUUUUAAUAAGGCAAACAUUCACAUCAUUCCUUCCAUCACCCAGAAUGCCUUGCUCUUUCAAAAUGGCUGGCAAUAAUGUAGAGCAGGGCUGUCCAACCUGCUGCCCCCCAGAUGUUACUGAACUACAACUCCUAUGAUUCUUUCAAUGAAACAGAUAGCGAGAGAAUCAUGGGAGUUGUAGUUCAGCAACAUCUGGGGUGCCGCAGGUUGGACAGCUCUGAUGUAGAGCAUGGAUAGGCAACUUUUAGCACUCCAGAUGUUGUGAACUGCAUCUCCCACAAUACUUUGCCAGCAUUAUAACUGUAAAAGCAUUAUCGGAGAUGUAGUCCACAACAUCUGGAGUGCUGAAGGUUGCUUACCCCUGAUAUAGAGUCUCACCUGGAACAUUAUUGUGCAACCUUAAACUAGGAUCAUUAUUCAUGGCUUGAAACACUGCAAUUAUUCUUUUUGUCCUCCUUUAGAAAGUGCUAGCCAGGAAAAAUACUGAGGUUAUGUAGUAGUUGAAAAAAGAAAUUGUCUGAGAUGAAAGUGGCAGACUCAUUAAUUUGAAUCUUAUAACUUUAAUAGUUUUUCUCCUCUCAUUACGCACUCAGCAGGUCAUAGUUAUUUGACUUGGCUCCAUGUGUUGGGCAGAAGGAUGGAGAUGUGGAAGCGGAAAUAAUGUAAUAUUUUAUGAAUUGAGAUGCAAUUUGCACAAAAUAGUCAAAAUAGCUCAUGAUAAUUAUUUAGUAUGAAUCAGAUUCUUUUUAAUACUUUACAAUAUGGCACACAAGAGAAAUUAUAUUGUAAUUCGGUAUUGUUCAGAGGUCUUGUUAAAAAGGCUUAAAAUAACACUUAACCACAACCACCAAAUGCAUUACAGUACAUGGACUGUGAACGCAAUUCCAUUAAAAAAAAAAAUUAUAAUAAAUAAAAUUUCCACUUGAGAAUUAAACAAUAACAGUGAGAAAGGGAAAAAAACUGCAAAACACAUCCUGUUCCCAGAUGAGAGUCACAUACCGGCCAUUCAAAAAUAGUGUCAAGAAAAAUUAUAAAAUAGUACUUAGAGUUGUGUAGAAAGCUGAAAAAAAACUCAAGUGAAAAAAUAUCUCACUUAUCUGCCAGACAGACUGCCGUCUCAAAUUCUCACAAAAAAUAAAUAAAAUGAUGCUUAAAGUUUUUGGUACAAUUAAUUUGUCUUGUUCACAAUCAAUCAAAUACCAUGGUGAAUUAUUGCAUUCACUAAACUGAGUGUUAACUGAGGACUGAGUUGAAAAAUUAAAGCAUUAUGACAGAGUUGGAUUCUUUUACUUAUGAAUCAUCAACUUUUUUGCCCUUUGUUAAUUGGUUAAUUAACAUCAGGUCGGGGGGUUAAAGAACAUACGGUAUAUAAUUCAACAAACUUGUACAAAAGGAAUAGACAUCCAUGCCUGUGAGCGUAAAGCCAAGUAUGUAUUUCACUUUUUCACAAAGUGCAGAUAGAGAUGACUCAAGAGCUUACAAUCUAAAGGAAAUCAUAGGGAGCAAGAAAACAAGGAUUAAAUAAAUUUAAAAGAUGUCAAAGGCAACAUCCACACAUUGCCACUAAACCACUGUAUCCAGCCAGCAACAAACUCCUGCCUUUGAAAUUGGUAAUAAGUCACUCAUUAGGUAAAUGUGUAUGCAAACAUUCUUCAUUUAAAUUUAAACUUGCAAACCUUGCAAUUAAAACACGUUUUGCCUAAAUGCAGGAAUAAAGCCUAGGCAAUCCAGGCACAUAAUUCUGAGGCCAAGUGUACAAUGUUCUGUCCAAAUCAGGAAGCAGAUUUAUCUCUAAAGUGAGAAUUUUGGGGAACUCAAAGAAAAUUUCAAAUUUAAGGCCACAGUAGUUGUAUUGGAUGCAUAGCUGAUUUUUUUUCCCCAGAAUUUUUUGACCUCAGCUUUUUUGGGAUUAAAUUUGAAAUUCACUUUGAAUCGACUUAAAAUUCCAGACAAUUCUUAUUUUAGUGAUUAACUUUCUCACUCUUCUCUGCCUCUUUGUUCAUUUCAACCCAUCACCCCUGUAUAUUCUAUCUAAGGAUCCGCUUCUCUUUUUAUAUAUCUGAGCUCACCCCAGCGUCCCCCAAUUUGCUUUUCCCUUACUUGUUGAAGUGUGAACAUUUUGUAUAACACCGAUACAUGAUUCACUUAAAAUGAAAAAAUUGUCUGCCGUAGAAUAACCAUUGAAUUGCCCCUAAGAGAAAUAUGAGAUUUUAUAAAGUAACGGAAACUUUUCCUUAACAAUGUGCAUUAUUUAACACGUAAGACUAUUGUUUUACUGAGUGCUAAUAUGGAACCUGACACAAUAAGCCAGAACCCAGUGUUUUCUGGAGCAGUUGGCCUAAAAAGUAAUUAAAAUAAAAUGCACAAAAAUACGCUGGUGGCCGAAGCUCACAGAGUUUUCAGUUUAAUUAAUUUAUAAGCUUAAUUUAUACCUGACACAAGAAAAAUAGUAAAGUAAACUUUGUUAAGAGAUAUCAUAUGACUCAGGUUUUGUGUUUCUGACACAUCAUUCUGACAUGUUGUGAUGAUUAAACAUUAAUCAUUAACUGUUUGAUUCCUCCCUCGUUCUACAUGCUUUAGCAGUACAUCCCUUCCUGUGGCGUUUUCACUCUAUCUGGUCUUGCUCAUUAGCAGGGAUUGUAAAACUUCAAGUGAAUAGAUGCUAAUGAGUUCUAAAUGCCACUCUUUAGUAGCCCCUUUGUGUUUGCUCUACUCUAUAUCCUCAUUGACAGUAGUAACUUAUCUCCCUUUUGACUUCACUUGCUAUCUUUUAUUUUUAAACAAUGAUUUGACUACUUGGCUGGGGAUUUCCUGGGUCACUUGAUUUGCAGCAGGUGUCAGCAGCUCAAAGGAUAGAUUUUAGCGGAAACUCUAUCCCUGCUAUUCCAAAUAACCUUUUGCAUUUAUGGUUAGAAUUUUUGUUUGUUUGUUUUUUAAGUAAAAUUCAGUUGGUGACUAUUUGCCACUUUGCGAUCACAGUGGACUGGUGGAAUUCGGAAAAAAGUCAAAGAGUUUCUAGUGAGUCAAGAAAUCAUUAAUUAUACAUAAGUGCAUAUUAAUUUUAAUUAACUUUAAUUCAAAUAAAAAAAUCAAUUAAAUGGCCACCUUUUAUAUUAGCUUUCAUUUAUUAUCUGAAAGUGUAUCAAGCAAUGAGUUCCUCGAUUUAUCAAUAUAUCAAUAACUAUUUAUUUCUAAGUUGACCAGUGUCAGACUGCUGUCCUUGACUUUUAAAUACACUUGGUUUUUAGGACAGGGUUUUAGAUUUUCCAUAUCCACCAUAUUACAUAUAGCACAUUUAUAUGCUUUUGUGUGCUAAUUAUAUAAUACAUUUUACAUGCCUAAUCCUAUAAUGUUAAAACCACCAUCUAGGCCCCCUGGCCUCCACUUGCCCCUCUAAAUAUAGAAAAAUCUUACCUUUACUCCAGUCUGCUGGCUCUUCCCCUGAUCUACCUGCUUGGCUGACAUCAUCAGAAGUGUUAUUUAAAGCCAAUCACAAUGCUUUCACAUAGGAAAGCAUUGGAUUGGCUGAGCUUGUCAAGGAGGCAGAUCAGGGGCAGAGCCAGCACAAGCCAAACACAAAGUUCAGUGUCUCCAUGCACACUGUGCAGCAAUGAACCAGGAAGCACCUCUAGAAAAAAUACAAUAAGCUGUAGUUGUUCUGGUGACUAUAGUGUCCCUUUAAGCAACCGUGUUAGUACCUGAGAACUGAUUAGUCACAAUUACCCACUCUUGCUAUAAAGAGUAGAUAUGAAAUAGCUAUCGUCAGCUGCAUUUGUUGCUUUCUAGAAAACAACAGGUAAUGAUGGGGGUUAUUGUGAUCUCAGACAAAAAGAUACCUGUAAUAUGGGAAACAGUUCACGCAGGAUCAUGUUUAGGAAUGAUCUUUAUAAUACCAGAUUAGAGAGUACAAAGUUCCAAUUUAGUAGUCUUGAAAUACCACUCCAAAUAUGGACUGGGUGACUGAAGAUGGUGAAAAAAGCUGUCCUAGUAAACUCUGGAAUGGAGGACCACAGCUUAGUCACCCUUAAACCAGUGAGUUCACAAAAACUGCAUGGUGGGUUAUCCCUGUGGUCAACAUGUAUCGAUAUGCAUCUUUGUAGGACUAGCUAAUGUCUCUAAUGCAAAGAUGAAGGGCUCAGAUAGAAUUUCAAUUAGCCGAGUUUCCUAUGAUUUACAGAGUCUACAUCAAGUAAUUGAUCCCUUAGCUCCUAAUGCUCGCUUAACGUCCUUCUUCUAACCGUACAGCAACCUUUACCACAACCCAGCUGGUAAAAACACUAAGGCUUUUGUUCAGAUACAAUUUAUUACCUUAAAUGCCAAACCUCAGUAAUGUUCUUGUUGGAUGCCUUCUCUCCAUCACUCUCAAACAGCAUUUGACAAAUUGUUAAAUUCUGAAGUGUGAAAAUUCAAUUUCCAAUUAUUUUGAAAUAGUGAACUGUUGUAUGUUGGGUUGAGCUUUCAUAUUGAACACAUGGCUGGCGUCUUUUCUGUUUUUGCUGAACAGUAAAUAUGUGUGGGAAUUUAAUUUUAUAUCUUAACAGAACCUGUUUUAGCUGAACAUCGUUAUGCCAACACUUUAAACAAAUCCUAGCAUUAUGACUAAUUCUAUUAGGUCUGUAGUUGUUGUUAAAAUUUUUUAGUAUUUUAGGUGUUAUUAUUUUAACUUAGCUAUAAAACAUUUUAAAGAAAAUAAUCAUAGCACUCUAGUUACGUACUAAUAUUGCAGCUAUAAUUUGUGAAUAGAACAAUGAAUGUGCAUGCCAAAACUUUGAUUCUGCUAAAUUAUAUAGUGUUUCCCAAAUUAUUCUGCCAAUUGUCCCCAGGGAGCCGAGGCACUAAAGGGAAAACUCGUUUUUGAAAAAUUGCAAUUUGGUCGAAUUGGUGAUUAGAAGGUCCCAUAUUUCGGCAUUUUAUAGCCACCCCAUUAUAUUCUUUAACCCCUCCCAUCUCUUCCUGUGCAGGAGAUUGGAUUGAUAUAUAGAAACUCCAGUUUUAGUUGCCUCUCAUCAACAAUUCCUUGCAACUGUUCUUACAUUCAUAAUGCUGACAAAGCAUUAGGGGAGAUGUAGUCCAAAACAUCUGGAGUACCAAAGGUUGCCUAUCCCUGCUCUAUAACUUUAGGAAAAAGGUGGCAGAAAUGUCAACAGGCACCUUUGAAGACUUAAUUGUUUGGCUGCACAUAUUAAAUUGAAAUUAUUUAUUACUUUACAAAUGGAACCCUUACUAAUAUGCCACCGGUCAGACCCAUGGAAGCAUUGUUUCAAAAAGUAAGAAGUUGACUUUAAAGUCUGUUAAUUAUUGCAAAGUGAUCUUUCCCUGACUCCCAAAUACUACAGUUUAUUCAUUACUAUUGUUUCUAUGACCCGUAGUUUAAGUGUGACUUAACUUGGCAUUUGUACAGCAGACUCUUUUGUAUGGUAUUCUCCCAGUGUCGACUCAGAAACGGCGGGAGUUCAACAUAGGUUAGAUAAAUGUUUGAAAUGCACUGUUUAUGAUAUAUCAUGUUCGAUAUGCUUGUUUGGAAACGUUACAUUUAAUGGCAUGCAUUUCUUUUCCAUCUUUUUACAUAGAUGUAAAACAGGAAAAAUUUUAUAGUAAUUGCGUUUAGAUUCACUUUUAAAUUAUGUUUACGCUGAUAAAACACCAGAGAUUUCAUGGCAUGUAAUUUUUACUCAUUUAGGUGGUAAUACCCUUUUAGUGCACCAACAUGGCCGAAUGUAGCAACUAUGUAGAAAGGGAGAAAUUCCGAUCCACACAUUCCCAUGCUGUAAUAUGUGAGCAGGUGGGAAAACAUUGCUUAUCUGGUGAUUUAAAGAGCAAAUGCCCAUGUUUGUGCUACACAUUUUCCAUCGACUUUCUUCUUCAGUUUUUCUUUAAAUAAAAAAAAGUGACAGACAGGACCUUAAAUAGCUGCGAAAACACUAGAGCUUAUGUAGAGAACACCUGUGAUCCAAAUACCCCAAGUUGAUGUGUCUUGGUGACAUCUAUGUCGACAGUACAGUGACACCUGCAGCAUGAUUGGAGACUCUAUAUGUAUCAGACAGAAUGUUUAAGUUUAUGUAAUUGGUGACAGACUAGUUUUGUAAUGCGUAAUUACAUUCGGUUUGUUUCUGGCAAAAGAACAAGCUUUUUUCAAACCAUUAGAUGGGAUAAAAUAACUCGAGAUCAAUCCAGGGCCUCAUACAAUCAUAAAACAAACCAGUUGGGGUUAUUAAUUAAAUCUAGAAUCUAUAACUCAAGAUCAAUCCAGGUCCUCAUACAAUCAUAAAACAAACCAGUUGGAGUUAUUAAUUAAAUCUAGAAUCUUGAGGAAUUGAAAAAGAAUUUCACAUUUAAGGCCAAAAUAGCCAUAUUGGAAAAUGCUGCUAUGAAAGUAAGCUAUUUUCUAACUUGGCUACUUUUGCCCAAAAUUCAAAUUUUCCUUGUCAACUUUCCACACUUACCAGUUCAUUUACUAACAAGCACAACUUUAGGAAAUAUUUGAUAGUAUAAUAUAUUAUAAUACUCAUUAACCCCUAUUUAGGUGAGUUGUCCACAACUAGGAUCGAGUUGCUAAUUUUUUCUUUAAAAAAACCCAAAACCACAUGUUCUGACAGUCACAAUACAUACAAUAAGUUUGCAAAAUUUUUUUGGUGGUUUUUCUCUUUGAUCUGGGAGAUUUGUAAUAACCUAUAUUAUACUGUGCUAUUUUACAUAUUCACGAUUGUCGGGACGUAACUAUGAAUUCAGCUUUUUUUUCCCCUUAGAUUUUUCUCCAAAGCAUUAGAGUUACAUGUCAUUGUUCUUGAAAGUAUUAUGUAUUGUUUGUGGAUCUGCUCCAUUAAACAUGCUAUGAACUUAAUUCACUUCUCAUCGAUAUCAUAGUCACAAAUUUGACUUUUUAUGGCAGUAACAGUGUAUUUCCCCAGUCCAUACCAGCAUUGUUUGCUGUCUCCUGGGAAGUCCAAUUAAGGCAUCCAUUGCCAGUGAAUGCCUCUAAUGCCUGGGAAUUGUAAGGAGACAACUGUGACUAAAAAUUGAUUUACAAGCUGGGUUUGUUACAAAAAAAUGCAACCCUCUCAUUUAAAAAGAAUUUAGUGUUUCGUCAGCUUUAUCUAACAAUAGCAGAGUUUUUAUGCCAAAUUCCUUUAAAUUAUUAAAAAGAGACCUCAGCCUAGAUCACUGUAUAAAACAUGUUUCAUUUUGUUUAAAAAUUCUGUGGAUAGUAAAAUUACAGGGGAUGGCUUUGCAGAUCACCCUAAUGAUAAUAACAGUUUGAAACAAAUUCCCUUUUUUGUGGCUUUGUCUGUUGUACUGUAGAUUAUUUUGAAAGAGUAUACCGGUAUUUCAUCCUCGAGUUUGGUUCUAAAUCAUCCUAUAAAUAUGCAAAGCAUUAUUUUUUUAAGCCCCCUUUAGAUGAAAAGGUUACAUUAGGGCACAAGAUUCUCCACCAUUGUUACUGGUUAAGUACAUUGUUGACAGACUCCAUCAUCAGUGAUUAUGUGCAGAUUUUCUCGACUAUGUCAUUAUUGCCAAGUGAUGUGACUGAUAGGCUGGAAAUGGCUAUUUAAUUUUCUUGACACUUUUGCUCUGCGUUGGGGCAGGACAACUGGUUGCUCUGCAUCUCUUAUAGGAAUGCAACCUGAUAACCCAAAGCUUACCCCUCGCAGUUUUAGAACAUACAAUAUACUUGGAGAACUAACAGAUCUGCUGAAAACUUAAAUUUUAAAAAUAAAAUAAAUAUGUAUAGAUACAUUUAAAAUUUAAUGCCAAAAUACCUCAGCUGGAAAAAUAACGAAGUUUAAGAUUUUCAGCUAAUAUACAAUAAAUUUUAGAUUUUGUUUUCAGAUUGUCCAUGUUGACAUAGAAUUCACAUCCUGUUGUCAAAACUCCACACUUCCGGUUUGAAUGAAUAACCUCCUAAGUUUUAGCAGCUUGGUCGUGGCUGACACUGUGGUUUUACAAAGACCAGGCUACGCCAAGCCAGCUGCCAAGUUAACACAACUCAUAUAAGGUAAACUUAGCUGGAACUUGGCACGUUCAUAGCUGAUUCAGAUAAAUUUGUCAGCUCUCUCCUAAUGUAAACAUUGAUCUUAAUAGGAUCUGAGGUGAUAGAGGAUCAUAACAAGUCCACUUGGUGGGACCUGGACAACUUUAGUGAACAUCUAAGUUGUUGGAUUUGUAUGUAGCAGCAAUCCUCUUUUAGACUGAUUUUCCUCCAAAUUUGGAUUUAGUAAAUAGAUUCACUGCAUGAUAAGCCAGGUAAUGAUUGGUUUGACUUGCACACUGGGUACAUCAGAUUGAUAUUUAUCCCCGGAGACUGUGUAUUUUAUAUCUGAAAUAUCAGCUGUAAAAAAAUUAAGAAGAAAUAAGAAGGAACCUUUGUGAACGCAUUCACCCUUUGACAUGAUUAAUCUAAUGGGUGUACAUAAAUCUGCUAGAACAGCUAUGAUAAAUACAUUGACAACAUAUGCAGUUAAUUUGUACUAAAUCACGUUUUGCUUGUAGUACAUAUAUCUUGAUACAUGCUUAUUUUCAUUGAGAGCUGCUGGGUUUGGAAUCUGGAACCAAGAUUGCAAAACUCUAUAGUCAGAGGUGGUGGAGUGCCAUUUAAAUGGAUUCACUUAGUGAAGACCCCCCUUCAACAAAAUGGAAUCUUUGUCUAUUUUAAAGUGAAAAUUAACCUUUUUUUAUCAAGAUGUAUCCAUAAUUUGGAAUUAGUAAACCCCUUUCUCUUUGGACUGAAUUUUUUUGUCCUCAUGGGAAUAGAAUGAUUGCAAGACGUGGUAACAACUUCUGCCUGUUCUAACUCUUGUUCAACCAGACCAGGUUAGUCCUUUGAACAAAAUGGCUAUCAGGGAAUUAUGGGAAUUGAAUUUUAGCAACAACUGGAUAUAGUCAUUUACCUUCCAGUGUUAAGGCUGUUUAUUUGAUAAUUUUUUUUUUUUUUUUGUGAAAAAAGCACAACCUAUUAAAAUGAUUUAUUGCUUUCCUAACAAAUAAAGAAUAAACUGAGACAUUACAUACAUUAUGCUAAAGCUGUGUAAUAUUUGCUUUGGAAACAAUUCGGUUUCUCUUUUGAAAUUCCAGUUUCCCAGGACAUUAGUGAACGUGUAUGUAAUGUGAACAUAACAUUGUGGGUUUCUGCUUACGAAUCUCUGAUUUAUCCCAACAUUUUUCUAAGAUACUGCUUCAUUAAGUAUAUUGCUGAAUAAAAAACACAUGUUCUUUUUGGAUUAUUUGCCACACAGAUGUAACUACAGUCUGUGUGUCGAUCCUCUAGUACAUUAUGUCAGGACUUUGUAAAUGGCAUUUUGUCUGCCAGUUACAAAAUGUGGGUGUGUGGUGGUUAGGGAGGAUGGGAGGAGGGCAAAAUGGAAAAAAAUAAUAAAUGUGUAUACAUUGCUCAAAUGUUGAUUUCUAUCCAAAGCUAAAACUGGCAUACUGAACAUACAGAUAGGAAAUCAUCAAAUGAUAAAAUAACAUCUUCGUCUGUCACGCCAUUAUACCUUUACUAAAGGCACCUUUUAAUAUCCCAGGCCAAAUCAUUUUAGGAGUCCUUAGUUGAAAACUAAAACUGUGAGCGCUAAUGCUAUUGGACAGAAUUCCACUAAAAUACAAUACCACAAAUAUAUCAUUUUUGUUUUGGUUUAUGAAAAAGAAAAACAUUUAGUAAUAUUUGCUAAAUUCAAAUAACAUUAAUGAAGAACAUAAUCAUACUAUAGAAAAAAAAAUUGGAAUUCAUAGAAUGAAAAACAGCAACAAUUUGAAGAAAAGGAGAGAAAUUAAAACAUAAAUACAUUUCAAAGGGUAAUUCCAAAAAAUAAGACUGUAUGGGUCCAUGUUAUGGUCUGCAUGAAGAAGAGUUUGUAAUUCUAGGCAAACCUAAAUGUUUGCCCAAUGUGCAUUAUCCUACGUGACUAAAUAUAGUAGACUACUUUGUGAUCCCAAGUAGAGAUGUCGCGAACCGUCCGCGAACUUCUCGCGAACGGUUCGCCACAAACCAUUCGUGGCGAACUCCGGUCAGCUGACACAUCCCGGCCAAUCUCCGGCAGACCCUCCCUCCCAGACCCUCCUACUUCCUGGACAGCAUCCAUGUUGAAGGCAGGGAGGGUCUGCUGGAGAUUGGCCGGGAUGUGUCAGCUGACCGGAGUUCGCCGCAUACGGUUUGUGGCGAACCGUUCGCGAGAAGUUCGCGGACGGUUCGCGACAUCUCUAAUCCCAAGGUGCCUAAAACUACCUUACACUCAACAGAAGAAAUUCAAGUAAAUCACUAAAAUUAAUUUCUAUCAAGUUAUACAAAGAUCUUUGACAUUCAUUGAUUUAAAUCCAGUCAUAUCUGGAAUAUAUUUCUGGAGAUUUUUUUCAAUUGCGUUGUUUGUUAAAGCAAAGUAUCGUAACCUAUUAUUUUGGUUAUGAACUUUUAUAUUGCAUUUAUAUAGCGUCAACAUAUUCCUAAACACUUUAUGCAACAAAUUUGAAAUGUGAUAUAAUUUGAAUUUCCAUAGCAUACUUACUCUGCAGCAUAGCAACCACUAACAAAAUCAUAUUCUGAAAGAGAUCAGUUUCAAGCUAAUAUCAUACUAUGGUGGAAAUGUACUUUAUAAAGUAUGGAAAAUGUGUAUGAAUCAUAUAUAGAGUGCACCUAAGGAUAUGAGAAUAGUUUCCAAUUAACUGCUUGCAGCUGGCUAAAUCUGCAGACUGAUAAAAGCCUUGUUAAUACAAGUUUUAGUUGGACGAGGAGAGCAAGUGUGCUUGAAGUAUUUGUAGGUCCAUUGUUCUCUUUAAAGACUACUCUACACCCCGAGGCUACAAAGGAAAUCAUUUCAACAAAGGUAUGGAUAGACAACAAUAAGGAUUAUUGUUUAACUUACUUGCACAGUGAAGGGUAAUCAAAUCAUUACCCAAAUGACUUGGCACUCAAAGGCUUUUUUCCUUACUUUGGACACAACAUCACAUACCGUGCUAAAUCAAUUGCACUACAACAGCAAUUAAGCAAGAACGUUGAUUACUUCUCUUUAGGUUGCUUUUCAUUUAUAUAUAUAUAUUUUUUGAGAAUGUUCUUAUGUAGUGCUUAUAUUCACCUUUAACAAGGUUGUGAUGAAAUAUUUAGGACGAACAACAUUAGUAAAUAUUUAUAGCAGAUCUCUUCCCUACGCUGAAUUGAGUCCAGUUUCGUCAUUUGACAUGCUACAAUAAAGACACAUUUCAUUAACUUCAUUAAGAAAAGGAAAUAAAGUAACAGUAAACUCAUGAUCUCUGUAGCCACUGUACAUGUGUUGAAGUAUUUGUGAGACCGUGACUUCUAACCGGGCUGAUGGUACGCAGAUGUUCAUAUGGAGACAAGUGCAGAUGUUUCAUGCUAAAACGAACCUUUGUAUCAAAAAUAGAAUAGAUAAAAUAAUAUCAGUUCCAGGAUAUAUCUAUACAGCUUCCCCUUGUUUUUCUGGAAUCAGGAAAGUGUAGGCUGAUGAAUAGCCUGUUUUUUUUUCCUUUUUUUUUUUCUUUUUUAUACUGCAGUUCUGAAAUAUAUGUUCAAUGCAGUUAUGAAGGUAUUUCCAAACAGGCAUACUGGGGGAUAUUUAUCAAGUUUUAUGAAAGGUGGAGGUUAAAUUCCAUCAUUAUUUAUUAAUCGUAUUUAUUAAAGUGAUCUAAAAUGUGACAAUUUUCUCGAUAGUAAAUUUCUCCAGUGUUUGCAGAAAUUUCCAUUUCAGAAGACCAGUAAAUUUACAGUGGUGGUAAAAUUCAUAUAUCUGUUGGACUGGAAAUAAAAAAAAUUAUAGUUACAUUGUUACAUAGACUAAAAAAAGACUUGCAUCCAUCAUGUUCAGCCUUUUUCACAAAACGUGAUCCAAAAGAAGGCAAAUAACCCAGAUUGAAACACUUCCCAAUUUUGCAACAAACUAGGAAAACAGUUCAUUCUCGACCCCAAAAUGGCAGUCAGAUCUCUCACUAUAUCAAGAAGUUAUUACUCCACAUAUUAAAAAUUAUAUACCUAAAUAUUAUGUUUUUCGUAAGUAUUCAGUUGAUGUUUAAACAUCUGUAUAAACUCUGAUAAAACCACCCAUACAGGCAAAGAAUUCCACAUCCUUAUUGUUUUUACUUUAAAGAACCCUUUCCAUUGACAAACUUAGACAAAAUUAUCACUAUUGAAAUUCUUUCAUUUUUCUCAUUUGCAUUUACAUUGUCACAAGAAAAUUUGAGUACAUGUAUAUCAUAUCUCUAAACACUUUUCUGAUCUAGCAGUUCAACACUUUUCAGAUCUAGCACUUCAUGUUUCUGCUAAGGAUUCAGUGAGCUUAUGGUAGAUAUAAAUUGACAUGUGAACUAUACAUUAGAAAUACAAUACAUCCACAAGUGUCUGUAUCAAUUGGAUAUAUAAGAAAUGAUUGACCUGUUUUUUCCCCCCUAUAUAUCUUCCAUUUAUAUGGCAGCCUUUUAAUUUGUAUGACAACAAUAUCUCAAAAUAAUUAGCAUUUCUGUUUUUCUUCCACAGUUACAGUACAAAAAAGUCCUCCUGUGAAGGGUUCACUAUCUGGAAGAGUAACUCUGCCAUGCUUUUUCUCAACAAUGCCUACGUUACCACCAAGCUAUAAUAUAACAAGUGAAAUUCUGCGAAUUAAGUGGACAAAAAUUGAACAAAGUAGAGAUGGAAAGGAUCCAAAGGAAACAACCGUUCUAGUUGCCCAAAGUGGAGGUAUUAAAAUAGGCCAACAUUACAGAGGGAGAGUAUCUGUACCAAGUCAUCCUGAAGAUAUUGGAGAUGCCUCCUUAACCAUGGUUAAAUUACGGGCCAGCGAUGCAGGAGUUUAUCGUUGUGAGGUCCUGUUUGGAAUUGAAGAUACUCAGGAUACCAUUUCCUUGGAUGUAUCUGGUAAGGUUUGUAGUAUGUAUUUUAUGUUCUAAUAAGGAAAAUAAUCUUUUUCAGCUCUCGUUGAUUUGCCAUCUUUGUUGUAUUGAAGACAGGUUCUAAUAUAGGUGACCUAUUUUCAGACAAUGCUAAAAAAGUGUUGUCCACAAUGACUUUUUUCUUGUGAACUUUUGAUGUUUAAACCAUUUGGUAACUGACUCUAUGCAAUCUGCCUAGCUUCUAAUAAUAAUAAUUUACAUCUGUUAUUCAUAACAGUAAUUAGUGGCAGUCAAAGCAACAUAACCACUGCAGCUUCCUUAGCCUACCACUGCUAUCCAGGUUUGGAAGGAUUGAUAUUUUAUAUUAUGGAAGUAUAAAUUCUGCAUAAGUUGUCUAAAGUGGAUGGGAACUCUGGGUUUUGUCACACUACUGCCAAAUGACUACAUGAAAUUUCAGGGGGUUAGUACCCUACAUUACAGCAAAACCAAUAGCAGUGAAUAUAAUUACUUGGUUACCAAGGAUAUAACAAGCAGGCCUAUUACUACAUCCAAGAUUCUAAUGCUUUGAUAAUUGUGGAAAAGAAUCCCAUAAUUACUAAAAUGGGUUUUCAUGCAUGUGAUUUUUACUGGAUUCAACAGUUUGAUGCUGCCCAUGUGGUGAGCAUCUGAGUUCAAAGUAACGUAAAAGAAAUUUGGAAAUGUCAAAGUGAAAGUUCUAACUUAAUCUAGAUGAACACCUUAGCCAGUAAGGUUAAAGGGGAUCUGAAGGAAAAAUACUUAAUAUAAAGGACCUAGAAGGCCUAAUUGGUUAUUACCUGCCAUCCCAGUUUAUGGUUUUCUGGGUACAACUGCAUACAUUAUCUAGGACUACUUUUUCAAACUGCAAUGCUGUGAGCUGUCAUAGUAAACAUGAUGGCACAAUGUUCUAAUUUUAUAACUAGAACAUGGGUUUAUAGAAAAGAUCUCCAGAGAGAAAAACAUAUAUAUAUACAUAUAUAUACAUAUAUAUAUAUAUACAUAUAUAUAUAUAUAUAUAUAUAUAGACACAACCAAAUUAAAAGUGUUUUUAAUAGAACUGUAUUAAACCCAGAAUUACAUAAUGUGUAAUUCAUAAUUAAUAAUUGUUUCAAGAGAAUCAAGUGCUUUAUAUGCUCAUACAGUAGUUAUAUGAGUAUUUUCUCCAAACAAAGCUGAUAUCUUGUAAUUCUGAGAUGUAUAACAGUGCCGACACAGAAAAUCCAAUUCAAUAUGCUUAAAGUGUGGUAGCACUCGCUAAAAUUUCCAUCCGUAGUGCCCCAAGACCAGGGUGGACCAUUCCCAAUGUAUCAAUAAACAUCAGUUUUAUUGUGCAGCUUUCCUAAUAAUAACUGUUUCUAGUAGGUAUUUUACCUUUCUAAAUCAACAUAUAGAAAUAUGAUGAGAGCAGAGCACAAACAUUUUAUGUGAUUGAAAUAUAUUCUCUGUGCCUUAAAGGGUUACUCUGAGCAACAUGACCACUUCAAUAAUUUGAUUUGAUUUGAAAUGGUCAAGGUGCUUGGAGUCUGUGUGUGCAGGAUUUCCUUCCAUCCUUCCUUCCUUCCUUUCCCUCUCUCUCUGUCUCUCUCUCUCUCUCGCUUCUCUUUCUUUCUUUCUUUCUUUCUUUCUUUCUUUAUUUCUUUCAUUCUUUCUCAUACCAGAAAGGUUUGAUAAACCAAAAACAAUGUUUUCAUAAACCAUGUCAUCUGUGAAGAGCUGAUGAAACCAUUCUCGCACUGGGACUCAUUCAGUGAAGGUUAUCUAUUUCCUAGAAGUGGUAAAUCUUUCCAAUAUUUACCUAAUGACAUUUACAGACAGAAAACCCACUUUGAACCAUGUGUUACCCACCUCUUUUAUUAGUCAGUACAACAUUAAACAAUCCAGGUUUAAAAGGUUAGGGAUGUACUGCAGUCACCUUGGUACUGGAUGGAUUGAGGAUAUUUCAUUUUCAACAUUGGUGAAUCACUCAAAUAUUUUCUUAAUGACAAUCACAAACUGUGAACCCCUACUGAACCCAGGAUUACACACUAUUCACAUUAAUCAGCAAAGUAUGAGUAAUUCAUGUUUAAAAGUACAAAACAAAGAUUGAAUUCACGUUGUACCACACACAGUACCUGAUGGUCUAUGAGUCUAAGUAAGAAUUUAAAGUGAAUUCAAAGUGAAAUUCAAAUUUAAGGCUACAAUAUGUGAUCUGAAAACAGAAUAUUUUUGCAAUUCAGCUAUAUUGACCUUACAUUUGAAAUUUACUUUGAAUUCUCACCUUAGUAACUAACUCUGUGUAAGCUAGCUCAGGACUCAGACCUUUACAAAUGAACUCCCAGACGAUGUCUGUAAAAUAGAUUUCCUUUGACUCUUGAGUGUUGAAAUGUGCCAUAUACUUUCUUUUUCCUGUAAAUGUUGUAAAAGAAAUGUAUGACCACUUAACCUCUGCUUGUUAGUGCAUGUCUCUGACUUGAUAAGGGCAGACAAUGUGCACAGUAAUAAAAGUUUAAUCUCUGAAAAGAAAAAAGAUAAAUUUUAGGUGUUAAUAAUAAGUUGUUGUUUUUUUUUUUUUUUAGAGAAAUCUGUUCUUUUGCAUAUUUAGUCUUAUACUGGAUUUUAUAAAUCUAUCACAUUUCUUCUAUAUUCUUCUGAGUAAAUGAUAAAAUAGUUAUGGGAUUAGAUGUGUUGUCUUUUCUAUUUUGGUGUCCCUCUUAGCUAUAAGAACAGAAAGUUUGAUAGCUAAGAUCCAUAGCAAUGCUAGCAUUAAAGAAUGUAUAAACUGCUGUAAUUGUGUGUAAAAAUGUAUGUAAUAUCAGUAUAUGGAAUUAACCUAACCACAGUAUGUAAGUGCUGUUUUUAACAGGGUGUUUUUGAUUUUAUAGGUGUUGUGUUUCACUACCGCGCAUCUACUGACAAGUACUCCUUGAAUUUUGAGGGUGCUCAGAAAGCUUGUUUGGACAAUGGUGCCAAGAUUGCGACUCCGGGACAACUGAGAGCUGCAUAUGAAGACGGAUUUGAACAAUGUGAUGCUGGCUGGUUGGCUGAUCAAACUGUUAGGUACAUUUUGUUGAAACUGUGAAUGCUACAAACAUUUUAUGGUAUUAAUGGAAGCUCAAAUUAAUUUCUCCAUUGGCUAACCCUUCCAAUGACUCAUUCCAUUCAGCAAGAUAGGUUUUCAAAUAAAAAUAUAUACUUUAUCACCUUUUUUUUAUGCUGCUAUACAAAGGCUGUCCAUCUCUCAGAGAUAUAUAGUCCAUCAUAUGCCAAGAACUAAAGCCUCUCAGAUAUUUUUAGGAAAUAUUGUCAUGAAGCUGAAGGGCUGUAUAUUUGUCUAUGUAUCAGUGAUGACAUGAGAUGUAACACAAACUGUAUGUUUUGAUAGAUAUCCAAUCCGGAACCCAAGAGCUAACUGCUUUGGUGAUAAAAAGGGUAAAGAAGGGAUUCGGACCUACGGACUACGCCCUACAGACGAGAAAUAUGAUGUAUACUGUUUUAUGGAUGAUAUACUUGGUAAGUUUCUAACAUUGAGUGCCUUGUUUCUGGAAUAUAGCAAAGAGUCAGGAAGACAGUACUUUUCAGUGCAAUAAUUUAAUGUUGUACGAAAAACCAAACCUAUAUUUAUGUGGUAACAUAGGUCUCAAUUCAAUCUGAAUGUGGAGGCAGUUGGAUUUGGAUAGGAUAUUCGGAUUUAGUGUUUUAUAUAGCUUUAGCAGCUCACACAGAUUAGAUGACCCUCACUAGAAACACAAUGGCGGACAUUAGGUUAAGCUUAAAUAUGUUAGUGUGAAGUUAGCACAUAAUUAAACAGCACUUAUUGGCACCCAUGGGAUUAGUGCUCUGAUUAAUUGCCCUGGAAGAACACUGUGUCUAAAAAUACGUUUUAAAACAAAAGCAUGAGGUUAAGUAAGGUUUUAUAGCUGAAAAUCAAAUAAAACUCAUAAUGGCAAUAACAAAGGAUUUAGAAACACGGGAUUUUAGAGGCAGAGUUUACGUUACUGCUGACAGCUCACAAAAGGACUUUGUAUCAGAUUAAACUUACGAAGGAGGGGCAAUAAACCUCCAAUUUCAAGUUAUUAGUGUGCUAACAUACACAUUAGCCCUGUAAUGACAUAAGGUGUAAUAGAUCCUUCGUUGCAUUUGUACGGGAGAAUAGGGGAGGGUGGAUGAUAAACUGGUGGCUACUCUUUCAUUAUUGAUAAUAUUUACAGUAUUUGCUGCCAGGAUGGAUAAGGUGAGGUUUUGUCACAUCCAGGCUUGUAAUCUAUUCUAAACACAGGCAAUCGAUAAUCUUAUGCCUUUCUAUCAAAUUAAAGUGAACCUGUAAUGAAAAAUGAAUUUAUCUAAAAUUGCUCCCAUAUACAUUGAAUACACCAUACAUCACAAAGAUACAUGGCGUAUUCAGUGUAAAAUACAGAUAUUUACUUGUCUUUCCUCAAUUACAGCGCCACUUAGUGGGUGUUACUCUUGUAACAACUUCAGGACUGUUGUCUGCUCUUCCUCCGUUCUGUCUGCAGUCUUCUUCGAUUUGCCUGCUUUUGGUGCAUUCCCAUGCAGGGCAAAUAUCCUCAGUGAUGUCAGCACCCUGGCUUUGUCACGUUACUGCAUUUCUAUACUCCCUAGCCAGUGCUAGAAGAGCCAUUUAGGGAGUUUCCAUAUUCCAUACCGGCCACAGCUUAUGCACUGUGGAUGCUAUGGGUGGAGAGCUGAGGGACCUUCUGUCUUUUCUGUUCUCCCUUGUCAGUCUAUGCCUCGACACGCUGAGGCAUUAACGGACAGUGUUAGAAAAACACAUUUUUAAAUAGGUCUCUCUCCUAAUCUAUACAUUUGCUAGCAAAACUGUGUAGAUUAAAUCUUAUGCUCAGUUUAAUGAGCAAACGUUGAAAUGUUGUUUGGGGCAUGACUGGUCCCCUUCAAUUUAAAGCCUUGACCUAAAAGUGCCUCUAGAGGACUCUAGUGGCUCUCCACUUGAGGUGGAGUUAACCACCUCAAGGUUUCUAAAUAACUGCAAUAAUUACAAUUGCAGGAUUAAGGGGACAGGGGCACUAUUGUUUUUGUAUGUUGUUUCUUACGUGCCUAUAUAUCAGAUGCAUCAGACCCUACCUGAAAACUUAAAAGAAAGAGGACCCUCUUUUAACUUAAAUAUAUCUAUAAAGCACAAACAAAUAAAUAAUAAUAAAAAAAAUGCUUUAGCCAGUUUUCUAGAUUUCGGUGAAUUACAGUCUGCAUAAAAAAAAAAAAAAUCAUUUUUUUUGUUACUAGCAAUGCAUUUCCAUUUCAAAUAAAUCCUAUGAUAAAGUUGUUUAUUUUUUUUUUAAGCCAAAAAAAUGUGUUACUGAAGGGGUUAACAAAUUUUUACGAUACAACACAGGCACGUGAAUUAUGAAAUAAAGAAAGAAUUAAGUGGCAUAAAAGGGAUGAUAUUAAUAACGUAAGAUUAAAGUUUCGUUUUACAGGCUUUUCAAGAACACGCUAAUAAGACAGUGUCUAGAGUUUUCCGAAAAGAUGAUUUUAAAACAGUCUUUUGUCUGGAACCAAAAGUCUGGCUCAUAAGUCUAGUCUGUGGUAUUUAACAGCCAUAAAAAAGAAACCUUAAAUAGUCAGGUGUUUUUCUUUCUGUUCUGAUGCACGUGAACAGGAAAAUCCUAGCAAUUCUUUGGGCCCUUCUUACUGCUGACUUUAACUUGCUUUUGGUUAAAAAAGGCUGCCAAUGGUAACACACACUUCUUUAUUGUAUGUAACAUAAACACUGUCAUGGUUUACAUUUAAAGACUCGCAAUGACAGAGUUACAACGUGAGGUUCCUUACAAUGUGUGCUCCAAACUUUAUUGUGCCUCAAUGAUUUUGCUCGGUAACCUCUCAAUGUAGCUCCAGCUAUGAAAACAUUGGGAUAAGCUUAUAGAGCCCCCCCCUUCACCCCCUCUUUUUCAUAACCCCUUUCCUUCGUUUUAAUAUAUUGAUGUGCAGUGCGUAGCAAUCUUUUUCCAACUUGCUCAAUGAAAAAACGUAAACCUGAAAGGAAACUUGCACUUUGCAUUUAAAUAUGCUCUUUUUAAUAUCCUUAACGCUUGGCCAACAUGCGCAAAAAGAAAACGGGGGAUAAGUAAUCAGAAAACUAGUGUAAAGUGUCAUCGAUAAAAAUAAUCUACUGAUUGAUCUGUAUCUACAGACUGGGCCAUGGUAAUUUUCGACACUUUAGUAAACACUAGGCUUUAUAUAUCUCUACACAAUAUCUAUUAUUAUUAUUUUAUUAUUUAUAUAGCGCCAUCAGAUUCCGUAGCGCUGUACAAUGGGUGGACUAACAGACAUGUAAUUGUAACCAGACAACUGGCCUUACAGGAACAUAGAGGUGGAGGGCAUAAGAACCAUUCGGCCCAUCUAGUCCGCCCAAUCUUCUCUCAUUAGUCCCUGGUCUUAUCUGAUAGCUAGGAUAGCCUUAUGCUUAUCCCACACAUAAACUCCUUCACUGUGUUAACCUCUACCACUUCAGAUGGAAGGCUAUUCCAUGCAUCCACUACCCUCUCAGUAAAGUAAUGCUUCCUGAUAUUAUUUUUAAACCUCUGCCCCUCUUAUGACUAUGUCCUCUUGUUGUGGUAGUUUUUCUUUUCUUUAAUCUAGUCUCCUCCUUUACUGUGUUGAUUCCCUUUAUGUAUUUAGAUGUUUCUAUCAUAUCCCCCCUGUCUCGUCUUUCCUCCAAGCUAUACAUGUUAAGAUCCUUUAACCUUUCCUGAUAUGUUUUAUCCCGCAAUCCAUGAACCAGUUUAGUAGCCCUUCUCUGAACUCUCUCUAAGGUAUCAAUAUCCUUCUGAAGAUACAGUCUCCAGUACUGUGUACAAUACUCAAAGUAAGGGCUCACUAUUUAAUAAACUAAAAAUAAAUAAAACAUAACACUCACAUUACAUGCACACUAAUCAGCUACAGUGUUACAAUGCUCUUUAGAUCCUCGGGGGAGGGGAGAUUUUCUAUUCUUCUGACUUUGUGUUUGCUUUUAGAUAAAUCAGUUAUUUAAGUCAGGGGAGCUCUGUCUAAUCAGUUUAUUUUAUUUACGUAAAGACUUAAUUGAAGAAAUAUUCCCCCUGAAUUACCCUCUAAGUGUGUUUGUGACUGAUAAACAAUACAUUGCUUACACGUACAGUCUAAAGAAAGGGAGGACAUAUUUAAAAUUACAAUAUUUGAAAAUCAGUAAAAUAAUUCAAACAUUUACACCAUAUCCCUUUAAUAACAUUUCUAGUCCAGAUGCAUUUCCAUUAAUUCACAACGGGCUGCUUUCAUUUAAACUUUUGGAAAACCCGUCCAUGUCUCUGCUUUGUCAAUUGUUUCCAGAGUCUGUCAUGCACCGAUGCUACUGACUUGAGUUAAGCCAUUAAAAGCUGGACUUUACAGAGGAAAUUUGUUAUUUUUACAGAAACAUCCCAAUGCUAUUUAGUUCUUUUGAAAUUUCAAAAAGAGGGCUGCUUCUACUUAUAUUGCCUUGUUGUCAUCGCCCAAAUCUCUUUGUUAGACUAUUUAUUUUUUGAGAUUAAGGUGCAACCUAGAAUUUACACAUGGGGGCCCUGGUCAUAACAACUGGCAGCUAGCUGAGAGAAUUCUUCAGAGUCUAAACAUUGUUGGUGUUUGGGUGGUGAGAGCUGUGAUUUCACUACUGUCUAAAAGCAUUGGUUUAUCAAGAGAUGUGAGAGCUGUGAUUUCACUACUGUCUAAAAGCAUUGGUUUAUCAAGAGACUAAAUGAUAUGGUUGAGGCAGUGGAUAAAAAAAAUAAAAAAGACUAUAUGUAGAAAAUGUACAUUAGAAAAAUGUAAUAGAACCUACAUGGGGUGGUCCAAGAUAACAUUUAAUUUUUUUAAAGAAAAAAAUUAAAUUUUAUCUUUACGUUAGUAUAGAUAGAUAGAUAGAUACAUAGAUAGCAGAGGAUCAUAUAGAUAGUAGAAGGAAAUAUAAUUAACCACAAUAUUAAUUCAAGUAGAAUGAUUAAAGCUUAACAGUUUGAGAAAAAGAAAUACAUCUUUAUAAUAUUAAACAGUAAACACACAUGUAAUAUAUUAUUUUCCAGGUGACUUGUUCCAUGUUCCAAAAAAACUGACAUUUGAAGAGGCUAAAGCUGAAUGUAAGAAUAGAGACGCAGUUCUUGCUACAGUCGGAGAUCUCUAUGCAGCAUGGAGGAGAGGUUUUGACCAGUGUGACUAUGGUUGGCUUGCUGAUGGAAGUGUUCGUUAUCCUGUGUCUGUGGCUAGACCCCAGUGUGGAGGUGGUUUGCUUGGGGUGAGGACCAAAUACCGCUUCAGUAACCAGACAUUCUUUCCACAACCACAAAACAAAUUUAAUGUCUACUGCGUUCAAGGUAAGUUAAACAUAUAAAAAAUAUUUUUUUAAAAACAAAAUCGAGACAGAUGAGCUAGACCCCAUUCAUAAGCGGGGGGUUAUCCCAAAAAACUCAACUGAAAAAGAAAAGGUUAUUAAUGUUAAAAGUGAUUGUUGUUUUAAUAAUUAGAACUUUUAUUAGAAUAUUUAUGAAAACCAACAUACUAAGCCAAAACCUGUCUCCCGUUACCUAUUUACACGAUAAAAUAACCUUAGAUGGUCAUAUCAUGCUUAGCCUAUGCCACAGCUAGUUAAAAAUAUUCCAAUAUGCUGUUACAUUGUUACUUAACUUUGCUGCUAUGAACUGUAAAUCCCCUAAACUAUUUUUACCAAACUUACAUUAUUACAUUUUGAGCUACUGCAUCAUUGUAAUCUCAAACCUUAGUGGCCUAGAGUGGGGAGCAGAUAGAACUAAUUUUUCUUGCUCUUGUUCGAUGCAUACGCUGGUAGCUGGUUGGUUCACAUGAUAAAGGCUAUAAAAAUAUCAGCUGAUUGUCUGCAAUAAGCAAGCCUGAUUUCAAAACUAUCAAGCCCCAAUACUGCUGUAAGAAAGUCAGUGCUCCAUCAGCUGAUCAGCUGCAAUACGCAAGGUAGCCUUCUGGAAGACCACACUAAGACUCUAUUCUGCACAAUAUAAUUUAUUUAAUUUAACCACCCUGUACAUUUAUUUUAUUUUAUAUAUCCUGUGUGCAUUGUAUAUUUUCUUGCCUUUAUAUCUUGUCUGUCAUGCUAAAGUGUAGUUUUGCUAGCCCUGUAUGUAAUUGUUUUAUUUACCUAUAUGCAUUCCUCUAUUUCCCCUCUGAUUUUUGACUGACCUCUGAUCCCUCCUUUCUUUUACUGAUAUGUUUGGUUUUAUUUGAAUAACCAUCCCUUCAUCUCUGUGCCUAGAUACAUAUCCCCUCAGCAAGCCUAUCUAACCCUUACAUAUCUUUAUUCAACAGCCUGAUUUCAAAACUCAAGCCCCAGUACUGCUGUAAGAAAGCCUGAUACCUGCCCUCUCCUCCCCUUCCCCCAUUAUUACAUUUAUAGCUUGCCAAAUUUUAGAUAAGUAAAAAUAACAGGUGUACACACUGCCUCUUUUUAGUACACGCCUGCACUUUCUUAAUCCAUAUAACUUAAUAUUUACUCUACCUUCACCUGCUCUUGAUAUUCCAAUUAUUUCCAAUUGACAUUUUCCCUUUUUAGCAAUGAUCUGUCUUCUCCUCCUCUUUAUUUUCUCCUUCUCCCUCACCCAACCACUUUUACAUAUGCCCCUCUCUGCUACACUCCUCCCUUAUCUCAUCUCACGACCUGCACUAAUUUUUCUCUUUCACUCCUACCCACAAUCGAUCUCAUCCUAGACCCCAUGCAUAUAAAACCCGUUCACACCUCCUGUCACUUUCUCUCCUCCUGCUUCUGGCAGCUGGAGAUGUCUCUCCCAAUCCAGGGCCCUUCAUCUUCCCUACACACACUAAGAAAACCAGAAACCCCACAAACAUCAUCACAAUACCCUGGCCUUUACCCUCACUUACCAACAUUCAGUGUGCACUCUGGAAUGCCUGCUCCUUCUGCAGUAAUUUAAAAUCAACAGCCAUACAUGACUUUUUCAUCUCAAACUCACUCACACUACUUGCACUUACAGAGACCUGGCUGUCCCCCUCUGAUAGUGCUACUCCUGCCUCUUUAUAUUUUGGUGGGCUACAAUUCUCUCACACUCCCAGACUCAACUGUAAAGGAGGUGGUGUAGACAUCCUUCUCUCCCCUCAACGUACCUCUCAACCAAUCAUAACUGCAUCUGUCCUAUCCUUUUCUUCUUUUGAAGUUCACACUGUCUGCCUAUUUAAACCUACUCCUUGAAGAAGAGAUUGACAGACUUCCUCGAGUCCAACUCUCUGCUAGACCCGCUUCAGUCUGGUUUCCGUGCUAAGCACUCUGUGGAAAUGGUACUGACCAAAGUAUUCAAUGAUCUACUCGCUGCAAAAUCUCAUGGUCACUACUCUAUCCUAAUUCUCAUUGACCUUUCUGCUUUUGAUCAUCAACAGCUUCUUCUCAUCCUCCGCAAUAUCGGUCUACAAGAUAUUGCUCUCUCCUGGUGCUCCUCCGACCUCUCCCAGUGCUCUUUCAGUUUUUCUUUCUCUGGCUUUGCUUAUUCUCCCCAACUCCUCUCCGUUGGUGUCCCCUAUGGUUCAGUCCUUGGUCCCCUACUGUUCUCCAUCUAUACUGCCUCCCUUGGUAAACUCAUUAGCUCCUUUGGCAUCUAAUAUCAUUUCUAUGCUGAUGACAUGGAAAUCUAUCGGUCUUCUCCUGAUCUCUCCCCGUUCCUCUUGACUAGUGUCUCUGACUGCCUCUCUGCUAUUUCUAACUGGAUGGCUGCCCACUUCCUUAAACUCAACUUGACCAAAACAAAAAUUCUGGUCUUUCUUCCCUCAAGUGUUGCUACUCCUGUGUCUUUCUCCAUCCAAGUUAACGGUGCUAUCAUCAGCUCAACCACGCAGGCUCGCUGCCUAGGUGUUCUCUUUGACUCCGAACUCUCCUUCACACCUCAUGUUCAGUCUAUCACCAAAUCCUGCUGCUUUCAUCUCAAAAACAUUGCACGCAUCCGACCCUACUUAACGCCAGAUGCGACUAAGAUUUUGGUCCAUUCCACUGUCCUUUCUCGCCUUGACUACUGUAAUCCGCUUCUCAGUGGUCUUACAUGCUCCCAACUUGCGCCGUUACAGUUCAUAAUGAAUACGGCAGUGAGGCUCCUCUUCCUGUCCGCCCGCACCUCCCACUCCUCAUCCUUCUGUCAGUCCCUACAUUGGCUUUCUGUAAGAUAUAGGGCUCAAUUUAAAAUUCUGGUUCUUGCUUUCAAAUCUCUACAUAAUGCUGCUCUCACUAUCCUCUCUAUCCUCCCAAAUACACAAGUAUGUCCCGUCUAGGCCUUUAUGCUCUGCUGAAGACUUACGUUUAUCUUCUGUCCAUACUUCCACCUGUGAUGCUCGCCUUCAAGAUUUCUCUAGGGCUGCACCGUUCCUGUGGAACUCACUUCCCUCCUCCGUUAGAUGCUCACCCAGUCCCUACUCCUUCAAAAAAUCAUUAAAAACCCACUUAAAAGCGUAUCAAUUAAACUGUUAAUAGCUCCUGACUGAUUCCUCUUCUGCAACUGUCAUUAGUCUAAUACUAUCCUUACCUUUUUGUGUCACUAUACCCCACUCCCUCUAGCAUGUAAGCUCAUUGAGCAGGGCCCUCAACCACUCUGUUCCUGUGUGUCCAACUUGUCUGGUUACAACUACAUGUCUGUUCGUCCAACCACUGUAAAGCGCUGCGGAAUUUGUUGGCGUUAUAUAAAUAAUAACUUAAUAAUAAUAAUAAUAAUAUGAAAAUACAGAUAUUGACCUUUGAAAUGUGUAGGCUAGGGAAAUAAAAUGCAGAUAAUUGUAAGUAAAAUAUACCCCUAAUUUGACUCAAGAGAAAUCUUAUUGCCAUGACUGCAUUUAUAUUGCAAUAGGAGCUCUGUUGGAACUACUUCUAGGUGAUCACCAGACUGCCUUGGACUUAAAGAUCCCCAAGUACUUAGAGACACUCAAUGAGAGACCAUACAAAGGAGCUUAUUUGGAAAAUGCCAGCUGUUUAUUAAACUUAGCAUAACUUAAAUAAUAACACACAAUAAAGGGGAGUCUAGUGGGAGUACAACAAUAUUGUUAUAACUGUAAAUUAACAGCUUUAAAUAACAGCAUGCUAUAAAUGUGCAGCCAUUCAUAGAUCCUAAACAGUGUGCAAAGUUAGCUUUGCAUUAACAAUUUUAUAGUCAGACAGUUCACACAAGUACUAUAGAGCAAAACAUGAAGAGUAGUUUAAAAAAAAAAAAAAAAAUAUUUAACAAUGGGCCUAUUCCAUACAUGGGCAUGAGCCUGGAGCUUUAGCUCCACUAGCCCCUUAGAGUUUGUUGUCUAAAUGUAACCCUUUAAAACUUUUAAAAAACUUUUUUCUUUUUUUUUUAGCAUGCUAAUUUCUUCCCACAUAUGCAUAAGCUUACUUUAUUAUUUCACUUUCAAAUUAGAGCACACAUUUCAGUUCUCAAGACAAAUAUGAAAUAGCUAUCAAAUACUAAAAAGAAUUUUGGAAACUUUCGACUUUUUGGCAGCUUGUUCUGCUUGAGGUGAAGAAUGGCAAUUUUCUUUUUGGUUUAGUUUUUACUUACCCCUACUUUUAGGAUUUGUACCCUAAAAACACAACAUAUUCCAAUACAGACAGAAACAUUUAAGAAAACUAGUAAGUGGUACUCACAAUAAUCUUGUAGCCUGUGGGAAAAUUUGAGGGAGAAUCACAACAUAAUCCCAACAAAUAGUGAACAUAUUUCCGACAGCAGAACACAUGAUAAAAAGAUGCUCGAUCAAAGAUUUUAACCACAUUGCAUCCAUAUGCCACAAUGUAAAGUCUACAUCACCUCACAUCUUUUAAGAUUCUCUUUGAUCCUACUUCAUCGUAUGCAGAAAAUCUAUGCUUAUCAAAUGUUUGCCAUGACUAAGCUUACUGAUAUGUAUACAAUAUAUCCGCUUCAUUACAUGAUGGAUAUUGUGCGAAUCUUUGAUUUCCUUUUGGAAUAUAAACACAUAGAGUGCACACCCUUAAAAAAGUCACAGUAUUUUCUCGUAAUGUGGUAUUUGAAUAACUGAGGUCUGUGUAACAUAUGUUCACAACCUCAGAAAAAGCACAUCAUAUAUUAUAUCAAUAACCCCAAAGGAAAAAUUAUAUAAAUCUUCAACACAUGGAGACCUAAAAAAUUCCCAAACUUAUGGUAGUAGUUUCUUAAAUUCAAUUUGACUGACUUUCUAAAGACAAAUAUGGUAACAGUAUUCAUCAACCAUAUAAGUGCCUACAUAUUCAGUCAAUCUCGUCUAUACAGCUGGUAAGCAGAACAUAACACACCCAAUGGCCAUCUCACUUCUUGCUUGCUCCUAAACCAAUUCUGAAAAUUCGACUCCUCAUGGGACAUAAACAUUUGUUUUCUUCUUUAAAAUUUACAAAUAAGAAUCACCUCUCUUUGGUUAUAACUGUGGCAACAAAUCUCUAAUUUCUACAGAUCAGUUUAGUGUCUAUUUUGCAACGAGGCUACAGGUAUAGUUCUAUAUUUUUUGUCAAUUUGGGGUGGUUUGACAAAAAAAAAAAAAAAGGUGUUUUGUAGCUUGGGUUGUUCCCUUUGUCUUCUGAACUGAUACAUCUGCAAUUUCACAUUGCCAAUAUCAGUUCUACCCAACAUGGACAGUGAUAAUCAUCUUAAGGGCGUGAGAAUUUCCCACCUUCAUUUCUUCUGUAGAUACAUCAUGGCUUAGAGUAAUAAAAAAUGAACUGGGAAAUACUUGGAGCGGAAAGGGAAAAAUAAUAAUAAUAAUAACAAAGUAUUUAACCAGAAAAGGUACAUUCAAAUUCUCUGGUCUCCAACUACAUCCUGGGGAUGUUACCUUUGCCCAACAUCCAGGGAAUGAAAGAAUAGGUAUGAAGCAUCUAUGAAGUGAGCAGUUUGUAAACUAAAUUGUUGAAUUUUCAAAGCAUAGCAACUUAACUACAAACCUAUACAUGAUAUAAAAGAAGCUCCAUAAUUGGCAAUUGCAUCAGAAUGAUCUAUUGCAUUAAAAUUCCUGAAGUUUGAGACAUUUGCUCUUUAAAUUAUUUUGAGUGAAUCACUAUGUGCCUGAAUUGCAGCUGUUAUUUCAGUCUCUGGGAAAAGUCUGAAGGUAACAAAGCUGCAGAAUAUAUGUAUCUCCAAACAGAAACAUAUGUUGAAGAUGUUGCUUUGAAAAAAACCAAAAAACUUUUAACCAUAAAUAAAGGAUACAAAUCAAUUACCACACCCUUGAAUCGAACAUACCAUUUUUUUCCGUAAUACUUUAUUCUUUUUAUAUAGACACAAGGAAUUUGAAAAGAAUCAGAGAAAUAUUACUCAUUACAUCGCCUUUAGCUACCUCCACAUUCCUUGUACCAAUAACUGUGACUUUUUGAAGUGUUUCCUUUGUAACAGUUACAAACCCACUGUGCAAUGAAUAAUACAUUAAAGACACUACAUGAAAUUUGAAACAUCUGGAUUUCUGUCUGAAACUUUGGGUCCAGGGCAUACCGUCAAGCCAAAUGCACUUUUUUAUGAGUGUUUUUAUUUUUGAUGAUUUUCAAUGUUAGUAAUUAUUUUUGAAAAGCCAAACAAAAACAAAGCAAAACAUUUUGCACAGACUCUCACUUUUUAAAAAAGAUCUCAUUUGGUUGCUUUCAUAUUAAAUGGGUGGAAUCUUUUAGGUGACUCUGAAUACGCAAAUACUCAAAUAUUACAUGAAAAUCCAUUAUAGCAUUCCAUCUGCAUGAUAAUCUAAAAAGACAACAAUCCAAUGAGUAUAAAAACUUGUAUCUCUUGUGCUAUGGAGUUGCUUAGUAACUAAUAAUUGAGCCACAUUGGUGGCUUUAUCCCCAGUGGUCUAUGGUGGAGCUCAUUGUCUAUAUGGAUACCUAUAAUUCGUAUUCAUUUUUUCCUGGGCAUCUGAAUGAAGCAAAGUCCCAUUGAGCUUAAAGGACCACUAUAGGCACCCAGAUCACUUCAUAAAGUGGUCUUGAUGAAAGGUCCCCCUAGUUUUAACCCUGCAGCUGAAAACAUAGCAGUUUCAGAGAAACUGCUAUGUUUACAUUGAGGGUUAAUCCAGCCUCUAGUGGCUGUCUCACUGACAGCCGCUAGAGGCGUUUCCGCAAUUCUCACUGUGAAAAUCACAGGGUGAAGAUGCUGGAUGUCUAUAGGAAAGCAUUGAGAAAUGCUUUCCUAUGGGCGGACUGAAUGCGCGUGCGGCUCUUGCCGCGAAUGCGCAUUUGGCGCUGACGUCGGCAGGAGGAGGAGAGGUUACUAGCACUGAGAGUGCCCAGCACUGGAGAAAGGUAAGUGGCUGAAGGGGUUUUAACCCCUUCAGCCCAGCGGGAGGAUGGCCAUGAGGGUUGGGAGGGUGGCCAUGAGGGUGGGGGGGCCCCCCUCCUGCUGGGCUGAAUGGGUUAAAACCCCUUCAGCCACUUACCUUUCUCCAGAGUUUGUUUUGUUUUCCUGGCCCUAUAGUGGUCCUUUAAAGACCUAAAGCUUGUUACCAUGUCUUAUCAACAGUUACAUUAUGUCUAAGCCUGCACAUGGACUACACUGUUGUCAUUGCUUAUCUUAAUUUACAUAAAACAAGUCAAGAAGAACUUUCUGAGCUUUACGUGUGGCCCAAAGAUCUACAAAGAGAGCUGCAAAGUACCCUCUAGAACUGUCUUUCUAGUCAAACAUUAUUUGCCACCAUGCCCUGAAUUCUUUAGAAAUGCAUAAAUAUAUGCAUGAAAAACAAAUAAAGUACAAGUAUCAACUUUAAUCCUGGUCCAAGAAUGAAACAGGCUUAAUUUUUUUUUGUGAAGAACAUUAACACAAACCACCUGCCUUUUAAAGUCACUAACAGGCUGUAAAGUGGAAUAAUGAAAUAUUGCCAGUAUCUUUACUGAAAUUUUUUUCCCAAAUAUUCUUUAACCCAUUGUAUUUUACAAAAUCAUGUCUAAUUACUUUAACUUUAGUGGGAAAGGCUCCCAUAAAGGCACCUUCAAUGUAGGUUAUAGAGCUAUUUGUUGCAUAAUAAGAAACAUUUAUUUUGCAUUCUGCAGUAUAAAUUCAACAUUAUAAAAAAAGACUGAAUGUUGUGCUAUUUUAUAUAUUUUAUAACUGUAUGCAUGCCUUAACGGUGCCAUUCGUCUUUCUGCACAAAAUGUUUGUCACUUUUAUAAAGACUUAAUAAGUAAGGGAUACUGUAUAAUGAUAAAACACAUAACCAUCAGCAAAGGAUUGUUAAAUACCACGAACGAAUGCAUGUUUGGUAAAUUUAUCUAAUUUAUUUUUGGUAAAUGUAUUUAACUAAAAAUUAAUUUUUUAAAAUCAUUAUAUAUAUAUAUUAUAUGCUACAUUAACAGUAGCAUUCUAGUAUUGCACUGUCCAUAUUUAAUGCGCCAGCUAUGUCAACUAUAUUAAUAGCAUUACACAUUGCUUUUCAACAACACUAAACAAAGCAGUUUGAGAACUUUCCUAACUAUACUUAGAUGUGAAGUAUACGUCAAACUUUUAUUUUAUUUUCCAAUGUAGUUUGAAUGGUAUGGUAUGUAACCCUGGAAAUAUGCCAUUACUUUUAUUGUAUACCUAAUUUAAAGCAUGUUGCAAAGAGGGAAAAAAAACAAGUUUGAAGAUAAAAUGUAAUGUGCGCAUCCAAAGUUAUUUGCUACUCUCUAUUAGACAAUUUACAAGAACAGGAAAUUAAUGCUUGGUACCUAAUUUCUUAUUAUAAAGAAAACUAUUGAACAUUGAAUGUGCUAUUCUUAAUAGCUUGGCAGUGCUUUUUAAAAUUUACUGUAACAACAAAAUAAAAUUUUAAUUUUGUAUUACUUUUCAUGAAAAACAUUUUUGUUUUUAUUAAUCGUUGACUGGAAAAUAAUAUAAUAGAAAUGUCAUCUUGAAUAGAAUUAAUUUUUGUUCCCCAUUUUUAUUUCACAGAUAAAAAGAAUAUAACAGAAUCUGUGUCUGUUAGACUGAUACUACCAACAGAAGUUGCGACUCCAAGUGUCAUAAAGAAAUUGGAAAUCUUGCCUGUAAAACUUACACCAAAGCCUGUUUUACCCACCACUCCUCAGCCUGAAACACAAGCUGUUUCAAAGGAUAUAGAAGAAACUACAGCAGUGUUACCACACUUAUUAGUGCAAGAAGAAAGUACAGUAUCUGGUGUAACAACGUCAGAGCAAGAUGGAAUUCAGCAGUCGAUUGCUAUUACUUCAUUACCAAAAGAUAUUAUAGAGGAACUUUCACCAUCACAAACCCCAUUCAUAAGUAAAACUACCCCAGAUGAGGUUGCCAUACCUACUGAUCACCAAGCAGUGCCUUCUCAAGAGAUAGAAAAAGUAAGUGAAAGGACACCAGAAGUCUCAACCGAAUCCCCAGCAAAAAUACUACCAUCAGAACAAGAAUUACUUGAAACACAAAGUUCAAUUACUCUAAGAAAAGAGGAGUUGCAGCUAAGUUCUCAAUCACCAAGGGAAACGAUGGAAGCUAAAAGUGCAGAAAUUAUCCCCACAGUUAUAAUUUCACAAGACGUUACAAGUCCAAAAGAUGUUGUUGCCAUCACUUCAAUGGAUGGACUUACUAGUGAACCAGAAGUGCUCAUUCCAUCUGAAGAAAGUGUAACUGUUAAAGAAAUAUUGACACAAAAAGUCCCCGAGACAGUUUCUGAAUCUGUAAAAAUUGAAGUGGUCACAGUUUUUAAAACUCUGCUGGAUGCGAGCAGCGUGACUGGAUUUGAUUCACAAGAUAGCACAUCCAUGAUAUAUCAUACUGACACAGCUGUGGAUAAAAGUACAGAAAUUGCAGGUCUAGAAGUUGUUACCUCAUCAAAGCAACUCUUAGAUGAAAGCACUGUAACUGUAAAAUUACUCACAGCUGCAGUUUCAGGUCCAGCAGUGACUGACAUUUCAGCUAGUGAAGUCGGGUCAACCGUGGGCCAGCAAGAUAUAAGAGUUAUAGAAGACACAACACAGGAAGUGGAUGAGUCAACAGCAGCCACUAAACCAAUUACAUCGUCCAUAUCAGAUCAACCUGGAAUAUCAGAUGAUGGCAUUGAGAAAGUAUUGUCAUCCACCUCUGCCAUUCCUGCAAUAAUUUUGACACAAUCAUCAAUUACUGAAUCUAUUUAUCCAGCUGAUAAAACAGAGGGUUCUGGAAUGCUGACUGAGGAUAAAACAGAGAAAACUUUUACAUUACCGCCCAAAGAUUUUACAACACACGUAUCUUUUGACAAGACAUAUGGUGAUGCAACAGUGACUUCAGAAGGGAAAGAUGUACGUUUCGUACCAACUGAUAUACCAAGCACUGAGCAAUGGAGCAUUUCUGCAAAGGAAAUAGAAGAAGAGACAACUGAAACAGUGCCAACGCCUGGUACCGAUGAAGAUUCUGAACAAUUAUUAGAGGAAAUUGUAGAUAUCACUGUCAUGCCUACACCAUUGUCUACAGAUACCAAGCAGUUGAUUUUAACAUCUGAAGAGGACACACAGCCAAUGCCAGUUACAGAAGCCAGUUUUGUGGUUAGCACAGUAGUAGAUAAAGAAGCAGAUCUUGUUACUGAAGGAAGUGGCUUAGACCAAGAAGUGGAACUAAAGACAGUUGCUUCUGUUGCCCCAGAGAAACAUGAGGAAAGUUUAGUAUCAACAGAAAGCAAGCAGGAGACCACUUUGUCACCCACUGAAGGAAUCAUGCAACUAUCGUCUGAAACAACAAUUGCUCCUUUAAGUCAAGAGGAUGUAACGAGUUCUGAUGUUGAAAGUCCAGUUUUGUUCACAACAUCCACAAGUUCAGUAACUGAUGUGGAUACAGUUUACAUAAAAGAAGUAACCGGAAAAACUUUAACCACACUGCAAAGUAUCACAGAUGGGGAAACAUUGGAAACUGAAAAGAUUUCUACAGAAUUAGAGCCAGAAAGUGAGGGUUCUGCAGAUUUUGACUCAACAGAGACAACAAAAACUGAAGGAACUGUAGCCAGUGAGCAUUCUACAAGUGAAAUAUUACCAAGUGAACUGAAACCCACAGUCACAGAAUAUGUUCCAUUAUCUUCAUCUGAAAGUCCUGACACUCAUGUACCCACUGAGAGAGGGGAAACUGUUGCACUAAGUACUGAUGAUGCAAUAACCAUUUCCAAAGAGAUAGUAAAACAGCACACAACAGUAUCACCUCCUGUGAGAAAACCAGACUUAAUUGAUAUAGAGCGUGAAGAGGAACCAAGUCAAUCGACUAUUGUAAUUGAUGAAUCUAUUUCUCCUGUGAAAGUCACUACUGAACUUGACUUGACAAGCAAACCUGUAGAAGCAGAGAUUGAUUCUGAAUAUUUCACUAGUGGAACAUCUGAGGUACCACCAACAUCAUCCACCGAGUGUGAUGAUGCUAGUAAAAGUUAUGAACUAACAAAGGACUCAACUGAAGUAAGUGAAGGAGAACAUAGCCCAGAGAUUCCAUCACACAUUGACACCAUCAACCUAAUUGUUAUUGAGCUUAAUGAAAACGAAACAGGUAUGUUCUUCUGUCUUCUAUUUUUUUUUGAGGGGGUGGGGGGUGAUGGUGGGUUUAAUCUGUAUUUAUUCUAUUCUAUAAUCUGUAUUUUUGAUGAUUUAAGAAAUUGUGGUAAUUAAUAUUAAGCUACAAAUUCAGGUAGAUUUUUUCAGUGUUUGAGAUUUACUUGUGACAGUAGGCUAUGCAUUAUCAACCUAGCAGUGAGAUCAAAAGUGAUUAAAAACAUAUCACCUGUUUAUGCUUUUCUCUUAUUGAAAACCAAUGAAAAUGAAACAUAAAAAAAAAGUAAUUAAAAACUCUGCACUGAUUUAAGUGCUCUCCGAAAUAUACUAUUGUGCAUCACCUGCAUAUACCAAGGCAAACCAUAUAAAAGGUAUGCCUGAGAAAACCAUGUUUUCACAAUGCUAGACACUAGAUAUGUAAUAAGCAAACACAGAUUCACUUUUUCAGACUGCCCAUCACUUUGUGAUCUCAUGACAACCUUAAAGGACCACUAUAGUGCCAGGAAAACAUACUCGUAAUCCUGACCCUAUAGUGCCCUCAGGGUCCUCCUCCCGCCAGGCUGGAUGGCAAGGAAAGGGGUUAAACGUACCUUUUUUCCAGGAGCUGCGCGCACAUUCAGCCAGUCUCAUAGGAAAGCAGUCAUAAUGCUUUCCUAUGGACGCUGGCGUCUUCUCACUGUAAUUUUCACAGUGAGAAGCACGCAAACGCCUCUAGCGGCUGUCAAUGAGACAGCCACUAGAGGCUUUAGAGGCUCGAUUAACCCAUUUAUAAACAUAGAAGUUUCUCUGAAACUGCUAUCUUUAUAAAAAAAAGGGUUAAUCCAUUAAGAUGAAGUGGUCUGGGUGCCUAGAGUGGUCCUUUAAUAAUGCUAAGCCACAAACUGGACAGAUUUCCAUUAUCAGACCCAAACUGUGUAGGCCUGAAAAGUUCCAAAGUAUGAAACUGUGCUAUCAGUGAUUGAUGAUUCCAUUGAUGUAAAAUUUGGGUUUUAAAACAUGUCAUUGCUAAGGGUGCUUGCAGAAAUGAGGGAUGGACACAUGGAAAAUGUAAGCUUGUAUAAAGAUGUGAUUUUUCUUUAGACUUUUUUUAUGUUAUUUUAAUUAUUUUGCUGUUGGUAGAAAGACUUCCUCUCUUGGCUGGUUACAUUCAUGGCAUUUACCUAUAAACAUUCUAAGUGGUUCGAGAACGUUCAAGUUCAUUUACAUAGCUACAAAUAUACACACACAUGGUAAACUGGCUUCGCAUCUUUUCCUAAGUUGUUUUUCAAAGCUGUUGUAUACAGCAAACACAGACUCAAAGGAAUCCAUGUUUAAAAUGGAAUUGAGGCAAAAAUGUGAUUCUUUGUUGAACUAAUUUGCAUAUACCCACCCAGAAUCCUUUGCGGUAGUAACAUCACUGCAAAUUUGUGAAUUCUGUGGGAAAAGCAAGUCUUAUGGUUUGACUCGUGUGCAGAUUUUUGUUUAACAUUGUAUUAACUGUAUAUAUAUAUAUAUAAAAAGAGAAGUAGAGAGUAUAACAUGAAUAUGUGUGAUUGCGGGUAAGUUGUUAAAUAACUGGUUUACAGAAUGGGUUGUAGAUAUUUGGAAGAGGUUUCUAGCUGAAUUUCACAAAGUAAUAACCAUACCAAGUUCUAUCUUUCUCUACUGUAUCCCCAACACUGAAAUAUGUAGAAUCGUUAUAUCGGAAGAUAUCUAGCUGUCUUGGAAUCUGUCAAUUAAACAGUGUAUAGAAUAUCAACAAAGUAAUGUAAAAAAUAAAAAUGUUGCAAUUAUAUAUACACUGUGCUUUUUUAAAUUUAUACUUAAAAUUGGUGAAUUAUGGGUGUAAUUGACAUUAGUCAGAGACCACAUAGCAGGAAAGGGCUGGCAAUAGCGUCAAAGUUGGCUAUUGUCUUUUGGUAUAUGCAUGGUUUUUGCAUACCAGAUCUGUGUGGCUUUGUGUUUGGGCUGAUGCCCUGUGAGAUCACUGCUAUCCAUGCCUGGACUUGCCCCUUGGGAUAUUGCCCAGGACAGUGCCAUAUCGGGCUGACCAGAUUUGUAGACUAUGAUUAUUAUGGAAGUGUUUGCAAGUGGCCACAGGGUGAAAUGAGACUGAUUGCUCUAGACAUUCAGCUACAUGCUGGUUGCUACUGGUGACAAGUGAGUCAUGGGAUAAAAAAAGUCUGCAAAUCUUAGACAUGCACAGAUCAUUGUGCUCUGUCAAGCUACGAAGAUCUUACUGAUGGAUUUUGCUUGAAGCUUGAAUAUAUGAUGCUAUGUCUCAUGGCAACAUUAUUUGCCAAUAAUGUUCCAUGUCAAAUAACUUGACCCUCACAGUGCCAUUCACAAGGAGGGAAGGGCUUGUAUGAUAUUUCUCUGCAGAUGUCAGAGACAAUGUUGUAAUAAACAUAGAAGAUACAUGACAUUUCCCCUAAAUAAAGUAAUUUAUUUAUUGUCAUUUGAACUAUUAAAAGAUAUAUAUUAAAUAAAAAGGUACUUUUCCCUCACAAAAAAAGUCCAUUAUUUUUCAUCAUACACCUUUAUAGUCUUGCUAUAGCACCCUGACUGAGGCCGUGUACGCAGAUGAGAAUAUAAACAAAGCAAAAUAAAUGACACAACGUUUCCAGAGUGGCAGGAACAUGCUUAAUGCAGGUGUGCAAAUUAAUAAAAUAUAGUUAAAUGGGCAUAGUUAAAAAAAAAUUGCUGCCUUUCACAAAACUCCCUAAGUAUUGUAUAACAAGCUUGGCUAUGCAAAGAGUUUAAACUAUAAUUUUGCUAAUAAUUCUAAAAAGAGAAUAAAAAUCACAGCGGCAUAAAAACAUGGUUUAUGUUAGCAAUUGUUGCUGCAGUCUAUAGACUGGACUAUAUAUUGAAGCAUUGAAAAUACUACAGCAGGGAAUUAUUUGCUUGUAAAAUUUUUAUAAGCUACAAAUGUAGGGUUAAAAGAGGUUUCUGAAUAGCCACAGUCUGCUGUCUAGCCAACAGCAGUUUAUGCACCUGGCUUUGUGUGAAAUAGCUGUGCUUGUACAUUUAAUAUAGGGUUCUAAGCAAGCUUUCAAUAAGUAAAAAUAAAUAUGUUAUAAAGUAGCAAAAAUAAAGUAGCUUUAUUUCAUGUGAUAAUUUAUUUAUUUAUAAAAUAUUUUACCAGGAAGGAUACAUUGAGAUUUCUCUCGUUUUCAAGUAUGUCUUGGGUCCACAAAACAUUGCAUUGUUACAAUAGGAUACAAUGUUACAAAAAUACAAUAUACAAUAUAUAUAUAUACAUAUACACACAUAUAUAAAUGUAAUACAUAACAGGUAAUAACAGGUAAUAAAUAUAUUCAACCUUGACAGGUGCAUUCUGUAUUUAAGAUCUCUUGAAAGAUUUUAGAUUUAAUAAAGAUUUAACUGUGUCCUUGGGGUUAUUCCAUAAUUGCGGUGCUCUGUAGGAAAAGGAGGAUCGAGCCACUUUAUUUUUGUAGUGCAGUAUGCUAAAUAUCAAAGCGUACAAAGCGGCAAAAUGCAUUAUAUAACGUAUUAAUGAUAAGCUGGUGCUCGUUAUCAGCAAUGAUUAAUAGCAGUUAGAAGAACUAACAAGACAACUCCUUGUUAAUUUAAAUAGAAAGUAAAAAAGUACAACAAAAACACACACACAUGCACACACACGCACAAACUCCUUACCAUUUAAGAAAAUAGAUGCAAAGAAAUUUUACAUGGCAUAGGAUAGAGUUUGGAGACUGAAUCGCUUCAUAAAAUGGUGUAGUAAUAUAACCUACUUCUAAAGCUAUAGAGUAAGUGUCAUCUACUGACUACAACUAAUGAUUAAAAUUCAUUGGCCAUGUGGUGCUUGCUGUAGUUAAAGCAUGGUAAAAGAUUACUAUUUGUUUCUAAGACUAGUUUUCGAUCAAUUUCUCUUUUGUAUAUUAUUUGACAGUUUGGUGGAACCAGAGUCUUUGAAGCCUCUGCUAAUGUUUUUGUAGUGCUUUCUACCAUUCUAGUUCUGUAUGUUGGACUUCUAGGAGAGACUGUGUAUAGCUUACUUUCUCUAAACUAGUCUAUUCCGGCCUGAAUAUAUGCAAAUAUUAGCCCUUGUGCAUCUAUAUAUGUGAGUUAACUAGACCAUCCUUUAAUAUCAUAAGUGCCUAUUCUGUACUUUAGUACAUUGACAUAUGGAAACAUUUAUUAAAUAUUACUGUAACUAUUUUAGUCAUACGGGAAUAUCAAUUCACAUGCGAAUCACAGUUUGGAAUCCUGAUCUGGGUUUCCUCUCUAGUGACCCACUUAAUCAAUCUAGUCUCUCUAGUGACCCACUGAAUUAAUCUAGCCCUUUUUACCUUUUGCUCCCAUGACCAGACGUUAGCUAAUGUACUGUACAUAUGAGCUGAACAUAUGUAACAUUUAGACUAUUGGAGUCAUUUCAACUGCCACUGGGUCCCCACGCACUCCGCACACCACUCACUACUGCCCAUUAUCAUUUUAGAUAGGCAUAAAGUAACAUUUCAUGGACAUUCAUGCAUGUGUUAAAACAGAUUAUUUGGGUUGCUAGGGGCCAAAAAGCCAGCAUAUGUGUCAACCUUUGGCCUUUUAUAAUGAAAGAGGACAUUUUACAAGACUUACAAAUAAUUUUAUAGAGAUACUUGUAGUGUCUACGAAAAGUAUAUGGAAACCUGUCCGCAAUAGAUUUUAUGAACUUUCUAAGAACUGCCGUUCAAUGGUAGACUCUUAAAGAUUUGCAAUUCACAAAAAAAACAUCUUUAUAAUGGACUGAAUGGGCUAAAUUCUAUUCUCUGUGUUGUAGGAAUGUGAGAGUCUGACUAGCUGAAUCCUCUGUUACAAGACUGGCCAUAUCCAUUCACACAAUUUAAGGGUUUUAUUUAAAUGGUUCCCCACCUUCUAACAUCUUUUGUGGGCUUCCUUAGUUACAGGGAUGUGUUUUCAUCAUAUUACAUACAGUUCUAUGGAAACAUGUCCAGCAUUCUCUUCUGUCUUUUGUUUGUUGUCAAGGGAACACCACAGCGUUAAACAAAAAAAUUACACACUUGAAGUAUUCUUUAGUUCAUUGUAUAUUCAGCGCGCACAGAAAUGACUAUUACUUUAGAGUUUUCUGUUUCAGCAAAACUUCCUCUGCUAUCCAUUUGAGGCACUCCACUAAGAAAAGGGUGUUUAUGACAAAUCCGUGUCAGUCAGUGCAUUUAUAUGACAUUCUCAUUCUAAUCUCAAUGCCAGAAGUACCAGGGUAGUGCGGUAAAUUACAGUCAGGUAAGUGGGUAGAUUUACACAAUAACUUAGAAACAUGGUGCCCUUUGUCACAAACAGUAAAUAACAACACAAGUGGACCAGUCCAAUAAACCGCUAACAGAGAUCCACAGGGAUGGCAGACAGAUAUUUCUAAACAACCACACUUGCUAUACACAUGUGCGAGCUACCUUCUGGAUACUUGGCUUGCAAAGGUUAAUAGGUCUUGCAGUCAGCUGAAGUCCUGGUUCUUAAAUUCUCCUAAUACAGAAGCAUCUAGUCCUUAAAAUUAAUGUUACAUAAUUGACAUGAUCCCAUGUGGAAAUGCAAUUAAAAAAAACCUCUUGCUACAAUUCUCUAACUUAGAGUAAAACAGAUGCUUUCAUCCUGUGACAGAUUGCAGGUAUUAAUGAUAUGAAGGCUAGUACAUGAUUUGUUAAUAUUUUUUUUGUGUGUAAAAAAGUACUAAAUUGUAGGGAGAUUGCUAAAAAAACAUGCUCAAAAGGAAAAUGCAUUUAUUUCAGAUGAUUCUUAAAGAAAGACAUUGGUUUUCUGAUUACAAAGAUGUAUUCCUAACAUUAUAGUGUCCCUCUGCUCCUGCAGCCCCUCCCCUGGACCUCACUGGUUCCCCCAUGUCCAUGAAAGGGUUAAAAAAUGUUUACAUUUUCCUGAUUCCUGUGCCGAUGUCGGGCUCCUCCUCCGCUGACGUGAGCUGGUAGGGGAACCUAAUGCGCAUUUGUGGCGAGCACUGCGCGUGCAUUAGGCAUCGACUCAAUGCUUUCUUUUGGGGUAUUAUGUGACUCUGGAUGUCCUCAUGCAAAGCGUGAGACGUCCAGCGUUGUUUCAUGGAGUCAAACUCUGUGAAAACGUCAGGAAGCGCCUCUAGUGGCUGUUUGGUAGUGCCACCAGAGGCAGUUCUAACCCUGCAAGAUAAACAUUGCAGUUUCUCUAAAAGCUUCUGGGUUAAGAGGACCGUGUUCACAGACCACUUCAAUGUAAUAAAGUGAUCUGGGUGCCUAUAGUGUUUCUUUAAUCUUAGCACUAUGUUUUUAGAGAAUAACAGUAAGGAUGUGGAAUUCUCUGCCUGAAGAAGUGGUUUUAUCAGAGUCCAUACAGAUGUUCAAACAGCUACUAAAUGCAUAAUGCUAAAACAGAAUAUUCAAGGAUAUAAUCUUUCAAUGUAGGGUAAUAACUGCUUGAUCCAAGGAUAAAUCUGACUACCAUUUUGGGGUCAAGAAGGAAUUUUUUUCCUAGCUUGUUGCAAAAUUGGAAGUGCUUCAAACUGGGUUUUUUGCCUUUUGGAUUAACAGCAAAAAACAAAUGUGAGGAAGUAUGAACUUAAUGGACGCAAGUCUCUUUUCAGCUAUGUAACUAUGUAACUUAUUCUCCCGAUAGAAACAUAUUUUAAUUAAUCAGUAAAAAAUGUUGUAGCAGAAGGAUGGCAUUUAAAAAGUUUAAAAUCACACGGUAUACACCUUUACAGAUACAGAUUACUCUUACUCAAAGCAGAGAUAGGCCACUGACAGAAAUAUAUAUAUUAAUUAUAUACUUCUAUUGUAUUUACAUUCCUGAUGUACUUUCUACAGGCCAAAACAUGAUUUUUUAAAAAAUUUUAAACAAAAAAACAUGCCAGGCACCAUAACCACUACAGCUUGCUGUGUUGGUUAUGGUAUUACGACUGACAUAGUGCUCUUCCCUCACAUUGUAAGGAAUCAAACCAUUUUUAACAGUUUCACUUCUUGCAGGAUGCUGCUCCCUGCCUCUUAACAGCUUGCAAAUAUUGGGGGUGGCGUCGUGGCACUCCUCGUACUCUAACCACUACAGUGAGCUGUAGUGGUUAUGGUGUUUGGAGUAGUGUUCCUUUACGUAAAUGUUACAUAUUAAAAUUCAGUGAAACUUUUUCUGUUAAAGAGUUAAAUAAACUGCUUUGUAACAGUACAUAUCAAAAUAAUAAAAAAAGAUUCGCCGUAUUUUGACAUUAUCGUCUUUAAGUUAGUAAUACACUCAUAAAUUCUUCGACUUGAUCUUAAUUUUCCCACAGUAGCUGUUGUUUCAGUAAAGCUUCAAAUGCUUCACUUAUUGGUCAUGCCCAGGUGAUUUUAAGGAAAGCAUCCUAUAAGCAAUUAGCGCAUCGUUUGCCUGAAGCAAGGAAAUACAGAUGGGAGAUUUGCUUUGAAAUAAGAUAGCUAUAAUAUGACAGUUUUUAAAUUGGGGUUUUCUUUGUGCUUUGCUAAAACACCAACAUUUACAGCAAGACAUAAACAAUUUGCUGCUAGUCCUCACAGUUCGAGGGCAUAGUUACUAAUGACAUACUUUCUUUAAAUUUAACUGAAAGCCCCAUAGAAGAUAAUAUGCACAUGAUUGCUUGUGGAAUAACAGUAAUAUUACAGAUAUCGCCAAAAAAUGAUUGAAGUACAUAUUACACAGAAGUAUUAAUUUAGUUUAUCUUUGUAACUGCGAAGGCAUGCAAAGCAUCAUGGGAGUUGUAGUUCCCAAAAUCAGUUCUCGUGACCAAGCAACAGUCCAGGUUUUUUUUCAGUAUAUUUAUUGGAAUAGAAAAUGGAAAUAAAUACAUCAAUCCUGGACUGUUGCUGAACCAUGAGGACUGGUUAGGGUACCACUACCAUAGGGAGACUGUGUGAGUCACAGCUAGGGAAGGUAUGGCUACCAUUGCAUAGGCAAAGUGGUUCACUGCCUAAAUGGCAGAGAAUUUAGCAGUGAGACUGUAGGGGCCUGGUUUAUACACUAAAACCACUUCAUUAAGCUGAAGCUGUCAUGGUGCUUACGGUGGCACUUUAAGGGGCUUGAUUAUUAUCUAUAUUAGUGCUUGUGAUGUACACUACAGUGUAUAACGGUGCUUUGCAGCAAUAAAACUUAACGUAAUCCAUCUGGUUAAACUAUUAUAAAACAUGUCAGUAAGAUACUUUUGUCUUGAAUUACAUUUUCAGUAUAAUAAAAAGUAGUAAAUCUUAAAGUCACCAAAAAUGUAACGGAAGAGCCGCACCUCUAGUCACACCUCCAGUUGUAUAGAAUGAUGCAUGUUUGUGGCAAUUUAAAAUGUUGGCUGAAAUGUAUUCAGCAACUAUAAAACUAAAAAAACACACCACCAUUUGUUUUGUAAAAUCCUUUUAAAAUGGCAGAGGGCUUGUGUAUUCUUCUGAGAGGAUGCAGGUGUGAGUGGGAGACAAGAGCUAGUUUACCAGGGAGAGAGGCUUUAAUAACUUUAAUAUAUAUGGCAGUUUGAUUUUGACUGACCAUUAGUUUCUACAAACUUUUCUCUAUUUUUACAUCUAAGUCUCUCUCUAGUGUUGACUAUUCUAGACUUUUUCCUAUAUAUUGGUAAGGUCUGCUGUUUGGAACAUUUUUUCUACAUAUGGCUAGACUCAAUACAAACUAAUUUUGCAUUAGUAUAUAUUAUCAGCAGACAUUUACUCCAUGGUCCUAUACAAUAUAUAUAUGGACACAAGGAAUUUGUGGGAUUCUGCACUCAGGAAGCUAGUCACUGGCAAUUAGAUAGAUAUAUGAAUACUUUUUCCUAUUUAGCAUAUGUACUCUAUUAAAGCUGUCAUAUAGGUGUUAAGGUUCUUUAUUAAUACAUACUGCCAGAUCCUAGCUGUGGCAUUUGGUGCAUUCCCCUUAGUGAGCAUAGGAAUAUUAGUAUUAAUGUUAUAUCUACUCUAUUUCUUAUCUGACAUUGGAGAUUAUCCCUAGUUAAUAUAACUUCACGCUAUACUUCUAUGUAAUAUUUCCAGGUAAUGUAGUCAGAUUGGGAUUCGUUAGAUAUCCUAAGCCUGCCUGCAUUUGUUCUAUUCUUUUGUGGUAUUUUCUAUUUGGGGUUAAGCCCCGUGGAGACACCUGGAGUCUCUUGGCGGUAUUUAAGACUCUACUGUAUAGGUGCGCUCUCCCUGUUGUUUAGGGAGGGGCUACGCACUGAUACACAUAUGGUCUUAAUUAUAUAUAUGUUUGUCCUUUUUUUUAAAUUCUCCUCCAGUUUUCCCCUUUAUUGGUUACUUUUUCUCAUUUCAGCCGAAUGCCAGUUUGGUUUCGUCAGAGGUUUGGUAACCAAAUGCCAGGAAAAUGCUCCUAUCGGUGUACUGCAAUAUUAUAUUAUAGCAUGUUAUAGCACACUGUGUUUUCUUUAGAAGUUGUUAUCUUGUGCUUAGGUACUUGAACUUUACUCACACAGGAAGCUCCUUAAGGCUCUAAAAGGCAAUUAGCAGAGCAAGAGAUACAAACUUCUAACUUAAACAAGCAAAACAAGGUAAGCUAAAAAAGCAUUGAGCAUUGCAGAAGCAAUCUGUUUCUGCACAAGGGAGAAGCAAUGGAGGAUCAUUAGGGAAGGAAAAUUAUAAUUUUUUAAAAUUAUUAUUAUUUUAAUUUUGCUUUUAUAGUUGUCUGUUUGCAGAGUAAAAGCAGCUCAAAAUGAAUGGUAAAGGGCACAAUCUCAAAUUGAUUAGUGGUACGGAGUGAGUGACACUGAAGAUUUGUAGUUCUUAACUUGCUAAUUCUUGUGACAUUCUCAAGCUUUGGCUACUGUGAGUGGCUACCAGACAAUUAAAGGACCACUCUAGGCACCAAGACCACUUCAGCUUAAUGAAGUGGUCUGCGUGCCAGGUCCCUCUAGGAUUAACCCUUUUUUUCAUAAACAUAGCAGUUUCAGAGAAACUGCUAUGUUUAUAAAUGGGUUAAUCCAGCCUCUAAAGCCUCUAGUGGCUGUCUCAUUGACAGCCGCUAGAGGCGUUUGCGUGCAUUAUGAAUGCUUUCCUAUGAGACUGGCUGAAUGUGCGCACAGCUCCUGCCGCGCAAGCGCAUUCAGCCGAAGAGGAGGAUCGGAGGCAGAGAGGAGGAGAGCAGCUCCCCGCCCGGCGAUGGAAAAAGGUACGUUUAACCCCUUUCCUUGCCAUCCAGCCCGGCGGGAGUGGGACCCUGAGGGUGGGGGCACUCUCAGGGCACUAUAGUGCCAGGAAAACGAGUAUGUUUACCUGGCACUAUAGUGGUCUUUUAAACAUGAAGAAAUGUCCUGAUUUAAAAUAAAAGAAAAUAUAAAGCCUUCUUUAUGUUUCAUGUUAAAAACAGAUCAUGAAGUUAACCAACUUUAUUUCAUAGACCUUUGUAUAAACUUGCUACAAAUGGAAGAUUAAAGCCCAAAGGCAUGAUCUACUUACAUCUAAUUACAUAUCACUGUAUCUGUAACCCAACCUAUGACUAAUUGCUAUAUUUUCAAAAGUGCUCUGGAGAGAGAAAUAAGAACUGCAAAAAAAAAUAAAAAUACAGUAAAAUGAGGCUUGUAUGACAAAGCAAAAUCUUUUCUCGAAAUUGACGUGUGUACCAUGUUUCUCUUUUUUUCAUUUGUGAUUUUUAUUCAGUUUUUAAUUCCGCAUAACCAACCAUUUACAGUACAAAGAGAGAAGAUGCUCUGCAGAAUUCAAGCAUACAAUACAUUUUCUGUUUAACAUGCAUACACAUAUGGAACUGGUUCUCUCACUAUUUUUUCAAAUAUACAUCGUCUGGUGUACAAACAAAUAAAUAACAUGUAAUAGAAUAAAAGAAAACAGAACAUUUGACCAAAAUGGGUAACUUAAACUUAAAAUGGGUAAUCAAGGGGAGUGCUUAUUCAAAUCACAGCUAUUUUCUUCUUAUACUUUGUCUCAGGUGGAUCUUAUAGGUAUAGCCUACACAUUUUCAAUGAUCUCUCAGCUAUUAUUCCUUAAUAGUGAGCCACAAAUGGGCUACAGUAAGCACCGCAGUGGCACGCCUCAAGAAUAAUUUCUGUAUACGCUUGUUUCAUUUUGCAUGCUGCCCCAACUCUUUUCUGAGAAACUAUUCCCAUCGAUUAUAGACCUCCCGAGUUACCUGCCCCAACUGGAGCUGUGGUAAGGCUAAAUAUCAUAUUUUAAAUUUAGGGAUAUCUGAGCAUACAAUUCAUGGGUGUUUGAGAUAUUGCAUUUUUUGGCAACUGGUAAAAUUGUAAACACUAGAAGAACAUUAGUUUUAAUAUUACUUUGGGCACGUUCUCAAGCAAAAUGAAAAGUAAAGAAUGUUAAUGGUUGAUUGUAAGGGAAAAUCUUUUGCUAGAGAAACAGUAGACUAAAAUCUCUGGGUAUGUCAACCAAACAUGGAGCAUGAUCCCCACUUCCGUGUUGCAUUGCCAGCACUUGCUGGACGUUGGGUGGAUGCGUGCUAGUCUCUCUGGAACUAGGUACCACCUAUAGAUGAUUUUUUAUAUGUGUCACAUGUUGUAAGUUCCUUAUGUAUGUUUUACACUCUUAUCAAUUGAUUUGAAUCUAAAGUGUGUCCCGGAUCUGCAUGCCAGGCAGGGACAAAUCUCCAGCUGGUUUCUGGGAUCAUUUGUUGUAGAAAAGCACACUGUAGAAGAACACACUGAUAAGCUUUGUUGAUGGAGUUACCUGCUUGCAAAACUUUUCCCAACUAGUACAGUGUCGUCUCUCUGUAUUGCUCCAGAGACCUCUUGUGUCUUCACCAGUGAUUUCACUUGAAGAUAGGAGAACUGUGUGCCCGAAUUUAGACUGAAUGUGAGCUGUAAUUCAGGGAAUGUUUUUAUAAUAUCUUUUUGGAAUAGUUGAUAAAUAUGAAUCACUCUCACUGUGACCAAAGCCUAUAGACAAAAUGUGUUUUUUUUUUAAAGGUUUUGCCACUGACCAUGGCGUGAACCCAUACAGCCUGCCUUUGAAGUACACUUUAGUUUAAUCGUAGUAAGUAUUGUGUCUGGAAUAAAUCUGUCAGAGUCUGAGAUCCAGAAUAGGUGCUAGAUAUGGUGGCAUUUUGCCCAAUAUGAUUCAAUCUGUACCUCUUCUGGGGAGUGAUCUGCAAGGUGUGGUGACAAUGCAUGUUCAAAUGGCUGCAUUAUAAUAAGAUUUGCCUUAUGGAAAUCCCAGCCCGUCUCCACCCCCCCCCCCCUUUUGCAGGUCUAGACAAGAUAUGUAUAGCUACACAUGGUUUCCUUUUAUGCCAUACUAAUAUGAAAAAUAGGGACUUCACAUGUUUUAGGAAUUUUGCCGGACGUGGUAUGUAGAGUGUUCUAAACAGGUACUGCAGUUCCAGUAAUAACAUCUUAUUGGCUGCAAUUCAUCUGACCCACGAUUGGAACUUGUUGUCUCACCCGGCCAGAAUCAUCUCUAUAAGUAAUUUUUGAUUAAACGGAUGAUGAAAAGGUCAGAAAGUCUGUUCUCCAAUUGAAUUUUUAGGAGGAUUUUAGUAAGGUCAAUACAGAUUCUUCUAAUCCCAUGCCCAUUGCUUGUGUCUUGGAGACAUUUAGUUUAUAAUAUGAAUGAUUGCAAUAUUCUUCCAGUUUAGUUUUAAGGUAGGGUAGGGAUAUUAAAGGUUGUGUAAGGGUUAGGAGGACAUCAUCUGCAAACAGAUUUAUUUUGUAUUCUCAUGUGUCGGUGUAUGUUUGUGUUUAAUCUUAUUGUCUACUCAAUAAGUGGUUUCAGUGCUAGUACAUACAAUAGAGGGGAAAGGGGACAACCCCUGUCAUGUAUGUGUAGCAUGUGUGAAGGUGAAAAUAAUGGUACGAGGGUUUACAAGACAACAUCACUUUACUGCACAUUUCAAUAUUUUUCAUGCGAGAACGUUCAAUAUUUUAAAAAUAUAUAUCUGCACUUAAGAUGCCACUUUAUUUAUGAACAGCUAUUUUUUUCUAUUGCUCUUAAUAUAUGGGUUUUGCCUGGACUGUAACCAGCUAAAAGAAUAUAUUAGUAUUACUGAAGGUAAAAUUAUUUAUGGGUCUAUUUAUGAUACAAUGAUUUGAGAUGCCAACAUGAAAAACAAAGUGAUUUAUUGAGACAAAAGUAGAUGAAAACAAAGUAACUGUCCGGUUCUAUUGAAACAGAUAUUUGUUUUUUUCAGCAUGUCUAUUUUUGAUCUUUUGCAAGUCAGUUCUUUAGCUGCCUGAAGUCACAGUUCUAUGAAUAAAUCCCAAAGUGUUUAUUUCAUCUCUUAAAAGAACAUUUCAGACAUUAUAAUGAUUUUCUCUCUUUUAAUUGGUUAUGAUUGGUGAAGUGUUCUGGUGCUGUCCAUUGGGUCACUGUUAAAUUAUUUUCUUACAGUAUAACUGUGAUCUAGGGUCUCAAACCACCAGUUGCACAUCCCCCCAUUUCUACUCUAGCUAAAAUUUUCUUGUUAACCUAAGCAGAGAUGGGGAGCAGUGAUAGUCUGUAAGUGUUACAGGAGUGCUCUCAGGCUAUCACUGACUGGUAUUACUUGUACAGAGCAUUCACGUGACACUCUCAAUCUGUCACUGCCCCAAUGAUACUUGGGUUAACAAGAAGACAUUAGUCAGCAUUCGUCAGAGGCACCAAGAAUGGCAGGGGACCCAAGCUCACAAUUAAAUGGUAAGUAAAUAGUUACCAAAGAACAAUGAUAGGACGCUCCAGCCAUCAUAACCACAUCCUUAUGAUGCUUUAAAUGUUCCUUUAAGCACCUGCUUUGUAUGUAAUGAAGAGUGCUUUACAUGUUUUCCUGAGUGGAGUACAAAUACAUUGUAAGUUUGACAGUUGACAUGGUGGUACUUCUUCAUAAAACAGGUUGAUAUAAAGUUAUGACAUUCUAUUGCCUUCAAAAUAAACUUGCGCACUAUACAGAUUAAGGAACAACACACACAUAAAAAAUGUAAAAAUUUUACAAGGCUUUGUAAAAUCACACACAAAAUAUGGGGAUUCAGUUCCACCAUAUGGAGCUAUUGUGUUAAGCCCACCACUAACACAAUAUGUCAAUAUGGUGGAACCGAAUCCCCAUAUUUCUUUGUUGAAAAAGGUGAUUUUAAGUAGCUUUGUAAAAAUAUUUUUUUAUGAGUUCGUUGUUCCUUAAUCUGUAUAUUGCAUAAAUGUUGGUCUCUAUGGCAGCACUGUUGCUGAGAAAUGAAUGUUCCAGGUGUGCCACAAUUCCCUUUUUUUUCUUUACUUUCAUAGUAAACGUUGUACAAUAACUUUAAAGUAAAAAUAAAUGUACUAUUUUUAUGUGAAUGCCUAUAACAAUAAUAUAUACAGGAGAGCCAUAUAAAAAAAAAAACAUAUUUUGUUUUAUAAUAUUGUCUAUUGGCUUACAUUGUUUUUAUCCAUUGUGUUUAUUCACAGUAUUUUAAUAGCUACAUUAACUACAAUGCUUGCUUAUUCUUGAUGUUCAAUCCAUUGUAUAUAUCAUUCAUUAUCAUUUACAUUAAUUAUUGUCAUUCAUAUUGACUUAUUUGUUCAACAUUAACCUGUUUGCAUACUAAAAAUAUCAAAUGCCUAUUUGUUUUUUUAGCAGACCAAGUGCAUAUUCUCAUUAAUGAAAUUGGUUUGCCAUUUGGUUCAUCAUCUGAGGAGACCACUGACUGUGACAAUUCUACGGUUGUACCAACAUCCCCAUCAGUACAAUUCAUUAAUGGAAAGCAAGAGAUUACUAAUGAACCUAAAGAUCCCAAGGCCGAGGAAGCUAGGAGGGACCAAAUCGAGAGUGUUACACCUUCAGAAAAUGCAUCAGUCACUCAAAUAAGUGAAGUAACAGAGCAAGGCACAUCACAAACAGAAGCACCAGUUGAGGUCCAUUCACUUCAGUCUAAUGAUACACAACCACCAUUAGGAACAGAAGAGCCCUUAAGUGACAUUAAAAAACAAGAUCCAGAAUAUAGUGGUGAUUUAGAAAUCGUUGGUGAUGAAAAAAAAUCUACUAUAUCACCAACUCCUAGAGAUGUCAUAUCUACAUCAGAAAAGCCAAGUGAAGCUCAGCCUAGAGAAACUAUUCCUUUAUUUACCAUUGAAUCUUCAGGAGAUGAUGACUCUGAUGAUAAACUAACAAGUGUUGUGCCAGCGUUUGUAACCAGCUUUACAGAAAGCCCUAAGCCAGCCAGUGAAACCUAUGGUGAUUUGACAACACCACCACGUCGCCUAACACUUGCAAAUGACACAGAUGAAGGAAGCGAAACGCCACUUGGAGAACAUGAUACACUCAUAAGCGUUUCAACUCUGAGUACAUUUUUGAUUUCCGAAAUAUCUGGGCAGCCAGAAACUGUAAAAAUUAUUAGUUUUGAAACCACAAAGCAAACAUUUACAGAAAGUAAGGAUAUAACAACACAGGGCAGUGUUCUGCAAACAGCAUCAGAACCCUCACAGUUGAAGGAGAUCAGCCCACUUCCUGUUUCUACUGUGGAAGCACCCCUUGUUCACACAGAAUUUAUAAAAAAUGCAACAGAAUAUUUACCACAACCUCAAACAGCUGAUGAGAUUACUAUAGGCGAAUUUUUCACUCAAGAGAGUUCUGGAGAUUCUGAAAUUUCAAGCCCUACAUCACAAGCUCAGCUGGAUCUUACCACAGAUUUGAAAGCUGAUGCCACCAAAGAACCACACACUUCUUUCACAUCAGAGAGACCAAAGGAUGAAGAAAAAAUAACAAUUAUUGAUAAAUUUGAUGCACAUACUGCAGAGAUUAAAUCAGAUAUUUUUCCUACCUCACAGGAACCAGCAGUUGCUACUUCUUUUAAAUAUACAACAACAGAGAAAGUUGAUGCAUACAUUGCAACUGGAUCUGGUGAUGGUGAGCUAACUGGAGAAACUAUAACGGUAAGCCCAGUCAUUAGUUCUGAAUCAUCUACAGAAAAAACUGAAAUUGUCCAUUCAGCCCACAUUUCUUCAACAGUGGAACUCACAACUGAUGAAGAAAAAUCAUCUUCACUACCUAUCUCUUCAGUAAAAACCUUUACAGUACCGAGCAUAUUAAAAGAUCAUACUUCAUAUAAACACUCUGAAACAAUGAGCACUUUUUCAUCUUUAAUAGAAGAGGGAUCUGGUGAUCUUGUUGCAAUCACAACACAAUACAGUGCUACAGAAUCUACUACAGAAACACAACCAAAGCAGCUCACUAUUACUGAAGUGCAACCUACUGAUGAAGGCUCAGGAGAAGAACAGCACUUAGUUGACAAAUUGUUCGCUAGAACACAUCGACCAAGUGAUGAAACCAAAUCAGACAAAAAUCUUUAUAUAAGCACAAUUCUACCAUUCAAAGAACAAACAGAGAGUGAAAAAGAAAUAUCUGAAAUAAAAGCAACAGAUGAGAUCACAAUACAAUCUAUCAGUCCCACACAAUCUAUUACAGAAACCGCAUCACAAAAACUCACUAUUACCGAACUGGAACCAAGUAAAAGUUCAGGAAAUGAAGGUGAUUUGUUUACAUCAUUUUUAGCUACCACGCCUCAGCCAAGUGUUGAAACAAAAUCAGAAGAAAUAAUUUAUACAAGCACAAUUCUACCAAUAAUAGUGCAAACAGAGGGUUCUCAUGUAGAACCAAGUACAGAAACAGAUUCACAGACACUCACUGCUACAGAACUACAAUCUUCAGAAGGAUCAGGGACUGAAGAUGACUUACUUGAAAAAAAAAUUAUUACAACACCUAGUCCAAGUGUUGAAUCAAAAACAGAAAAACAAUUACUUACAAGCACAAUUCUACCAAUCUCAGAGCAAAGAGAGAGUGUGGAAGAAGUCACAUCUGAGUUAAAAGCAACAGUUGAGAUCACAAUGCCAUCUGUCAGUCCUGAAGAACCUGUUACAGAAACAGAACCAAAGCAACUGACUAUAACUGAACUGCAACCUACUGAAGGAUCGGGAGAUGACUCAAUUGGAUUUUUGGUUUCAACGCCUCAUCCAAGUGAUGAAUCACAAACAGAAAAAAGUCUGCUUGCUAGCACAAUUCAUCCAAUCACAGAACAAGCACAGAGUGUAGAAGAAUUAAAAUCAGAAAUAACACAUACUGAACAUAAAGUAACAGAACUGAACACAAUCCAGUCUUUCAGUCCUACAGAAUCUGUUACAGAAACCCAACCACAAAAGCUGACUAUUACUGAACUGCCACUUUCUGAAGGAUCAGGAGAUGACAUGGUUGAGUUUUUGUCCACAACAACUCAUCUAAGUAUUGAAUCAAAAUCAGAAGAAAGUCUGUAUACAAGUACUAUGCAACCAAUCGCAGAGCAAACAGAGGGCACAGAAACAGUUGAGGUAAAAGCAACAGAGGAAAUCACAAUAAAAUCUAUAACUUCUACAGGAUCUCUUACAGCAACUCCAUCUCAAAAAAUCCCUUUUACUGAACUGCAACCAAUUGAAGGCUCAGGAACUGAAGAGGACAUAUUUGAAAAAGUUUUGGUUACAACAUCUCAUCCAAGUAUUGAAAGUCUGUAUAUAAGUACUACUCAACCAAUCACAGAGCAAACAGAGGGCACAGAACUUGAAACAUUUGAGCUAAAAGCAACAGAUGAAAUCACAAUAAAACCUACCAGUUCUAAAGAAUCUCUUACAGAAACUCCACCUCACAAAAUCACUAUUACUGAAUUGCAACCGAUCGAAGGCUCAGGAACUGAAGAGGACAUAUUUGAAAAAGUUUUGGUUACAACAUCUCAUCCAAGUAUUGAAAGUCUGUAUAUAAGUACUACUCAACCAAUCACAGAGCAAACAGAGGGCACAGAACUUGAAACAUUUGAGCUAAAAGCAACAGAUGAAAUCACAAUAAAACCUACCAGUUCUAAAGAAUCUCUUACAGAAACUCCACCUCACAAAAUCACCAUUACUGAAUUGCAACCGAUCGAAGGCUCAGGAACUGAAGAGGACAUGUUUCAAAAAGUUUUGGUUACCACAUCUCAUCCAAGUGUUGAAACCAUAUCAAAAGAUAUUACAUAUAUAAGCACAAUUCUACCAAUCACAGAGCAAACUGAGGGCACAAAAGCUGAAACAUUUGAACUAAAGGCAUCAGAUGAAAUUACAUUAAAACCUAUCAGUCCUACAGAACCCAUUACAGAACCACCAAAGAAACUCAUUAUUACUGAACUGCAACCUACAGAAGGCUCAGGGAGUGAAGACAGCUUGUUUAUUUCGGUGACAUCACCUCAGCCAAGUGUUGAAACAAAAUCAGACGAAAGACUCUAUAUAAGCACAAUUCUGCCAAUCACAGAGCAAAUGGAAAAGGUGGAAGAAGAAACAUCAGAAAUAACACAAGCUGAGCUAAAAACAACAGAUGUAAUCCCAAUACAGUCUACAGAAACACAACCACAGACAAUCACCAUUACUGAACCUAUUGAAGCCUCGGGGGAUGAAGGUGACUUGGUUAAAACAUUUUUGCCUACAACAUCUCAGCCAAGUGUUGAUGAAAAAACUGAAGAAAGUCUUUAUGGAAGCACAACUCUACCCUUCACAGACAAAACAGAAGGAGUGGAAGAUGAAAAAUCUAAAGUAAAAGCACCAGAUGAGAUCACAAUGCAGUCUAUUAGUACUACAGAACCUCUUACAAAAACGCAACCACAGAAACUCAUUAUUACUGAACUGCCAUCUGUUGAAGGAUCAGGAGUAGUAGAGGACUUAGUUGAAACAUUUUUUUUUACAACACCUAGUCUAAGUGUUGAAACAAAAUCAGAGAUAAGUCUGCAUACAAGCACAAUUCUAGCAGUUACAGAACAAACUAAAAGUGUGGAAGAACAAAAAUCAGAAAUAACACAAGCUGAACUCAAAGCAGAUGAGAUCACAAUUGAGUCUAGCAGUCCUACAAAACCUAUUAUAGUAACACAAACAGAGAAAAUAACUAUUACUGAGCUGCAUCCUAUUGAAGGCUCAGGAACUGAAGAUUAUGAAGUUACAUCAAUUGUUGUUUCAAAGCCUCAUUCAACUAUUGAAACAAAAUCCAGAGAAAGCUUGUAUAUAAGCACAAUUCCACCAAUCACAGAUCAAACAGAGGGUACAGAAGUAGAAAUAUUAGAAACAACACAAACUGAUCUGAAAAUAAUAGAUGACGUUACAUUGCAGUCUAUAACUUCUACAGAACCCUUCACAAACAUUAUUUCUUCAGCAGUCACUGCCACUAAACUAUCACCUACUGAAAGUUCAGGAGGUGAUGAUGACGUGAUGGUAGAAACUUUGGUCUCAACAACUGUGUCAAGUGGUGAAACUAAAGUCAAAGAAAGUUUCUAUACAAGCACACUUUUACCAAGUACCCCACAAUCAGAGAGGGUGGAACAAGAAACAUCUGAAACAACAAAGCCUGAAGUAAAAGGAACAGAAGAAGUUACAGCACAGUCUAUUAGACCUACAGAGUUCAUCAUGGAAACUCAACCACAAAAACUUACUGUCGAUGAACUGGUACCUACAGAAGGCUCAGGAGAAGACUUGCUCACUGAUUUAUUUGUAACAACACUUGCAUCAAGCAUUGUUACAAAGUCAGAAGAGCAAACCAAAACAUUCCUUACAACAGAAUCUCCAAUUGCUAUAGAAGAUUCUACUGAUAUUAUUAAAGGGCAGCCAAGCAGCACAGAAGGAAUUACAGAAGCCCAAUCAAAGAAACUAAGUAGCACUGAUUUUAUAGCUCCAGAAGAAGGUUCUGGAGAUGAAGAUACAAUUUCUACCAGUUCAUCUAUAAAGAUUCCUGUUCCAACAAUCGAUGUGAAAAUUGAAGAACAACAUGAACAAAUUAGCACAUCCCCUCAAACUGCAGAAAAACCGGAAACUGCUACUAGCUUAGAAAGCAUCACACAAAAGUCAUCAACCCUAGAACCUAAGAUAAGAUUCCACACAAUUGCACCUGAAAUAAGACAAGAAGUAACAUCUCACACAGAAGAAUUUUCAAGAAAAAAAGUGGUUCCCACUACUACCAUAAGCUUUGAAGAUGAAAAUGAAUAUUUAAUAGGCACAGGUAAAACACCUCAGUUGGAGGUUAUGGAAGAAAGCACUGUCAGUAGUGCAUGGAUUGAGACUGAACCAAAAGAAACCAUAAGUGAAGCCAUUAGUGCUUCAUCUUUAGCAACAGAAUUUAUUUUGGAUUACAAACCAGGCACAACAAUUAGAGAUGAGCUUAAAACAUCAACUGCAGAUCAAGAUACAAGUGAAGAAUUAAAGUUGAGAACUGUUACACCCCAGUAUAUAGAGCAAAUUAUAUUCACAGUAAAUACAUCCAUUUCUGAAGAAGGAUCUGGAGAUGUAUCUUCAACUGUUAAGGUAACACCAUUGGAUAUAUCCACCACACAGCAAACUGAACUAAGUUCCAGCGAACCUUUGAUAAUUAAAACAUUACCCUUUACAUCAAGUGGUAAAGAAAAAGAAAUCACUGCACUGGUUCCUAGUACAGAAGAAACACAUAAAAUACCAGAUACUGAAAAGGUAUAUAGUUAUAUUACAACCACAUUCACGGCAGAACCUGAUGGAAAAGAUCUUACCGAUGAGAUAUUUUCCGGUCAUCCUUCUGAAGAAGAGUCACUUGGUGAGUCUACUGCACCAUCAGAUGAUACAGAAGAUAUAAUUUCUAUAAUAGAAACCCAAACAGUGUCAGUUGCAAGUGAUAUGGUUACUACACAGGAGUCAUCAAAGAUAACAACGAAGGGAACUUCCAGUUCCAGACCUGACAUACCUCUUGUAACCACUAGCUUGAUUAAAGAGGAAUUUUCAACAGUAUUCACUGAAAUAUUCCAAGGUUCAGAAGAGGGGUCUGGUACAGAAAUAAUUUCCAGCACUUUUGAUACUGUGCUACCAGAAAAGGAAUCUGUUUUAAGAGCAACCAGUAUACCAAGUGAAGUAAUCACUGAUGUAGUAAUUACAGAAAGUACAGAAUAUGACUCCAUAAAAACUCUCCACUUGUCCAGUGCCUCUCCAACUGGGAAAUCUCAGGAUCUCCCAUUUACACUCCAAGUAGACACUAUACCAUUUACCACAAGGCCCCAACUACAGGAUCUUGAAGUAGAUGGGCUGUUGAUAUCUUCUUCAGCUACUCCCAAAUAUAGCAGUAUGAUAUCAACUGCACUGCCAAUUGACACAGAAGAUAUAUCCAGAGAAACUGAUGUCAUUAGCGAUGUAACUAGCCAGAAACAACAAGAAACUGAUAGUGAAAUUAAACAUUUUACUGUUACAACAGAAAUUUCAAGUAAACUUGCAUUCUCUGAUACAUUUGAACCAAUUGAUCCAACUGCUAGUAUUGACAUAGUUGAUGAGGAGUCUACCACAUUCGUAACCCAAGAGCCAGAACCAACGUCUCCUGUGACUGUUAUACUUGUUAAUGGUGUAUCUGAUUUAACUGGAGUACUUAUGCCAAGCACUUUGCCUUCUGCUGGAUCAAAAACCGAUCAUGUUGUCUCAGAACAAGAAGUUAGUGCAGAUGACACAGUCACCUACAAGCCACCGGGCAUAGAUCAUAUUGAUACCUCAGAAUCUCCCUUAGAUCAUACUGUAAAAGAUGUUGACAUUUCAGAGGGAACUUUAAUAAACACAGAAGAAGAUGAAAAUGUGAAUGACUUAGAUGACCUUAAAAAAGAUUUAUCACCUACUUCUACCUCAGCUUCUUCUUAUGUUGUUGCCAAGAGUGAAAAACCUGAACAUGCAGCAGUCACAGAGGAACAAAGUACCGAGGAAGUCAGACAGGAUGAAACUACGGAUAAUCCAUUACUGUUGAUUUAUUCCACUUCGGAUGUCGGAUCAAGUACCAAUCCACCUAUUACUUACACAGUGCAAGAACCAGAAGAUAUAUACUCCCAGACUGUUUUAGCAGUUGAGAAAGAGUUAUCAACUGUGUCUACCAAUAUUGCUGAGACCACAGAAGACAGUGCAAUAAUUCCUGAUGCUUCCACAACAGAAGGCCCUGCUGAUGAGGAUAUAACGUCUUUACCUGGCCUUGUUGCAGUGACCAAUGAAAUUGACAUCCACAUUUCAACUAGUAAUAAUGUUGAAGGAACUGAACUUCACAUGACAAGUAAGACCAAAAUACAAAUCCAUUUUAUAUCCUGUUAUCAGUGGAAAGUAACCUUUAAGGUCUGGCUAGUAGGGUAUGACUUGAAAGUUUAAGCCCCUCUAUUAUACAUUAUUUAUAAAAGUGUAACAGCAAAUCCAAUAACCGGCUGCAGACUACGGGAUCACAGUGCAGUCUAUAGACAAAAACUGAAAUUCAUAUUAAAAAAAGUUGAUCACUGGUUAUUUCUUUCCUAAAGCAAGGCACAAGGCAAAACAAUAAUGAUGUCAGUGUUUCAGUCUCUAGCCAUGAUAAAAGUAAUUAUUGUUCAUGUCACUAGAUAUCUAAUCACUGUCUGUUUUUCUUUGUCUGUCUGAUCUAUCUAUCUAUCUAUAGAUCUAUCUAUCUAUCUAUAGAUCUAUCUAUCGAUCUAUCUAUCUAUCUAUCUAGCUAGCUAUCUAUCUAUCUAUCUAGCUAUCUACAAGUCUAUCUAUCUAUCGAUCGAUCUAUCUAUCUAUCUAUCUAUCUAUCUAUUUAUCUAUCACUUAUCACUUAUUUCCAACAUGUAUCUAAAUGACCUGUCCAUCUUUCAUCACCAUAUGUGUCUCUGCAAUGCUGAAUCUCAUAUAAAAUCACUUUUUAAUGACUUCACGUCUUGUUCAUGCAUGGUUGGUUACUGCUGCCAGACUAUUAUCAGUUCUUUGACACUGCUUGGCACUGCUAACAAUCUAAUUGGCUGUUUCCCUGUACUCAUGAUGUGUUGUUUGACAUUAAUACAUGUUACAUAGUUAUGUAAUAGUCCAGGUUGAACAAAGACUCAAGUACAACCUUUAUGUAAUAUAAACUGUACAUAACUGAGAAUAUUCUAUCCCUAGUCCUUAUAAAAAUUACUUUUGGGAGUCUAACACUACACAUGCAUGUUUGCUAUAAAUAUAUGAAAUUAUUAAAGCUAAGUAGGUUUGACGUAUAUUUAAAGCUCACGGAGUCCUCUCACUUUCAGCUCUUCUCUCUCAAUCUUUUCUUGUUUGAGCACUGUAUCGCCAAUUUUCAGUUUGGUGACCAUCUCUCUUUUUCCCCAACUCCUCUCCUGUAGUAUCAACCCCUUUUGCUUUAUCACUCAAUCUCAUUUCUAACCUGUUCUCUUAGGGUAUGUCACUUACUAUUUACACUUUUUGUGUAUUUUCUCAUCUUUUCAUCCAUCGGUCACACACACUAGACAAUAUAUUUUAUUCUUGUCCCUAUUUUCUUAUUUUUUCUUUGUUUUAAUAUUUGAGUUUGUCACGUGAACCACCUCUUCAUGUGUCUUUCAUUAGAUCUCUUUUUUUCUACUUGAUAUCUCUCCCACAAUCACACUGUCUUUCUCCUCUCUACUUCUUUCAAAAUCUGUCUUUGCAUCCACAACCUUGAUGUAAAGAUCUCUCAUUGGCCUUGAUUUAAUAAGCUUUCCAAGUGAUUAAAUACUGCUGGAAAAACAUUGCAAAUUAUUUAUCUACUAAAAAUUCCCAUAGAUGUUAAUCGGGACUUCUGUAGAUAAAUAAUUUGAAAAGUUUUUUUUAACAGUAUUGAAUUGUUAAGACAGCUUAUUAAAGUCAGGCCAUUGUUCCACGGGCUUUCCCCUCUUAAAACAAUCGCAUAACCCUUUGGUCACUGCAAUCUAAUAACAUAUUCUAUCUUUUUGCAUACUGACAAAAUCGAAUCGAUGCUUUGAAGCUUCGAGGACAUUUACAAUUCAUUAGACCACAGGUAGUCAGCCUUCAGCACUCCAGAUGUUGUGGACUACAUCUCCCCUGAUGCUUUGCCAGCAUUUUGGCUGUAAGAACACUAUUAAAGAUAAAGUCCACAACAUCUCGAGUUCCAAAGGUUACCUACCAUUGCAUUAGACUAUCCUAAUCAUUCUGAGAUGUGUGCAUAUGUACCACCUAGAGAGUACAGUAAAUUUAGCUGGCACCCAGUUAUGAGUAGUCUCCCUCUGGGCCAACACAACAUUUAACCCUUCUGAAGUCAAUAAAAUAAUUUGUUUUGAAAUAGGGAACAGUAAAAUCCAUUAAUCAGCCACUCAUUCGGUUAAAACUUGACUGAAUUUAUGUAAGAAGAAAAUCAUUAUAUUUAAGGUGAUUAGUAUUAUUAAUUUUAGAACUAUUUUAGCAUCAAUUCAAAAUCAGUCUUCAACACUUCAAUUAAUUCAUCUUUAAAGACCCAAUGCUUUCAUUCUGAGAAAAUAGACAUAUUCUUCUAAUUAAAGUCACCAAAGAAACUAAAUGCAUGAUAUUUCUGAAAUGUUGCAGUAAUGCUAACCAGGUGAACAUAUCACAAUAAACAAAGGACUGGCAAUGAUGAAAGGCAAACCUCAAAGCAUGCAAAAAUGAAACAAAAUGUGCAAGAAUCUGCUCAUGAAAGCCUUGACGUAUUCAUUAUAAAAAAAAUAGAAUAUAAGAUAAAAGUUUUCAGAUUCUAUUUCCCUCUCUGCCAUUCUCUGUAUUGUUUGUUCUGUAAAAAAAGGGAUCGCGUGCAGGGUCAUCCACUAAUGGGUGGAUUGCUGGGAAUUUAAAAUUAUUUGUGAAAGUGAAUAUCAAAUUAUAGGCCAAGAUUGCUGAACAGAAACGUACAGCUUACUUGGAGAUUUUUUUCCAGUUCGACUAUUGUGGCCUGACUUGUGAAAUUCACUUUGAAUUCCCAACAAUUCACCCUUUAGUGCAAGGGUGCCCAAAAGGUAGAUCCCCAGAUGUUUUAAAACUACAGCUUUCAUGAUGCUUUGUCAUUGUAAAGGCAUGCAAAGCAUCAUGGAAGUUGUAGUUCUGCAAAACCUGGGGAAUCUACCUUGUGGGAACCCCUGCUUUAGUGAAUAUGUUUGAGCUGCAAUGGAAAUGUGAUUUCCUGUGUGAUCCUGUUAAAUAGCAGUGUAGAAAACAAAAUAAACAGGCAGAACAUCAUUUAUAUAUCCCAAGUUUUUAAUAUAUAGAUUUAAAUAUUAAACUGUAUCAGAAUAUGAGUUAAAAAAGCACUGAAUAACCUAACUGUUGUCCAGCAAUCAAAAGGGAUAUUCACUAUUAUCACUGUAACGCUUACUUGUAGGAUUUGAGUGCCAGAAUUAAAAAAAAAACCUAAAUGUACAUGAUACAUAGCUAGGUAGAAAGAAAAGUAAAAUAAAGUGUAAUAUGCUAAAGAAUAUCAGCGAUCAAUUUCACAAAAAUUUUUUUUCCGUUUAUUUAAUUUUAGCUCAAGACCCAUGCAAACUGAAUCCUUGCCAACAGGGUGGCACAUGUUAUCGUCGAGGGGGCACUUCUUUCGUCUGCACUUGUAUGCCUGGUUACAGUGGAGAACUUUGUGAAAUUGGUAAAUAAAGAUGAUUUAUAAAAAUUGAAAUUAAUGUUGUCACUAGAGUUGUGCAAAAUUUUAUUUUAGCCGAUUCGUUUAAACCAAUUAUUUUUUUUUAAAUCACACCUGAAAAAAUCGAUGCAUCUGUGAUUCACCUGUAUGGUCUUAUUCAUUAGGUAAAUCCUGGAUGAAUUGAUUCAUUGGAUGUGGAUUGAAAAUUAUGGGAUUCAGAAGAACAGGCAGAAAAUCAAUUUUUACAUAAGUCUAGUUAUUACUGCAUAUUUAAUUUUUUUGGGUUUCAGAUUAUUAUUGAUUAUUGCUAAGUUGAUUAUGUUCAAUAAAUGUCAGAAAAAUAUUAGAAUCAAUGGAUUCAUAAUAAUUAAUGAAAGGUCCAUACUAGUGAAUGUCUAGUCUGACGUACUGUUUUUUUUUUUUUUUAUUGGACAUUAAGCUAUUGCAAUAUUUUCUGGGGAAUGGAACACGCGAAAUGUUAUUGUCACCUACGUAUGCUUUUAGUGAGGGAUUUUCACUAAAAUGUAUGCCCUUUUAUUCACAUAUUGCAUUUUGUAACAUUUUCAAAUUAAUUUUAGUGCCCGUUUAAGAAGGGAAUUCUCAACUGAAAACUAAUCUAGUUGAGGGAGAGGUACAAUUCGAUUUUCCUGCUAAGCUUAGUUAGUCUUGCCGGUAGCAUUGAUUUAAACGAAACCAAGGGAAUGGCAAUCAAGUAAUUGAGAAUAGUCCUGGGUUUGUCUAUGUAUGUGGUAGUGAUAUUGCUUCCAAUAUGAAGAUGUUCUGUGCCAGGAUCUUCACUCAUUUGGUGAUCUAUACACAUUCUUCUGAUUACUGAUACUGUUAUAUACAAUAUAUCCUUCACUUACAUCCCACAUGAUAACUGCUUAUCGUUAAUACCAAAUGCUAAUUUGUAAUAGUGAGUGAUAUCAAUUGUCUUGGUGUUAUUUUAAAAACAUACUUCCUUGUUUUGUUUCCCGCAGACAUAGAUGAAUGCCAGUCAAAUCUCUGUCGAAAUGGUGCAGGUUGCAUCGAUGGGAUUAACACUUUCACAUGUAUCUGUCUUCCAAGUUAUGCCGGAGCACUUUGUGAGCAAGGUAGGAUCAGUUAUCACUGGAGUUACGUCCCAUCCAAAUAUGUAUGCAUAGAGUUUAAAAACACUUGUUUUUGGGCUGGGACUAAAUUCAAAUUAGUUUUUUUUUUGUGUGAAAAUGCAUGUCAGGAGGUAUAACUGUAUAUAAAGAGGAUCAUUUUUUUUUCUGAAAGAGCUGUGGAUUUCUAUAGUAUCCUUCCACUGUUGAAAAAUUGAAAAAUAGUCUACAAUGUUUUAUUAUACAGAAAUAACAUUUCUGAAAAUGACUGAAAUAUCUGAACUGUCUCAAUUUCGGCAGAACAAUCCUUUUUAGGUCCUAUCCUGCCAUCACUCUUUUGUUCCAUAGUGUCCUGCUUUUGGGAACACCAGAAAACUGUCCCCAAAAAAAAGUUUACUGCAAGCUCAUUAGAUGCGCUUACACUGCACUUAGAGCACUAGGACCACAGAAAUAGUGCUCCAUGCAUGGUCUGCCCUAUGUAGGUGCCCUGCUUGCUUGGCAGGCAUCCUGGCAUGCAUUCAUGCUAGGUUGCCCAUCCAGUAAUUUUGGUAGACCCGGCACCUUUCUGAUUGGAUCAGCUUCCUUUGGACAGAGCCAGUGACUCGAACAUGCCACUGGCCCACCACCUUUACCUGCUGCCACUAGUAUCCUGCUUCAAGGAACGCUGAUGUUAUGAGUAUGCUUAACUACAACUUAUUUCUACCAUAUUAUGCUUGAAGUUUCUUGCACAAGGAAAAUAAAAAAUAGUAAAAAAUAGGCACAUAAGUAAGUAGAAAAUUAGGAAGAGAAAAUUUUAAUAAGAGGUGACAGAAAAUUGUGUUAGUGGUCUGUGCUUUUUUCUUAUUCUUAAAAAUGUACUGCAUGCUCAGAGGGGGUUUGGCCAGUAAACAACAUGAGCUCCUGCUAAGUGCCUGUGGCCUUCUGCCGGGCCCUGCCACUUUCAACAAAAAAGCAAUAGUCAAAGCAGAUCCCCACUAUUGUAAAUUGAGUGCAUAUGUUCAUCAGUUUGCUACUCGGCUUACUGUCCUCUCGAUACGGUUGCCAGAUCACAAUUUGAAUUAGGAACAUCUAUGAAAAUGUGUAUAUUAUGGCUUUUGGUGGUUAAAUUAGAAGUCCGCAGGAUUACAUUUAUGAAGGUGUCCCGAAAUCAACUGCAGACAUGGCAACAGGAACCUCAGGGCGUUAAGUCAGCUGUGCCCAUGAUUUAGGUUUCAUCAAGCUGGUCAAAGAAAUAGAGUAUAAAUGAUGACAGGAGCAUGUUGGUGACACCCUAUAUUGAAUAUAUUUAGAAAUCUCUUUGUCAUAAUAUUCGAGGUUAUCACUGUCUAUCUGACACAUAAUUCCCUAACAGAGGUGUAAGAAAUAAACUGAAGUUUCUUUGUGCCAAAUGUGGCAAUCAAUUAGUUUUGCACACACGCAAAGUAUUUAUGUGAUACAAUGCUUCCUUAAAUGGUUAAAAAAGAUUCAGACUAUCUGUACGUAAUAGACUUUUGGUUCAUUUUUUUCUAUUCUGGAUCUCAUUUUUUCUUAGCUGAGGGCUCUGCAGUGGUUUGGGAACUGGGAAAAGUGUCCUCAGCCAAAUCUCCAUUCUGCCAGACAAAAUAAAACUGUAUUAGAGAUGCAGACACACUCGUCUGGCAGGAGCCUAAAUUUUGCCGCGUCAGUCUUAAAUGCAACGCAGUCAGAGAUCUGCCAAGCAGACUGAUCAUGUACCAUGUUGUACCACAGGAUGGGUGUGGGUUAUUGCUUAGAUUAAGUUUUAUAGCUUAACAUUGGUCUAAUUCUAUAUUUUACAUAAAACAAUAUGUCUCUUAACAUUAUGAAUUGUGCUCACACCUAUAAACUUCUUGAGUGAGCUAAUAUGUUAAAACAUUUAAUUACAUUAUGACCAAAUUUAUUGGAAAUAUUGAAAUGCUGGUAAACCCAAUGACUUAAUUCUGCCAUUCAAAUGUAUGAUACAUUAUUCCACUGCUAUGGUUGCAAAAAAGGGACAUUCGCUGUAUCCUUACAUCAGGGAUGGUUUAGAACAGGGCUAAUCAAUAGGUAGAUUUCCAGAUGAUGUAAAACUACAACUCCCAUGAUGCUUUGGCAUUCUAAAGGCAUACAAAGCAUCACAGGAGUUGUAGUUCUACAACACCUGGGGAUCUACCUAUUAGGUAGCCCAGGUUUAGAACAAUGGUGGACAAAAGGUAUUCUUCAAAUCUUGUAGAACGUCAUAACCUAUGAUGCUUUGCAAGUCCAAACAGCUGGAGCAGCAAUCCCUGGUGUACCAUAAGUAUUUAUUUCCCGUGUACCUGCAGAAAUUACAGUAGACAAACAACAGGCAGCCUUGUUUGCAGGCAGAGAUGUACUUGUCCUUUUUUUUCAUUUUACUCGUCAUCCUGCUAGAGUAAGGGAAAGUAAGACAAAAUCAGAUUCAUGACUGGUCGCAAAAGUUGAAAUAAUCAGAACUGGCUAGGGAAUUGUAAGCUGAAGUCACAAUAGCUGAGCUGGACACACAGCAGGGGCUUGAGAUGUUUUUUUCAGUUCAGCUAGUUUAGCUUACAAUGUGCAAUUUCCCAUUCUAUUAGACACUUUCCCAUUCUAUUAGAAUUUAUGCACAAAGCAGUGAAUUACAGUGUUUGGGCAAGGGAAUCACACUAUUUAUGAUGGAGUAGUCAACCUGGAAAGAAAUAGCUGAAUUGGACAAAUGUCUCUAGAAUGGCUGAAUUAGCUCACCAUGUGUUAUUCCCUUGUAAGUCUACAGUCCCCUAACACAAAUGCUAACUGGAAUAAUGCAAAUAACGAUUUGCUGUGUUUAUGACAGGCCAGUGUGAUGUGUGAUAUGAAGCAGGAAGUCGUUUAACCAGCUGACAUCUGCUUCUAGAAUUAGAAUGUGCUUGUAAUAGGACUCAUCACUUUUAUUCCAACUCUUACAUGAACAUAUGCGAGGAUCAAGGACAUUAAAGUCAAUUAAAAAAAAACAAAAAAAAUAUGCAUAUUUUAAAAGCACUGAGGAUAUUACAAUCCAUAUUCAAAACCAUAUGGAUAUGUUUAAAGUUCUCACAGGGGUGGACAAAAAUCCCCAAACUGUUGUAGAAAGGCAAUGCCAAAAUGCUUUGACAAACUUUCAGUCUCAGAUAAACAUUCGGCUUAACAUUUUUAAUCUUAAUAGAUUUUACUAACAAAUGGCACAAUAUAACUUCACCAACAAUUAUUUUUUCUCUGAACAUGUUCGGCAAGGUUCAUGAAACCAUUACUUCAUCUUCAUACAUUAGCAUGAAUAACAAGAAAGGCUUUACAGAAAUGACUUUAAAAGAUGGCAUUUAAUAAUAAAGGGUAUCUGACAAAUACAACUUAAUCUUAAAUGAUAGAGAAUCAAAUUUUAUCUAUACAUUGUGCAAACAGAAUUGCUAGCAAAUGUCUAGAUAUCUCUAAAAUCAGAGAAUAAAAACAGCUCUUCCACUCAGACAGUUCAGUAUGCGCGAACCUGUGCGAACCAGUUCCAAUUAGUACAUAGAUACGAAAUAUGUUCUCUGUUUGUCUGUUAUGAGGCAUCAUGUCUGUUAUCAGGGAAAUGCCCCCUUUGGGAGUCUCUGCUACUUGAAUUAAGGGAAAGCAAUGCCUACAAGGGGAAGUCAAGAGGAGCGUCAGGCUCUGUGUGAGAGCUGCUGCAGCAGCAGCACUGUGAGAGGAGAGAAACAGACAAAAUAAUAUAUUGCAUCAGCCUUGGAUAAAGAAUGGAAAAAGAGAAAACAGAUAAGUUUUAGUUACACAAAGCUAUCAUAAAGUGUUAAAUACUUUGAACUUGUUAAUAGAACCAAGUCUGUGCUUCCCAAAUAGUGGUAUGCAGGAGAGGUGUGUAAUGCAGCAGUGUAACACUGACUGAAAACUCACAGCAGGAGACAUGGAACAUAGAAAUAAACUAAAAUAUAACCUUUUGAUUGUAUUAAGUGAAGAAAACCAAAGAUGUAUAAUAAGAGUCAAACAAGGUCGUUUGAAAACUGCAAACCUAUAUCCGUCAUGACAGGUUCACUUUAAGUCUCUGUAAUAUUUAAAAAUAAAAUGAAAAAAAUGAUUCCUGUUUUUUAACAGUCUGAGACUAGACAGUAUAAUUGCUUGGCACAGUUUGGAUGGAACAUUUAAUGUCUAAUAAUAGAUUGUACAAGCAAUGUAUGGAUUUUCAAAUAUAAGUCAGAACCACAGAAGAAAUGCAUAUUUUCUUUUACAGUGCACAUGCAUUUUUUUUUUAAGAACUACCAGGUGUCAGUAAUAACGUUGUUUGUUUUAUUUUGUUUACUUUUAGAUACGGAAGUCUGUGAUUAUGGAUGGCACAAGUUUCAAGGUCAUUGCUACAAAUACUUUGCUCAUCGUCGCACCUGGGAUGCAGCUGAGAGAGAAUGCCGUGUUCAGGGAGGACAUUUGACGAGCGUUCUGUCACAAGAAGAGCAGUCAUUUGUCAACCGUAAGUUCUUCUUAACUGAAAACUACUGCAUUUUGCAAAAAGUUUGUUUACCGUAUACAUUACACUUCUUUUAUUGUGCUAGUACUUAAUAUAAAAAUAUUUUUUCUGAUUUUCUUUUAAAAGGAUUGGGUCAUGAUUAUCAGUGGAUUGGUCUUAAUGAUAAGAUGUUCGAGAAUGAUUUCCGCUGGUCUGAUGGGAGUACUCUGGUAAGACUUUGCUUCACUGUUCAAAUUUUUAGCAGUUAUACAUAAACUGAUAUGGACCUUAUAGUACGUAUAAUGUAGCAUUCUAGAAAUUUAGCAUUUGCAUACUUUGAGGUUUAUAAAGAAAAAGUCUAAUUAUUUAGCUUCUUUUCAUGGGUUAUGGGCACCUUGGUAACUAUGAUAAUGGGUAUUGUCUAGCCUUAGUCCUGGUUAAUAACAGUAUAGUUAAAACUAUGAAUGUGUUCUUCAAUUUGUGUAAUUAGAAUAUAUGAUGCACAUAUAAGAAUUUACUGUAAAUGUGUAGACAAACAAGAACAGACUGUCAACAUUCAAUACGUGCAAACCAAGAUGAAGGACCCAGGAGUCCAAAAACAAGAGUACUAUUUCUAGCUCACCUUGCUAAUCUUGUCCUAAAGUACUCCAAUAAUCAUUGAGCCACAUCAAACAUUUCAUCAUAUUUAAAUCCAUCUUGGAUGUCAACAAAUUGUUAAUUUCACAAGUAAAUCAUUUAUUUUCUUAUGCUCUUUCUUUUUAGUACUUCUCAAUAAAUAAUGCACAACACCUCAGUUAUCACUCUGUAUUUUCAGCUAAUAGUAGCGUGCUAAGUGUGCACACAAUGUUAAAAAUGGACUCAAACUAAGUUUUAUAUAUAUAUAUAUAUAUAUAUAUAGAGAGAGAGAGAGAGAGAGAGAGAGAGAGAGAAAGAGAGAGAAAGAGAGAGAGAGAGAGAGAGAGAGAGAGAGUUAUAUUUAUGCUGUGAAGUAAUUUCCCUUCUAGAUUUAGGUAAAAGGAAGAGAAUCAACAAAGAGUGCAAACCAUGCAGCAGCAAAUACCUAAUAACUGGCAUUAAAACAACAUUUUAGCAAUAAAGUUCUAAGUGUUGCCAACAAAAUUAAAUUUUAGUUUGAUUUAAUUCUUCAGAUUAAAAUCAACCAUUUGGAGCAUUCAGUAAAACUUAAUUUUAUAUAUUGCUGCAGGUGAAAUGUUAUAUUUAUGAGUAAUUUAUGAGUAAUGUCAAAGACAGUAGGAAAAUUGGCAUAUAAAUUGGCAAUUUUGUUAACAGUGUUGGUUAACCAUCAAAAUCUUCUCUCCAUGGAAUUAACAGUUCGUUUAGCUAUGUAUGUGUACUUGUUAUGUUCUGCUGCUAUCUUUAACCUCCAAGUUCAUUCAUUUUUGGUUAAUGAUUUUAAAUCUGUCAAAUUUGGUUUGUCAAUAGUGAAGAAAAACGCAAUUUCAUCAACUCCUGAAUUAUAACCCAAUCACUCUAAUCAACUAUAAUGUAUUAAUUAACUCAUAACCGUUAAACGGGUUUCAGAGAACAGCAAAAGUCAAAACUCGGUCAAAACUUAACGAUCUAGGCAGAAAUUUAACCGGUAGUGAAUUUAACCUUUAUACUUUCGGGAUCCAUUAACAUUUCCUACAAUAACAACAUCUUUUAUAUAGAAUCCAGAUGAUGUCCUCAUAUAUCACAUGCUAUACUUCAUGUACAGUCAGGUCCAUAAAUAUUGGAACAUCGACACAAUUCUAAUCGUUUUGGCUCUAUACACCACCACAAUGGAUUUGAAAUGAAAUGAACAAGAUGUGCUUUAACUGCAGACUUUCAGCUUUAAUUGGAGGGUAUUUACAUCCAAAUCAGGUGAACGGUGUAGGAAUUACAACAGUUUGUAUAUGUGCCUCCCACUUUUCAAAGGACCAAAAGUAAUGGGACAGAUUAACAGUCAUAAAUCAAACUUUCACUUUUUAAUACAUGGUUGCAAAUCCUUUGCAGUCAAUUACAGCCUGAAGUCUGGAACGCAUAGACAUCACCAGACGCUUGGUUUCAUCCCUGGUGAUGCUCUGCCAGGCCUCUACUACAACUGUCUUCAGUUCCUUCUUGUUCUUGGGGCAUUUUCCCUUCAGUUUUGUCUUCAUCAAGUGAAAUGCAUGCUCAAUCGGAUUCAGGUCAGGUGAUUGACUUGGCCAUUGCAUAAUAUUCCACUUCUUUCCCUUAAAAAACUCUUUGGUUGCUUUUGCAGUAUGCUUCGGGUCAUUGUCCAUCUGCACUGUGAAGCACCGUACAAUUACAACAGUUUGUAUAUGUGCCUCCCACUUUUCAAAGGACCAAAAGUAAUGGGACAGAUUAACAGUCAUAAAUCAAACUUUCACUUUUUAAUACAUGGUUGCAAAUCCUUUGCAGUCAAUUACAGCCUGAAGUCUGGAACGCAUAGACAUCACCAGACGCUUGGUUUCAUCCCUGGUGAUGCUCUGCCAGGCCUCUACUACAACUGUCUUCAGUUCCUUCUUGUUCUUGGGGCAUUUUCCCUUCAGUUUUGUCUUCAUCAAGUGAAAUGCAUGCUCAAUCGGAUUCAGGUCAGGUGAUUGACUUGGCCAUUGCAUAAUAUUCCACUUCUUUCCCUUAAAAAACUCUUUGGUUGCUUUUGCAGUAUGCUUCGGGUCAUUGUCCAUCUGCACUGUGAAGCACCGUACAAUGAGUUCUGAAAAAUUUGGCUGAAUAUGAGCAGAUAAUAUUGCCCGAAACACUUCAUCAUGCUGCUUUUGUCAGCAGUCACAUCAUCAAUAAAUACAAGAGAACCAGUUCCAUUGGCAGCCAUACAUGCCCACGCCAUGCCACUACCACCACCAUGCUUCACUGAUGAGGUGGUAUGCUUUGCAUCAUGAGCAGUUCCUUUCCUUCUCCAUACUCUUCUCUUCCCAUCAAUAUGGUACAAGUUGAUCUUGGUCUCAUCUGUCCAUAGGAUGUUGUUCCAGAACUGUGAAGGCUUUUUUAGAUGUUGUUUGGCAAACUCUAAUCUGGCCUUCCUGUUUUUGAGGCUCACCAAUGGUUUACAUCUUGUGGUGAACCCUCUGUAUUCACUCUGGUGAAGUCUUCUCUUGAUUGUUGACUUUGACACAAUUCCGGGUCUUUUGGUGUUGCUGAGCUCACCGGAGCUCAUCCUUUCUUUUUAAGGAUGUUCCAAACAGUUGAUUUGGCCACACCUAAUGUUUUUGCCAUCUCUCUGAUGGGUUUAUUUAGUUUUUUCAGCCUAAUGAUGGCUUGCUUCACUGAUAGUGACAGCUCUUUGGAUCUCAUAUUGAGAGUUGACAGCAACAGAUUCCAAAUGCAAAUAGCACACUUGAAAUGAACUCUGGACCUUUUAUCUGCUCCUUGUAAAUGUGAUAAUGAUGGAAUAACACACACCUGGCCAUGGAACAGCUGAGCAGUCAAUUGUCCCAUUACUUUUGGUCCCUUGAAAAGUGGGAGGCACAUAUACAAACUGUUGUAAUUCCUACACCGUUCACCUGAUUUGGAUGUAAAUACCCUCAAAUUAAAGCCGAGAGUCUGCAGUUAAAGCACAUCUUGUUCAUUUCAUUUCAAAUACAUUGUGGUGGUGUAUAGAGCCAAAAGGAUUAGAAUUGUGUAGGUGUCCCAAUAUUUAUGGACCUGACUGUAUAUUUCUAAUGGGUAUCCCUUCAGUAGAUUUGUACUUACUUUAUCUAGCAAAAUGAUUUUUUAUGAGUAUAUAUUUUAUGGUAAAACGGACAAUAUCCCAGCUGGAAACCCUCAAGAGGACUGCCAUAAAAUCUUUCAGUGAGAUCACUAAAUCUGUGCUGUUGUUAUAGCUGCUGGGGAGCCAAGUGGCACUUUCCAUAAACAAGCUCCAAUCCUUAUCCUGAUUAUUUAAUUAUCCUACAAUUUUACAGGGCUUUGGAUAUGAUCACAGAGGUGCCAACACACGGGAAGUUGGCAGCCAAACUGCUCGGCUCUGCUCUAAAAGAUUCAUCUGCACAGUUUAGCAGAGCAGUUUAGAGUUCACUGUUAGUAAUAUUCUCAGGCGUUUUGCCAUUUUGUCAUACUCACUUAGAAACAAAACUAGGAAUUUGGAAAAGACACAGAGCUGGGAUUGGAGAUUGUUCAGUUUAAUUACUUGCCUAGCUACAGCUAAAGUUCUUUAACAUCACUACAUAACAUAUGGUGUGUUCGAAAUACUGAAAACUUGACUACCUGAAAUGAUGACAUCAGAAGUGCGUAUAGAUGUAUAUGUAUAUUAUAUAUAUAAUAUAUAAUAUUGUAGUAUGUAAUACACAUAUAAUAAGAAGUGCAGUCAUGAGAUUUAAUGCUUUUGACUUGUUAAUCCUUUACUUAAUUAAAACAUAAUAACAAAUGCAAAUAGAACAAACAUCGCCCAUUCAAAUAAUAAACAGUAUAGACUUCUUUGAGAGGUUCUGGAAACCCACAUUACAGUGACACAACUGUCUUCAAGUACUCUGCACUCCAAUAUAAUAAUAAAAUCUGGCAUAAAAAGAAAUUUAAUCUAAACAUCAAAAAGCAAUUAUAAAGUAGGUAUGCGUGUAUAUAUAGAAAAAUACUUACCUACUUGUAAGAAGAAAGCCAAGAAAACAAAUGUGAAAAAAUGCUGGAUGUCCACUAAGAUGCUUCUUUAACAUUGAAAUUUGGCAUCUUCAUCUUAAACUGAUUAUUAAUUUCAAGAAAUGUAUUCUUGUCAACAAUCAAAGCCACUUAAUUGUUUUCAGCACAUUUACCAUACCACAUGGUCACAUCUUAGGUCAGACUGUCCUAGCCUAGCUUGGCUCCGCUAACUUACCUUAGUGGUUCCUUGGCUCUUUCUCAUACCUUAUUCUGGAAUGUGUUGGCCAUGAUGAGUGGGGUUCUGUAGGCCUGCACAAGUUUCUGCAUUAGCCUCUGUUAAUUCAGUUCUGUUACAAAACUGACAUAUUCCAGUCAGUCAAGUUCCAUAAUUCUUUGACUUACUGGGCCACUUGUUGUGCUCCCCCGAUAUUUCCGAUAUGCCUUCAGCCUAUGAACAUGGGGACCCACAGGGCAUUUACCUAAAAUCUCAUAGACUGGUUCCACUAUCUCUGUCAUUCUCAAUGCUAGCACAGUCCAAAUAAACUGAGAUUUGUUAGGCCACAAUGACAGCCAUCAAUCCCAUAUAGCUGUUUUAUGAAAACUUCAUGUUUUUUAAUUACAUUUUAAGUACUUUGCACGCCAAAGAUAAUAUGAACUAAACUAUUUAUGAAGACGAAAAAUAAUAUUUUCUUCCUUGUAUUACUCUAUAUCCAUUUUUUAAGAGAAAAGCCUUGCCAUCUGACAACACAUACAAUGAUAAUGUCUCCUAUUUAUUAGCAUGUAUGUGAAAAAAGUCUGGAUCAAUCACAAACUUAUGAGAAAAUUCAUCAAAUAUUCUUUGUGACCUUCUCAAUGGCCAAACUUGCUUUCAGGUUCCUUAAAUCGCUGGACGGUCAUGAAAGUCUGUUGACCUGCUGUUGCCAUGGGCAUGCUAUUUCAGUACUAGAAAUGGUCUGUGCCAUUGCGUAUGUAUGAAAGAUAUGUCACUUUACUACAUCACACCCUGUCUGACAGAGAGCUAUUCAUAUUCUUUGGAAAAAAGCUGUUGAUAAUUGUCACUUUGUAAAGCAGUGAACUCAUUGCCUUAGUGCAAGAUUAGCACCAUGUCACAGCACUGGUUAUUGUCUCUGGAAGCAUUGUCUGUGGAUUAAAGAAUGCUUAUAGGAAGGAAGUGUGAAUGGGGCCAAUGAUAAGGUAGCUAAACCAGGUUCACUGUAGAAUGAGUCUUAAAUGCAGCAAGUCAGGGCAUGGAAAGGGGGCAAAGUCGGUUAUUAAUAACCGAUUUAUAUAGUUUUAUUUUGCCAGAGAUAAAAGGCAUGCAGGCAUGAACAGUGAUACGGAGGCUGUGUGAAUGCCAUGUGCUCUAGAUAUACACAUUGAUUGAGUGAUUCUGCCUUUAUGUAUCUGUGUAAGUGGGAUACUUUCAUACUCUCGGGCUGUUAUUUAAAAUUCUUACCAGAUUAGAAGUGCUUGGGAGUGGUUAUGCACAGAUACAUGUGUGUGUGAUAACACAUUAUGCUCUUACAAGGUGUUUUGCUUUCCUAAUCAUUAUAGUUAUAUUUUAUGGGACUGCUUCCAAUCUCUAGCAGCUGCUGCUGAGACAAGAGUUUUGUUUGGACAUAUUUAAAGUACCGUUAUCUUUUGUUUUUCCCAUGCCAAUUGCUUUUUUACUUUGUUACUUAUAGUUCAUUCUUAAAGGGUCACUCUUAGCACCAGAAACACUUCAUAUUUCUGAAAAAUGGUUAUGGUGAAACAAUCCUACCACUGAAGCCUCUCUUUUUAAACUGUUUUAUCUGGAGAUAAAUAUCCUUUUUGUGUGCAGGGCUUGGACUGUCAUUCAGCAAGCUUGUAUAAGCCCUUCCUGGCAGAUGAUGUCAGUUUUGUGCAACUUUUGGGCAGUGUAGCCAUGGCUGGAUUAUUUACACACACAAUUCUAAUUCCCAGAUAUAGAAAAACAUAAAUCAGUUCUGUUUUUUGGCCUCUACGCCUUACCAGGUCCAGAGAUCAGAGAAGAAAACACCCACGCGCCGGGCUAUUUGAGAAUUUAUGUUCCAACAAAGUUGUUUGCCCCUUCUAGACUACAACUUCUGUCUAGCACAAUGAUAUUCUGUCUGAGACUGGUGGGAGUUAAAAUAUAUAGCUGAUGUAAUGGGGUACUGAAGUGACCACUUUCUAAACAGCUUAUGUGGAAUAUAACUGGACUCAUUCUUAUCCAGUGAUCUGAGCCUGAUGAGCAUAUAUAGCAAGUCUAUGUUAAAGGACGCAUAAAAAGUAAUAUGUAAAAAUAGCAAUUGAACUAAUCCAGCUAUAAAGUAUGCUUUAUUUAAUGCAAAUUCCUAAAUCUCAGUAAUCUCAGUAAUAGGAGGAGCUUUGGACUGGAGAUGUGUCCUCAUUGCUUCUCUAUAAAAGGCAUUUGAUUUGCAUGAAAAACACUAACAAGGAAGAAAGUGCUAGGCAAAAAGGGGAGGAUCUUCUUUAGCUGCAGAAGCAAUUAAGUUUUUAGGACUUUGGUGUUUAUUUGUGCUAAUAAUUAUUUCAGUAAAUACAUAUUUUUAGUUUGGAACGAUUAGGUAUCUGAAUGGUGUGUGACCUUCACCAGCUUCACUACUACGUAUGGAGAGCUGGAAGCUCCUAAGUAGGGCUAUCUUAAUGGCUGAGAGCAUCCUUCUCAGCCAACAAGCUAAACUGGGCUUAGCUCAGUCAGAGAGCUUAUAGCUCUCCGUCAGAAGUAAUGGAGACAGGGGGAACUGCCUGUCAGACCUCAGGUAGGAAGUCAAUUCUAAAAUGGUUUACCGGUUACAAUGGGGGAGGCGACAGGGAAAUGGUGGCACCAUAACCACUACAGACCUCUGUAGUGGUAAUGGUGGUCAUAGAGGUUCCUUUAAAAUCAGUUUCAAAAUAAAACAAGUUCAGCCCUUAGAAGCUAAAUAUAGAGGAGUACUGGUGCAAAAUAAGGCACCAGGUCUUCAGACUGCUGCCAACAUCCCAUGACAUUUAUAUAUAUAAAAUAUUAAAAAAUGAACACAUACCAGGAAAAGGUAAAACAAAUCUUAAAAUAAUUUGUUAAACUGAUUUAUAAACUGAUUUAUAAAAUAUCACAUAAUACAAAAAGACUUUUACUAAAAGUCUUUAAAAUACACUUCUAAAUAUAAUGCUGCCCAAAUGAUAUUAAUUACCACAAAGUAUUGUUAUUUUAAGCAUCUGUCUAUUUAAAAUGGAUCGGAAAAUAAUCUAUUUUCAGAGAUAUUUCUCAAACGUUUAAAAAUAAACCUACAAAAACAUGCUAAAACAAAAAAAAAAAACUAACAUGACUUCAGUAUUGAUCACACAGCGCCACCAACUGGUAGGAUUUUGUACUUCAUAUAUAUAUUUAGUUUGUCACUGUAUGAAAUAAAUGAAUUAGAUAAUGUACACGAACGAAUGAUGAAACUGCAUCUAUAAAGAUGGAUAUUAAAACAUUAGAUAUAGGUAUAUCAAAAUGUACAAAAAUUUUGUAAUAAUGUCAUUAGUUAAAAGGAGCUAAAUAACACAAACAAUAAGAUAUAUUAUAGGACUUAAAUUUAUUAUUAAAGUUAUUUGAUCAAAAAGUGAUAACAAAUUUCCACGAACUUCGAAAUGUACUGUUCCAGGUCUAUUUUAUAUAUAUAUAUAUAUAUAUAUAUAUAUAUACACACACACACACACACAGGACAGUCUUUAAAAUAUUUCCACACAUAUCACAACAUUCACACAUUAAAUACACACUCGAAACUAAUACUAUAAAAUGCUAUAAUACAUACAAACAGCACAGUUAAAAUCUAGCAAAAUAGGCAUUUGCAACCAGAGGGAUUCAGGGGAUUACAGUGAGACACAAAAGAAUUAUCACUCAAAAUAUUUUUAUACAUUGUGGAAAAGGAGCAAUGUAAAGAUUUUUUUUGAAAAACGCUGGAUUGUGAGCUAUUUGCUACUUUUGCUAAAUAUACGUUUAAAUCAAGGCACCUAAAGCAGUACAGAUUAGUUUAGCCUAUAGGUUUGUUUUUCUAGAUUUGCUUGUAGUUAUUCCAUUGACAAUGCCAACUAUACAUUAAAAAAAAGCUCUCUCAUCAUUUACUGUCAGGGUAAUAUAUGUUUUAAUAGGCUUAGCCAAGCUGUGUUUAUUAAAAUAUAUAUGAUGUUUCGUGUUGUCCAGCAGGUGGUGUUGUAGUGUUGUGGAACCAGCUGAGAUGCUACCAGGCAUGUAGAAGGUUAAGGAUAAGAUGUGUGUUCCUUGUUUUACCGAGCAGCAUUCAGGUGCAAUAUUAUCCAGGAUUAAUUGCAAAGAAGACAGUUAUUCUGUCAUCUGUGGUGCUGGUGAAUUUUAAACGCUUUAAAUUAAAGAAAGCGGUCUCUGAUUCCUCUCUUAAAUUCAAUGUCUUCUUAAAGUGGAAAUGUUGCGAAUAUCCUCAGUCCAUAAAAUGGCCUAAGAUUUGACUUGCUCAAUAAAAGAAAUAUGUAAUAUGUAACAUUUAAUUUAGAAAACAUUGGUUUCAAACAGAAGCACUAAUGUGCGUGGACAGGAAAAACUUUGAUUCUCCAGCUACAGUGCAGCAUGUACAAUGUCCUUCACCACCUUUCUAUCAAUAUAUAAUGGAUAAUAUGUCUGACAAUUAUAUUCUUACAAUACAUUGGAAAAACUGAUCACUGCUUAAAAAGUAUAUUAAAAUUGCAGUUUAAUUUAAAACUGUAGUAAUUAACAGUGGAAGUAACAUAUAGUUCUGGUAAGAGAAGAGAUUGCAAAGGUAAAUCAGAUGACUUACCUGCAGGAGUUAACCUAUCCAAUGGUACUAACUGAUCUAUGAAAUAGACUGAUAGUCUUUGUAGUCCAAUAUCCGACUAUUUCAUUGAUCAAUGAGAACCGUUGGAUAGGCUAACUCCUGCAGGUACUUUUACUUAAUAUAGAAAUGACAAUUAGACACCGAUGCUAAUUAAAUCAAUGUUAUUUAUUUAGUUUAAAAAGUGUCAGUAACUGAAAUAGGUGUGAGUAAGAGGGGGAGAUAAAGUCAAGUAGGACAUUUUUAAAUACUGUACAUGGUUCAUGCAAUGCAGUGCUUGGUCAUAAGCCUAAUCAUUAAGGGCAAUAUUGUUUGACAUUCCACAGGCGCCACCACCUCCGUAGGUAUUAUACAUGAUGUUGGAUUAGUUCAAUAAUGUUGGUUUUAUUGGCAACAUUAACCAUUUUCAUUGUGUGUAUAAGUGACCACUUAUGGCUCAGGGCUUUUGUCUGUGCCUAAAAAACAUUUCACCCUGUUACUUCUAUAUUUGAAUGUAAUGCAAAGAUAAAAACACAUAUUAUUUCCUUAAUUCUUGCUCAUUAGCCACACAACCAAAAUAUAUGGGGCAUCUUUGAACAAAAUAAUAGUGUACAUAAAACACAAACCACACAUUUGUUUUAAUGACUUUUUUUUUACAUAAAAGAAACAGCUCGAUAUAUAAAGAUGCUUGGAAGAUUUUAAAAGAAAAAUUAAAUCCACAGUUUACGACACAUUUUUGGGCAGACAAUUGCAGUGCUUGUUUGACAAAUUAUGUCUUUAUUCCCAGAAGAGCUUAAGGAAUAGAACCUGUGAUUGUUUCCUUUGCUUUGGAAAGUUUAGUUUAAUGUCUUGUGUAGCCAUGUGGAAUAAUUAAUGCUCACUCUCGCUGCCUACUCAAACAUCUAAUUGUUCUGUGCAGUAUAGUCUUUUCUAUCAAUUAUUACAAAUUCGUUUUAGAAUCAUCCACAAGGAAAUGGCACACACACACACACAAAUAGGAAAGUAUGGCUUUGUUUAAUUAAAAAAAUACGUUAUGGUUGUUAACACUAUUAUAUUGCACACUUGAACAAUAAUUCAAAUAAGUCUAAAUGUUAGGUUUUAUUACCUAAUGUAGUGGUUUUGGUACAUAGAUACUGUCCCUUUUUUCUUGUAAUACAAAACAUUGUCUACAUUUGUGAGAGAUAACCCCUUAUUAAAUGUUAAACUGACAGACGCUAGAUCUAUUUCCUCAAAAAGACCUUUGAAAAUCGAAGGUCUUCAUGAUUGGCAUCAUCAUGACUCUGAAUGAUGUUAAUACUACUCAUAGAGAAGCAUUCGAUUAGGUACUUUUUUUGAGAAGCAUCAUAUUGGUGGAGUGUGUAAAUAUCUGCACAUGGUCUAUCCGUCUCAAAUGCUUCUCUAUAACUGAGCACUGGAUUGGACCGAGCUCAUCGCUACUCAUGAUCUCAGAAGAGGCGGGGCAGUUAGUGAGAGUAGACUGUCCAGUAUCACCAGUUCAUUUUAUGUUUUCCUAAUUUUAAAAAGUGGGUUCAUAAUGUAGACAAAUAAAAAAAAAACACACUAAGGUUAAAAACAAAUAUAUUUUUUAACCAUAGAAUGUUUAAGCCCUUAAGGAUACAACUUCUGGAAUAAAAGGGAAUCAUAACAGAAUAUUUUCGUGUCAUUAAGGGGUUAAAGGAAGCACAGAUGGCUCACAUUGCAGUUUGGAUUAUUUGCAUACAAGUAAAAAAAUUGCUCAUUUGGAAUUAUAAAUUUAGCAAUGUGGCUCUAUUCUAAGGUUCCCUCUAUAAUGGCAAAGGUAAAGUAAAACUUGCCCAAGAUCUGGUUAUAGAUUUACCGAUAGGCAAGUUAUUUGAGUUCUGUCUUUAUUUUUUUAGUGUUCUCUUGCAAUCAGUUGUGGUUUGUUUGCAAAUGAUUACGGAUACUUAAUAAAUAUCGAGGUGACUGCUAGCCAGGCUGGUUGUUCAAGAUUUACGUGUCAAGAUACAUUCAGACAAAUCAAGGAUAUAUUCUAGCCUAUUGGAGAGAAGCUAAGAAUAUAGGUAUAAUAACUAGCAGGCUCAAACAUAGUUUAGGUGACAUUUAUACAUAUAUAUGCAGGUUGAGAUAUCCAGCGGGUUUAAUACCACAGAUGGGUAACUAGAGAUUCACUUACUCCCUCAGGGGAACAUGUCUAACUGUCGGGCUGAUCAGUGCCAUUACCUUGCAAGGUGAUUAAUGAGUGGUUAGUGAGAGUUAUACCACUGGUAGCUAAGUCAUUUCUCUGCCCAGCAGCCCACCACUCCGCUAGCUAGAGUCAGAUAUAAGCUUACAAUGGAGAAUAAAGUCUGUUGCAUGUAUUAUGCAAGGGAUACCUCAUCCUCAAAUGGCUAAUUUAGAGAGUGCCAGAAAUAGUCCGUUGGAACUUGCAGGGGUUUGGUGCCACAGUAAUGGUUUACUGUGGUGUGCGCCAGACGACCCCUCCCAGCUCAGCCGAUGCCCACGUGCGGAAAGUUCCUGAUGGUGGUAGGGGAUUUACCGGUUGUUUCACCGUUGCGGCUCAGUUGUGCGAUGUUCCUCCACUCAUGGCCGGUGUCGCAUGGAGCAGGGCUUGAAUCAGCGUGUGCGGUUCGGUGGGGGGAGGUAAGUCCAACCUCCAUCCCCGGGCCGGUUGAAAGGCUGACUUCUUCGUUCCAUGGACCCGGUUUUCUUGAGGGGCCAGGUCCCUCUCCCUGUGGGAGUGACGAGGGGUCUUGCCGGACAGCCUCUGGCUGCGGCGGUGGGCCCUCCAUCUUUGUCAGUGAUGUCUUUGGGUCUUGCCCAAGGUGGCCUUCGGCCCAAGUAGGCCAGUAGUGGGAAGUCUGGGCGUUUUUAAUGCAGCUUGGCCCGAGGGAGUCCUCCGUGCCUCCCGGCACUCGCCUCUCCGUCCUUCUGCCUAAGCUUGUGCUGGUAAGGCUGUGCAGCGUUUCAUCAGGGCUUUCCAGAAUCAUUGGAAGUGCCUGUCUAUCCGCUGCAUAAGGUGGUAUACUGAGCUGUAGAAGAUUGCAGCGUGCUCACUUGCGGUCUCUGUAGGCCGAGAUGCCGUCGCCAUUUUGGGGAGUGCAGCUAGUGCCCGGUUCUGCUGCGUGGUUAGGUGUUGUGCAGUCGAUUAGUACAGUCCAGUGGGGACUGGAAUAACCCCCACCGGUCCAAGGGGGAGGGGGAGUGAUUUGCAGGAGUUUCAGCAUACGUUUAGGAGCCAAAGGAUCGGCCACUUCCUCGUGGCUCAGCCGCGUGUAGGCCUCAAGCCCCUAGUGAAGCAAUCCAGCGUCCUAGACUUCCCAAAAAGGUACUCUUGAGUGCAGCUACUUCUCCUGGUUAUUAGCUGUGGGGACAGCAAUCUGUGUGUGCGGGUUGGCAAGUAAGGCAUCCCGAUUUUUGUCUCCAGAUGUGGGAGCUUGUGCCAAACACAUCUGGGUUGCUUGGUUGCUAGGCUCCGCCCCUGGAAUAGUGCUUUUUUGUUGUUUGUCUUUUCAUGUUUUUUUUAAGUCAGGACAGUGUAACCUGAUAUAAACAAACUGAGCCAGUAAGGCAAUAAAGCUGGGUACUUAUUGAUCAAUAAAUAGUGGACUUAUAAAGGUGACAUUGUAAAUGAUUUGCCUCUACUAAACAGCCGAAUUAUGUUUUUUAUAAAAUAGUUGACUUUUUCAACCAACAUUAUUUAAAUCUGUUGAAAGGCACUUACAAGGCUGGUCCAAUGUAUUCACAAAUAAGCAUCACACAAUAUACUCCUUUUGAAGUGUUGUAUACUCUGUCAGUAAAAGUAUUUUGUUGAUUUUAUUGAUACAUAACAAGAUAUUGUAGCUGAACAUCUAGUAACCUAAUAACCUUAUUCUGUAUAGUCCAAUUUUUUAGUUUUGUGUUUAGUUCCUGUUAAGAUUUUUUUUCAAUACAGAUUUUUUUUAGCAUCUUUUUUAUUUUCCAGCGUUUAAUAUACUGUAUUUUGAAGCGAUUUCAAGGACAUAUAAGACCAUGGUUCUUGGAACUUACCCAGCAUUCCAAUCGAUCCUUACAAUAGCCUGACAUCUCAUGUCUAACAGUAAAUUCUAAGUGCCAUAAUAUAUUGCAUACUCUUCAAAUAAAGGGAUAGAAACCGCUCAAUAAUACAUUUUUGUAUUGUUUGAUUAAAUAUACUUUUUUUUCAGUUGACAUUUAAGGAGCUGAAAUAGUUUUAUGCCUGAAACCAAAAAUGCAGCAUCAGGGGAAAUGUUAGUUUUCGGAGUUAUAUACUCAGUUGCACAAUGCCUAUUUAGGAACAGUUUUCUUAUAACUAAGUCAAUUGAUAAAUAAACACUUAGCAAUAUUAGAAUGUAUUAGACAAUUUCAGGUAAUUUAAAAUGUUCUCCUAAUUGAUCUACAAGAUCUUUGAAUGUUCUGCAAGAAUUGAAAGAUAAUAGUUGACAUUAUGCUAAGUGUGAGGACGUCCAGUAUCAUUUCAUGGACUCAAACUCAGUAAAAAGCCAACUAGCACCUCUAGUGGCUGUCUGGUAGAGAAUCACUAGAGUCUAUCUUAACCCUGCAUAGUAAACAUUGCAGUUUCUCUGAAACUGCAAUUUUGCAUAUGCAAGGGUAAGAGGCAUGGGCACUGCACCUAGAACAAUUCACUUAGAUGAAGUGGUCUGAAUGCUAUAUUAUCCUUUUAAAUUGUGGAUUUGACUUAUAUUUGAGUCUUACAUUUUAUUGACCAUCGCUAUAAAAUAUCAAUCCAGUUAGAGUUGCUGAAGAUUGUCAGAAGGGACGAAAAUGUGAGCUAGCAACCCAUUACACACAUCUUAAGGUUUAUUUUUAACCCAUCAUAAUUAAUUUUGGUAUCAGAGAUUUUAUGACAUGUAAAUUAUUACAAAAAUAAGAAGCUUACUUGAAUUUCUGCAUGAGUCACAAGACUAACACAGAUCUAAUCACUAAACCAUGCAACUGUGUAGCUUUUUUGAUUUUUUAAAAAAUGGCAUCCAAACCCUAUAUUUGUAUUACUAUCUUUGAAAUCAUGGCUACGUAUCAUAUUGGGAAGGCUGCCAAUGUGAAAAGAGAAGAUAAAAAAAGCAAAGUAUAAUUCGAACUUGUUCUGCUAAAGCUUUUUGGCUUUAACCUUGAGCUAAACCAAAGCAGUUAAGCCAAGAUAAAGGUGUUUGGUGAUGUAAUCUGAUGUGAGGUAAUAGAAUGUCACUCAUGGAAAUGUCAAGCAUUACAAAUGAAGAAGAAAAAGAAUAAUAAAAAAAUAAAUAAAAAUAAAAAAACAAAAGGCCAGUGACUGAUCUAUGACCAUAAAAAGCACGAAAAAUGCCAACAUAUGCAAAUCAUAAAUAAAUAAAACUCAGUAGGUACAACACUAGUAAUACAGGUAUUUUUACAAUUCUUACAGGGUUUUCACUAAAUUCUCAACUCUUGCAAUUAAAUAUGAUUUACAAAAUUUAGGCUAAACUAGCCAAGUUGUGAGUACAGCUGCAUCGAAUAAUUUUUUAUGAAUCAGUUUGUUUGUUUUUUAAAUCUCGGUUUGCCCUUUUGAGAUUUGAUUCCCUAAAAUUGUUCAUGAUAAUAGUUAAUAAUAUAAUUUUUUAAUAUACAAUGAGUUCUUUAGAUCCUGUUCUGGUGCUUUUUAUUCAUUCAUUCAUCACGGUCAUGUUGACCAGUGAAAAGCCUUCAAACUAGCAAGUCCAGAUAUUCACCUAAAUAAUGGGAGAACCUGCUCAUGGGCUACAUAUAACACAAUCUUUCUUUAUCGUCAAACUCAGCACAUUCAAAGCUAAACUGUAUCAGAAGGUCAUGUAGUUACUUUCCCUUUACCAUGAUAGUUCUGAUUCAAACAGUAAAGGUAUUUUACUUAUUUUAUUAAACUAAAGAUAUCAUUAGAUUGAUUUCUAAGAGUGCAUUUUUUUUCCGGUAGUUAGCCUUGAGAUAUAUAUAAAAAACAAUUAUUCAAACACAAUCUUCCUUUACCUUCGCAGCAAUAUGAAAACUGGAGGCCAAGCCAACCUGACAGUUUCUUUUCCGCGGGAGAAGAUUGUGUCGUUAUUAUCUGGCAUGAAAACGGGCAAUGGAAUGAUGUACCAUGCAAUUAUCACCUUACAUACACCUGCAAGAAGGGAACAGGUAAUGAGAACACCUUUUUUAAGUAAUUUGCAAGUCUUUCGAUAUAGGAGAUGAUGCUUACGCUACUGGCAAUAAGAACAGAUUUGUGAAAAACAAAAAAAGCAUGCUGUUUGUAGGAAAAUAAAAAGAUAUACUGAUUAUUUAGAAAAUAAUGAAAAGACAGGACAGAGGUGCAAAACACAAAAUAUAUAGACUGGCGGUUGAUAGAUGACAUACAAUUUUCUAAUUUUUCUAAAAUUCAUAUUGUCGUUCAUGUGGUGGCGUGAAUACUUGCAAGAUUAAAGUUGAUUUAGUUAAAUAAAAAAAAAUACUCAUAGUACAUAUAUAUAUAUAUAUAUAUAUAUAUAUAUAUAUACACACACACAAUUCGUAUCAUUAAAUCAGUUGCUGAAAUGCCCACCCCUGCACACCACAAUACACAUUCAUUUCAGUUGAUUAGAUUUUUGGGAAUGCCUGAUUAAUAUCAUACAUUCAUUUUGUUUUAGUUGCUUGUGGACAGCCUCCUCUAGUAGAAAAUGCAAAAACAUUUGGAAAGGUUAAGCCACGUUAUGAGAUCAAUUCACUAAUAAGAUACCACUGCAAAGACGGAUUCGUCCAGCGUCACAUGCCAACUAUUCGAUGCCGAGGAGAUGGAAGAUGGGAUCUGCCCAAGGUUACAUGUAUGCAACGUAAGUAUCCUUUAACAUCUUUAAAAAAAAAAAACACACACACACUUUAGUCUCCAGUUUUCCAAUCAGAAACUAGUGAAUAAUAAUGAAGUAUUUAAUUUUCAGAUUUUUAUUACUUACAUAUUUUUAGUACGUAAAAUAAACUCACUAGGAUUAAUAGCAGUGUUUGAUAUCGGCAGUAAAAUGUACAGAGAUGUACCGAAGAAAGCAUCGUAAUCUGAUUGUAUUCGGAAAUCAGGGAGCUCCUCCCUCAUUGAAUGCCACUCCAUCAACAAAUCCAGUGCUGAUCCCAAAGAAAGAUUAGGUUCAAUGUUUAUUUCAACACAUGCAAAAAAAGGGCUUUUUGGGAAGUGGGUCAAGCAAGCUGACUGAUUCACAGUGUUAUACUUUUAUUCACGAAUGUUACUUGAAUAAAGCUUGUAUAUGAUCAUGUCUUUGUAAUUUGUACAACUCUUAGUACUUCAGAAAAAGUGUUCUUCAUAAAUGAUAAAUCAAAUAGAUAAAUACUGCAAGUACCUUGACCACUUCAGUGUUUUGAAGUGUUUAUGGUACUUGGAGUCUGUAUGUGCAGUGUUUCAGUUUGAAACAUUGCACAUACUAAGAAAUGUUUUAUUGCUGUUGGGGGUGUAACUCCAUCACUGGCAGUAUCAUCGGUCAGCCCAGAGCAAGAGAUCUGGAAUGGCUAAUAUUCCAUCGACAGAUGGUCAUUCAUUGACUGAGAGUGAUCAGCUAAGGUUCUCAGAUAACUAAUAAUUGAUAGAUUCUUAGUUCUUAAGAAGCCAAAUGCCAAUCACAAGGCUGAGAGAAGACUAAGUAUCUGGCAGGACUGUUUUGCCGGUUUCGCAAUGGCAGGACCCAAGUUUGCCCCACUACUGGGGAACAGCACUAGGACAUCCAAGCAUCAUAACUACUACAGUGGGGUGUUUUGGCUAUGAUGCUUGGAAUAACCAUGUAAGGACAUAAAUACAAAUGACAACUUACUGCAAUAUUAAUUACCAUUUAAAAAUUACUUUUGAAGGGCUUUCAGCUAAGAAAACUGGAUAAAUGAUUAAGCACAUUAGAAUCAGUAUACUUGUUAAUAAUGUUUUAAUUUAUUAAUUUUUUUUUUUUGUAGCGUCCAUGUACCAACGGACUUAUUCUAAGAAAUAUUACUACAAAUUCAUUCCACCUGAGAUGAGGACCUCACAAAACUCCCCCAAACAUCAACACCGUUGGAGCAGGACUUGGCAAAACUCCCCACGCUGAAUGAGUUUUUAACACCACCAGCGGACACUUUAAUUGCCGAAGUCCUAAAUUACAGUGCCUUUGAAAUAAGAAGUGUUAUCCGUCAGGCCUUGGACAUUUUGGGACAAUGGCAUAAAAAAAAAAAAAUGUAAAAAAAAAAUCGGAAGAUCAAACAUUUUGAAUUAAAACAUUAGCCAUUCUAGGGAACUAAACCAGAUGUAGGCAUACAAUAAUUUCCAGCCUACUAGAAAUCUUUUGUUUUUGUAUGUCACCAAUGCAAACCAUUUUAUUGUAUUAAUACAAGCUUACUUUAAUAUUUAAACAGCUUGACAGUAGCACCGAUGACAUUUGUAAAUAAGAUGAUUUAAAUACAUUUUCUAAUCAUGUAUAUAUAAAAAAAAAAAAAUAGUGACACUAAAGUCAAGCAUAUUUAAUAAGUGCUAUAUAGUGCAAACGUCAAAUCAUAAAUUUAAAUUGAUGCUCGUUUACCGAGGCUGGAAAUAAUUCGAGGUGUGGAGGAAACAUUUGUGCCAGAAGAGGAGACGUUUUCACCAUUAAAAAAAAAAGAUUGUGCCAUAUAUUUAAAUGUUUUUAUGUUUUCGGAGAAAAAAACCCAAACAAAACAAACUGAGCUUUGAAAGUACAUCGGAAUCUAGCCUCUGUGUUGACUGCAAUAAAGGAGUAAUUUUUCUUGCCAUCAUCCAUGACCACUUUUUAAAAAUGGAAUAUUUGGAUGAAUUAUCUUUUAUUCUAUUAGUCAGUAGUUUUGUUUUAUGUUUUAGAAACAUUUUCAGUGGCAGAGGGUUCUGUUGCUGGACUAAAAGAGUUAAACUACUGUACUAACUCAUUAACCCCUUCAGGACCAGAGACACGUCGGGAAGUUCACGAUUACAAGGGAUGUGCCUAAGCCUGAUCCUGAAGGAGUUAAGGGAGUCAUUUCUAAUGGUCAGUGACGCAAUAGCUGACAUUGAUGCACCACAUUUGCGUCACGCCUAUCAUUUACAAAACUGCAUCGCUUUUUUUGAUGCAAGUGUUUAUAUGGAGUCAAGACUGCUGCAUAAGUAGAUGCAACAAAAAAAAAUAAAAGAAGUGACUCAGUUUUGAAUUUGCAUCAAAUUAUUUGCACCUGAGAAGAUCCCACUUUUAUUAUUUUUUUUGUUUUUGUUUUUCGUUUUGUUAUACCAAUAUGGGACCUUUGUUGAGUGUAUUUGAAAACACUAACAUUGUAUCUGGAGGGUGCAUUUACAAUUGUUUUGUAAAAAAAAAAAUACAACAAAAAAAAAAACCACAGUAAAUAAUUUUGUACAUAUAAUCAUUUCUAGGUCUUUUUUAAUGAAAUAGUAAAUGUUUAUUGAUGAAUGCGGCAGCUGUGAAGAAUACUCAAAUAAUUGUACAAAGCCAUACUGCUUAAAUUUAUGGGAUGUGUUGUCAUCAAAUCAUAUGACGUUUUAUUUUGAUUAUCAAAAUGUCAUCUCUUUUUUUUAUGACCAAACAUCAUAGCUUAUUAAUCUAAAAAUUAGGAUGCAUCCCUACCUAAAAUCAAGAAAUCAAAAUUAUUAUUUUUUUCUCUCAUCUCAUCAUGUUGGGAUCAAAUAUUUCAUUUCAGAGUAUUAAAAGAACAUAUAUUGUUAUAUUAAACCUGCACACUGUAGUAGAUACAAUAUAUUUUCUGGAAAAAAUUUUUUCCUCCCUGUUACUUUAAACGUAGGCACGAAAACAGGACUUGGAAAUGGGACAAAUGGUUUAGCACCUUCUGUUUCUAAAACUCACAGUUACGCUGUUACUGAAAAUAUUUUCACCUUUUUGCCUAUAAAACUUAAUUUAGCUACAAUGCUGCAUAAUUCAUCAAGCACACUUGAAUAAUCCCAUGUAUUUAUACUCUCUUGUGAAAUAUUUUGUCAUUAUAUUCCUAAAUUUUCUUUUCCCCUCGAAAAAUGUAUCCUAAGAAUAGCACAUUAAUGUAAAAUAACUAAAUAUAUAUUGUUUAAUAUAUUGAUUUCCCCUUUUUUUUUUUAAACGUUAGUGCAUUAUGCACCUGGAACUCAGUAGCAAAAAAAAAAAAAAAAAAAUGUAAUGAAAACGCUAAACAUGUAUUUAUUGAAAUUAGUCUACUGUAAUAAAAUAUCUGGACUUUACUAAAGGCACAUAGACAUUCCAUAAAGAAAAACAGUUAUGGCUUCUUAACAAACCGUCCUACUUACUAAUAGAGUGAUUGAUUCAUUCCGUCAGCUGCUGCAACUUGCUGAAACUUUUUUGUACUUGACAACAAUGCACCACAGUGUUGACCUGUAUGUUUUUUUUCUAUUAUUACAAUGCACAUAAUACUUUUUUUCCUGUAUUUAUAUUAUAACGUGUAUAGUAUAUAAUGUGAACCUUUGGAUAUUUGUGAAUGAAAGUCUAAAAUCUUUGUAACUUUUUAUAUUCGCUUCUGUUUCACCAAAGAAACUCUGUUUUGUUUGCUAGUAAAUGGUUUAUAGUGUUUUUAUUUAUUCUAUUUUUUUUCUUUUUUAUUAUUAUUAUUUUCUAAAUAGAAGAAUGUGUAAUUAGGGACAAAAUCAAUAAACACUCAAAUGUUCACAUGUCUCUAGCAGGUUCCCUGAGCCUGUUUAGUUAUCUGAAACCGAAUGGUUGUUAAGCUUCAGAUCUCGGAAAAUGAAACCAUUCUAUGCGUUUAUAUCUCUGUUUCUCUAUUCACAUCAGGGUGUCCCUGAUUGAUUGGAUUGUAGCUAGAAUUUCUGGGGCAGCAAAUGAUAUAAUUUUCGAUCAAUAUUUUGUCUAUGCUAUGGCAAAGCAUUCUUUCAAACGGUUCUAUGCAAUCCUUGUGCCUUUUAGUUUGAAUGCAUGUGACAAGGUGUAUGAAACAGUUGAUGUAGGGUCCAUGAAAGCUGCCAAUAUUAAUUCCUUUUGGUAAUUCAACCAGGAUAGGCAACCUUCAACACUCUAGAUGUUGUGGACUAUAUCUCCCAUAAUACUCUUACAGCCACAAUGUUGACAAAGCUUCAGGGGAGAUUUAGUCCACAACAUCUGGAGUGCCAAAGGUUGCCUACCCAUGCACUAAACCUUUUUGUUGGCUUAAGAAGUGACACGUAACAAUUAUCCACUUGCUGCAACUUUAGUUAUUUUUUCCACUAGGCUUUGUUAUACAUUUUUCAAGUUGGCUUUAAAUUUACCAUUGCUCACUGUUUUAGUUACCCUGCUUGUAAUUUAUAAGCCUCUUUACAAACUUUUGAUUCUGUCUGGCUUUUGUCAUUGGUAAAAAAAAGAAUAAAACCUAUUAGACCAUUGUAUCCAAUACUGGAUUGUUACCGAACUAGCGAAAAUAUUACCACUCAAAGAAAAUAUCCAGCUAUCUUCAUCUUAAAAAGGGCAUCCCUGUUGGGCAAAUUGAAGAGUCUCUUUUAAUUUUAUCAAAUAUAAAGUGCUAGAUGUUUAAAUGGAUAUGACAUAUGCAUUUAUAUUGUGAUUCUUCUUAAAACGUUGUAAGUAUGCAAUGAGGAUCGUAAGGAUAGUUUAUGUAGAUCUGGAUUUCACUAACUUGUGAAAUAAAUUAUCCUUUUCCCAAAGUGCAAAACCGAAAUUUGAUAUUUUAUUAUGUUUAUAUACCAUGUUUAUAUACCAUGGUUGGAUUUAGAGUUUAAAGUAUACUUUUUUUUUCUACGUUCUCUGCCAUGGUCCACCAUAUACAUACCUGCAUUUAUUUGCACAUGCACAAGGCAGGUAGGUGCUGCACGGGUUCAUUGGCCUCACUGAUUACAUGUAUAGUUGCCUAGGAAGCAUAAAGUGGGUUGGCACGGUGACCAAAAUACUAAUUAAGUGCGGUGCUAAGUUAGUGUUUGGAUUGCAGAGCGUUCAGUCAUAUCAAUUAAAACUAAUCAACUUGUCUAAAGCAGGCAUCUUAAACUAUUACCCCUGGAUGUUACUGAAUAGAAUCUCCCUCUGGCCAUAUAUUGCAUACAAAGAAUUUGGGAAGUUCGGAGAUUAAUAUGAAUUUAGCAAGAACUAUCAAUGCCAGGUUGAAGGAGACUAUGCAUGGAAACACUGCAGUCCUUGGGUACACCCUAUUGCAAAUUAUAAAUAUAUAUUUGUACUCUGGACAUGGGGAUUCAAUACCAUCUCUGGGCAAGUAAAACAGCCAUUGAUCUAAUCAAUAGCAUCUUUUGAACUUUUGAAGACCAUCCAAAUGACUUAACAUGUGAUCGAAACAUGUGACCUACUGUUUUAUACCAUCUAUAACAUCUAUGUACAACCACCGACUUUGCGGUUUCACCACUUUGGAUGCUUCAAUUUGGUAUCAGCUUUAGUUGGUUAAAGUUCUGGUUUGAGAUAUGUAAAAAGCUGAAUGUAUUAAAUCAUUUGGAGGUCAUUGUCAUUUGCUUGGCAUGACGUUGUCAAAGGAUUUCUAACACUGGCUAAAAAUACGCAAACACACUUUAAAAAAAGCAUGUAUGCAAGUCCAGCUAUGGGCUGUGAUCUUUGCAAAUAUCUAAGCACUUGAUGUAAGUUUAUUCUGACAAGAACAUACAAAAUGUGUUUAUGAUACUAUGUACAAUUCUUUGUGCUAUUGCUCUCAAAAUAAAAGCUGUGUUUUUCUUUUUAAAUAUGUAACUUAAAACCUCCC